GCUGCUGCUGCUGACAGAGGCGCACAGAGGAGGCUCCGUCAGAGACAGCGGGCUGACUCCGGAGUUUGUUCUGUGGGCAGAGCAAACACAGAAAAGGUCAGGCGUUGAUUAAAGAAGCUAUUUAUGAUUUCAGUCAUGCAAAGAGCCGUUUGAGGAUUGAACCUGAUCAGGAAUUUCAGGUAUCUGCUACUCUUUGAAUCCCUGUGGCUCCUCUUAAUGAAAGCAGCAGCAGCAGCAGCAGCUAUGGAUGUGAAAUAAACAGACAGUUAUAAAGACGCGAUUUCAUGAUUUAUUCAGAAAAAAGAUCGCAUGCUCGGACUUUGGAGAUGGUUUCUUCGGGGUUGACGCGACAGCGCCGUAGCGCGCGUGGAUCCACGGUCACCUGUUGAAGUUGUCCGGUGCGCGCUGCCUCACAUUCUGCUUCUUAAACGGGAGGGUCGAACAGAUGCUCGCUCUGCCCUCCGGUCUGUCUGAGGCUCUGAGUCCCCGUUAUGUUGUAGGAUGAGCGCUGAUCUGGAGCGCGUUUCGCUCAACACAUCAGUGACCUCGGCCGGCCCGGGCGGCCGUGCGCUCUCGGCGAACGUCCGGCGGCUGCACAACGCUCUGAACCUGCUGCUCAACGACCUGGAGAGAGAGCAGUUCAUCCACUGCCUCAAUGUGUACCACGCCAAGCGCAACGUCUUCGACCUGGUCCAAACUCUCAAAGUGAUCCUUAACACGCCCGGGAAACGCCAGCUGCUACCCAUGCUGCGCUUGGUCAUCCCGAGGUCCGACCAGCUGCUGUUCGACCAGUACACCUCCGAGGGGCUCUACCUGAAGUCGGACCUGCUCUCCAGCAACGGCAGCGCGGAGGGCUUCGACGAAGGCGAGCCAACUGUGCAGAAAUACGUGAGCUCGUCCCAGGACCAGCCGCUCAACCCGAACUGUCCGGACGGGUUCAGCGCCGCCUCGGAGCUCUCUGCGUUCAUGGCCCCGCACUUCUUCGAGAGUCCCUUUGGAGAAGUGCGCCAGGUCACCCUCACGCGCUCUAGGAGCCAUGAGGGUCUGGGCUUCAGCAUCCGUGGGGGGUCUGAGCACGGCGUGGGGAUUUACGUGUCCCUUGUGGAGCCGGGAUCAUCGGCGGAGAGAGAGGGUCUGAGGGUCGGGGACCAGAUAGUGACUGUGAAUGACCUACUGUUUGACAACGUCACGCACAUAGACGCUGUGAAGGUAGGGUGAUUAGUGUGCGUGAGUUUUACCCGUGACUUCAUUACCACUCUGCAGGUUCAGAGGAGUCAGUGACAGUGAGUGUGAGCUUCUUGUGUGCAGGGCAGGCUGUGGUCCUGUGUCUGCUGACUGAGUGCAGAUGUAAAUGCUGCAUGCUCCCGGCUGUGAGAUGAGAGGUGCAUUACUGCAUGCACUGCUGCUCCACAAAACAACAGGGUUUAGCGACAGCCUUGCUUCCUCUGUCCCACAGGUCUUAUUAGGAGCUGCCUCCAGAUCAGCUCUACUUUCCUCUUAUUAAUUCUUCUUCAGCACUUCACUCUGGCUUAAUGCUCUGUGCCCCUGGCCCAGAGUCCCAGAAUGAACUUAAAUGUUAAGCCCCAAAAUGAGAUCCUCUGUCAAGAAAUCCAUGGUGAAAGGUGAACUGUACUGGUUCUUUUUGUGUACCUUGAUAACUCUGGCAGCAAACAUUAACAUUUUAUUCAUUUCCAGGAAACAUUAAAUUUGUUUGAUCUUGGCAAGUGCAGCAAGGACCCAACUCUACUUUCUGUGAAACAUUUUGGCACAAACUGUAUGCAAGAGGGUUAAACAUGCAGGUAAUUAAGGUUUUCAGACAGAAUCUGAUGAACGUUUAGAGGAGGAAAACAGAGACAGAUAUUGCUGCAAAUAGGAUUCACAAGUAGUGUUGGGUAUCAUUUGAUUUUGAGUGAUUGUGGCUCCGAUUUCGAUUCCUCGUUUCGAUUCCAGUUCUUGACGAUUCUCUAUUCCGAUUCUUUUAAAAGGCAGGAUACUAAGAAAAAAAAGGAUGGUUUUAAUGAGGGUGCUAACCGGAGUUCUUUGUAAACUUCGUAUGCCCAUAGGCUGUAUCAAGUGUCAAUCAUAGAACAUGAACCCCGUAAUAACUUUUAAAAACUGAGCUGUACAGAAAAAAACAGGACUGUUUUUUGUAGGACAAACCAGUCCUACAAUAACUACAUGUCAACAUCAAAAGCAGGGGGAGAAAUUUUUAUAUUAUUUCUAAAUUUCUUAAGUUUGUCCACAACUCUGUAAAGAUUGCUGGAGGAGGCAGGAUUGAUGACCUAUACUGCAGUCCGUCACCAGAGGGUGCUGUUCUCAGGGUGGCUUUACCCAGCUCAUUUUAUAUACAGUCUAUGAUUUAUUAAUUUACUUCCACAGCAAAGCAUGCACUGGUAAGAGACACAUCUUUCCCCAUGGGUAAUGGUGAUAAUGGGAAAUGCAGUCUUCACAUAACACUGAAGUUCAACACAGAACCUAUGCAAACAUAAUAAUAGAGCCAUUUUAUCCAAAUCUAUGUUAACAUUUCAACGUUGGUGGUUUUCACAGCUCACAAAUACUCUUUGUUGUUGCAGAUUUUCCGUGUCUGUCCUGUGAUCUCUGUCUUCAACCUAAAACAACAGAAAAAGAUAAAUUCAGCCUUAUCAUAUUCAAGUCUUGAUAAAUCCCAGUGAGGCAAAUGGAGAGACUAAACAUACUGAAACCUCGGGGAACCACUGCGUUAAGUGCACUCUCACCUGCAAUGCAUUUUCAAAUUGAAUAUCAGAAACUGAAAGAAACACACUCCUGGUAGAAAAUAUGUUUUAUUGAUUUAAGUAGGAGAAAACUCAGUGGACACACACUUCACAACACAAAGCACUUCACCUCUGUUUGUAGUUGUAGCACCCCUUGUGUGUGCGUCUUUAAAUUGGCUUUGUUUCUGAAUUUGCAUCGCAGUUAUCCCUGUAAAAUCUUUUGGGCUUUUCUUAGUGUGUUUUUCUUUGAUGGUUACUCUACUUAAUAUUCACAUAGCAGCACUGUGCGGAAACAUGUACAAGUUUGCAUUUUACAUAGCAUGUUUUAAGCAUAUUUGGUUGAAUUAGCACUCGAAAGCUGCUGCAUGCCACUUCAGUGCUGUAAAGCAGGGGAACAUAUCUAACAAAUUAUGGAGAUGAGGGCAAUCAGCCUUCAGGCAAAGCUCUGGCAAAAAAAGCACGAGAGCCAACAGACUGUAAUUGUCAGGAAAGAAAGUCUCAAAAGGAGAAAACUCUUUCAAAGAGCGCAAUUCAGUGAAAGCAAAACUGAUUAUCAAAAAGCUAACAGGUUAGCCAUGAAAGCCCCAAAACAGUGUGGGAUGUAGACAGUUUGGUAUGAAAUCAUGAUUUGCCCCUUACAAACAUCUAUUGAUGGAGAUUUCGUACACAGAGUAACAGAGAAAAAUUAACAAAUUAUCCACCCCUGAGAUAAGAAUAGCAGUUUUUAUUGCCACAAGGAAUAAUAAUAUAUACACAUAAUGCAAAACAGAUCCAAGCCCUAGAUCUAUAUCUAGCCUUAAAAAGCUCAGACUUUUUAAAGUUCACUCUAGGCUCGACAUUGAUAUCAUAUUAAUCACUGAAAAUGUGAAAUAUGUGCUUUAAAUUUACUUUAGUUUCCUUUGAGCAUUUAUUGACAUAAAUAGGAACUUUGACCCUUAGCUGCCAUUGUUUUGUUGUAAUAGUAGUGACAUUAUUUGCUGUAUUAAUUGUUAUUUCUUUACUCAAACACGCUCAAAAUGCACACAUUCAGAUUCAGUUCAUGCAACACAGAGCUGCAAUAUUUACCUAGGCCACAUCUGUCUUUUCAUCACACUCUGCUGUCUCUUUCUUUUACGUCAUCAUACUCUGCCAUCUGUGUCUCUGCCAGUCAAACACGCCAAACACGUAUAUGCUCGGUCAACUGAACCAGGGAUGACAAUCGAUAGAAAUGUACAUUGUAUUUAAAGGCUAUCCUCGUACCCUGCCCCCUUCUUCCUCCUGUACCUGACUGCGCUGCAUUUCUCCUCCUGCUGUAUUUUGUGUCAGGCGGUGCACAGUGAGUGAGCAGUUGAUUGACAUAAAGAGAAGGAGAGUUGACCAUGAACAAAGCAGAGCAGAUACAUCAUGAGUCUAUGUCACAAACAAGGCCACAUUCAAAACAUAUGGGAUUAAAGGCACAGGAUCACAGGACUCAUUGGUAACACAAGUAAUGUUUAUAGGUGGUUUCUAAACCACUUAUUAAUCAUUUACAUAGUAUAACAAACAUCAGUUUUAGCUUUGUAAUAACCAUCUGAGUAAUGUUUAUAAAUGGUUCAAAAACCAAAUAUUAAUAAUUUGCAAAGUGCUAGAUGUUUGCAAAUCUAGACGUUUUACAACCAAUAUUUAAACCCUAUAUAAACCUUCAAUAAAUAGUCCAUUAAUAAUUAAUGAGAAUUAUUCAUCAUAAUUUAAUUGCUUGUUAUGGUAAAGUAACUAUUAACUUACAUUAAUAAACUAUCUACAUGCUGUUUUUAAAUGAUGAUUAAACAUUAAUAAACUAUCUAUUUACCAUUUAUAAAUUAUGGUUAUUGUAAAGCUUUACCGACCCAUUUCUAACAGGAUUGAUUCAGGUACAAAUGCUGGGAAAGGCACAGAGCAUCAUUUGCAUUUUUUUCAUGAUGUAGAUAAAGAUGACUGACUAAAAAUAAUGGCAGGGUAAUUAGAGUGGGUCACAGGUAAGUGGGAGUCAGGUAGAAAGUUGAAGGGCUUUAGUUGGCUGGCCCUGGAGUAUGCACACACACAAAAAAAGGAUCAAGGCAUUUGUUAUGAAGGUAAACAAAUCUUUCAAAGCUUUGCUUGUACAACUGUGAUCCUUAUUACUACAGAGGGCACGGAUCUUCAUGGUUAGGAUAUGAGGUGAUUAUUUUAGUGUCCAAAUGACAGACGAAAACAUCACAUUUUUGAUUCGCUGAAGUGGAUUGAAAGUAACCUGCAAAGUAACCUUGCAAUGCUAAUGUAGGUAGCUGUUCAAAGGGCAUCCACUAAAAAUGACAGGCUACGAUUGUUGUUCAAAUAUCCUCGCAACACUGAAUGAAGGCUUUCUUUUAUGCUCAGCCAAGAACAGCUAUCAGCUUUACAUAGCCAGUACCAUCAUGAACAGUUUUAAGUCCUACAACAUGAGGGCUGCUGGUCUACUACUUGAGUGAUCGGUUAGUUUUCAAAUAUUUUUGCCUUGAAAUUUUGUUUAUGGUUUGAACUGAGUGUAGCCAAUGUUGCUAACCUGAAAUCGCUACUUGUGAAAGGCUUUUUGUCUGGUUGGAAACAGGCGUUAUGAUCAAGUUAGCUAUGGAGAUUUUAAACAGCAGGUUGCCAGUGUUAAUCAUGAUGGUUUGAUAUAACAUGGGUAACAUUUAAUGUUAUUUAAGACUUUAGGCAUGGGGGAUUUGAAUAUUGCCUCUUAUUUCCUGGAUAAAGGCUUUUGUCCUCCUCCAAAUCUGUGCUUGCAAGUAAAUAACUUCUCUACUAAUCAAAACCGAUCAGCUGUGAGUCAAUAACAGCUGUUUGUUUCUGACCACAUGUGCAUAGUAAUCAUUCUGGAAAAAACACACACACACACAAUUAGUAUUUGUAUCCUUUUACUCAUUACACAAACAUCUGCACAUGAAGAACAAUCUUCAUCUUAUUUAAUCCGUGUCCAGCAAUUUAAGCUCUCACUACUGGCCAUUAGUGCCAGGUAAAAAUAGACGCAUAAUGACAUCAGGAAACCGUCUGUAGUCUCCCUUUUGUCCCUGAAUUUUUUGGCCGUCUACACUGAAAAGACUCAGUUUCUUCUGCUAGAUGCAUCUGAAAAAUUACAUGAGAGAUGGAAAAAGUGUGUGGGAGGAAUAAGAGUAGAUGUGUGAAAGAUGUCAAGGCAGGAAAAUACAUGUGUUACUCGGUUGUUGUGGCGGUGCUGGAUAAAAAACCUUAAGAAAAGAAACGGAAAGCUCAAAUAUGGUUAUUAUAAUUGACAAAAUAUUCCCUCACUUCACGUCAAAAGGUAACCCUCGGUUUAGACACCUUGCUAUACACUGAAACUCUCCUCUGCUGCAGAGAUAAUGCCUCGUAAUGUACUAUUUUAUCAUCCCAGACAUUAGUGCUUUACCUGCUGUUGUCUCUCACUGGAAUUUUUUUAUGACCUUGCAAGCUUUGCUCACUGAGUCAGAGUCUAAUGCACUCCAUCUACAGCAAUUUUCCAAUGAGAAACAAGACUUUUCUUAUUUUUCCUCCUGGAGACUGAAUGGCUUCGGCCUUGGGUAACAUCUUAUUGAGGAACAAAUAGAGGAGCUUUUUUCACUUGCCUAUACCAGACUUUAUUGAAUCAGUGCAUCAACAAGCUGAACAGGGGCUUUUAUUCUGUUCACCUGCUUCUGUUUAUUUCGUUCACCCCAUCAAACAAACAGCUAAUCCUGGAUUUCUCUUUUUUGAAGGGGGUCUGAUGUUUGGUUUUCUGAGUGGAAAGAGCACUGCUUGGGUUCAGUUUUGGACACAAUCUCUAUUAGAAGGAGAAAAUAUAAAUCAGGGAGGAUCCAGACCAAAUAGUGUGAUUUGAAGGUCGAAUAAAAUGAGGUCUAGGAGGGUGAGGAUGAUGAUGCCAAAACACAUCUGAGGAAGGGAUGAUUUUUCAUUUAGGUUAGUCCUAGAUACAAAACAAAACAAAACAAAAUAAGAACUUUAUUGAUCCGCAAAGCAGAAAUUCAUUUGUCUGGAGUGUCAUGACUCAUGUCAUCUACUAUUCACAGAAUAAUUAAAAAGUCAGAUUGCCGUGGAUACAGAAGAUCUUCUGAAUCUUUCUGUCCUGCAGCAAAGAUAGAGGAGCUGUCCAACACCAUUGGCCCUUUGGUCCAUCAAGGUGUUAUGAAGUGGAUGAUCCAUGUUCUUUAGAAUAACCUCCACCUUCCUCAGUGCACAUCUCUCUAACACAUCCUCCACUGAGUCCAACUUGAUACCAACCACAGUGUAGUAGAGCCAGCUUUUUUAAUGAGUGUUGAGAUCCCUGUGUUUUAUAUAUUGCUUCCCCAGCGGACUGCAGCAUAGAACACAACACCACAGACUGAUGAAACAUCUGCAGCAUCUUAUGACAGAUGUCUAUUGAUCGGAGUCUUCUCAGGCAAAAGAGGCGGCUCUGCCCCAAUUUGUAGAUGGAGUCUAUAUUCUUAGACCAGUCCAACUUCCCACUGAGCAAUAGACGACUAUUAGACAGCUAGUUUUUAACCUAAGUUUAACCUCUAGUUUUUUAACCUAAUUUCAACCGUCUAGAUUUUGUAUAUUUUUAGAUUGAAUUUAGACGUUGCACUUGAUCCCAUUGUUUGAUAACUAUCUAUUUCACAAAGCAACUGUGAGUUGUAUAACUGAUCUCCAAGCACUUAACCAAAAUGAUCAUGAUAACCGUUGAGCAAUAUACAGUGUAGUAUAGAUAUAGCCCAGAUUUAGACUUUGUCUAAACUCAGUCUAAAUGUAGACAUCUAAAAAACAUUCAUUUUUAGUACUGUGGUAGCCUGAUUUUAGACCAGUCGUCUAGGCUACAUUUAGACGUCUAUUAGACCUCUUUUAGACCAAAAAAGGCUCAGUGGGUUAUUAUCCAGGUGUACACCUAGAUAUUUAUACAAUGUCACCACCUCGAUCCACGCCACAUUUGUUCACUGGCUGAAGUGGGGGUUUUGAUCUGCAGAAGUCUAUGCUCAAUUCGUAGGGCUUAUGUACUUAAUGGUCAACAAUGACAAAUAAUUAGAUAAGAGGAGUGUGAAUAUUUAAAAUAUAGAAAGUCUCCAUGACAACAGUUAGAACAUCUAAUGCAGCAAAACUCUUAUAUUGCUCUUACAUUUACAGCUUUGUUCUAACAAAAAGACUUCAUGCUGUCUGUGUAUCCAUAAUUACAGCUCCCCUGGGACUUCAUGCUGUUUCAUUAUUAGUCUUCAUGAAUAUUCAGCAGUGCGUGAACGCAGAUUUUCUUCCAGCUCUUGUUAAAGGCUGGGUGCUCUCCUUGUCCCAGGUCCACCUCUCUGAUCAGACUAAGAGCUGACUCAUUCAUUACCGUUUUUGAUAAAGUUGCUAACAUUUAAUACCUGCUGCAGCUAGGCCUCGCCAGCUGUUUAUCAGCAGGGUGUUAAAGGCGGCCGCAUACACAGAGGGGCUCAUUUGUGAACAUAAAUGUUUUUAAUCUAGAUUAACUCUGGCUAUUCAUUAAGACCAAUGUUAUUGAGAAAGACUUGUGGGAAAUUAAUGAGUCAACUUGCCUUGAACACAGAGGGAACAAGAUAGGCCCUUAAUAAGGAUAACCUUGAAGAAAACCUUUUGGCUAUGUAUUUUAAAAAUAGGGUGGAUCACAGGCUUACUGUUUUAGAAGUUUUUAACAAUGGAGCAGUAACUUCAGGUGUUAUACAUGAAGGUGUGGAAGUUCAAGUGCAGUUUCUUCAGUGUCCACUAGAGGCUGUUUCCAAAAGUGAGUUCAUCCCAUUGACUGUGUCAAGUAUGGACAAUGAGUAUGUUUACAUGCACAGCUUAAUUCGACUAAGAUCAUAAUUUGUUUUUUUUUUUCGCCAAAUUGGACUUCUCCCCUUGUCCUCCUCCCCAAAACUAGGGGGCAAUAUGACAAAAUGUCCAUUUCUUUCAGGAGGAAAAGCAUAACUCUCCUCAUCGUUCCAAAAGCAGACAUUAUUUUGUGCUUCAGCCAUGUUGCAGUCGCCUCUGAGUCAAAAGUUCUUUAAAUGAUAGUGCCAUUUCUUCUCUGGUUUUCUUGCUCUGGGGUAAUGGCGGCAUUGCGCACGUGCACAUGCAUUGUCCAAUCGUACUCCGACUACGCUGGUUACAUGAUAGAGAAAAUCGAGUUCCAAUUGCAUUACCUGGGUGUCUUAAUUGGAGUUCUCAAACUCCGAUUAUAGUCAGACAUGCACUUCAGUUGUCUGGUCUUAAUCAGAUUGAGGCAAACAUUUGGUAUUUCUCGAGUGUCAUGUAAACGUAUCGAGUGUGAAUCUUCCUCCCUUUGUUGUAUGGAUUUGAGGCCAAAAUACCCCCCAGUUUCUUACCACAUUUUGUCAGUUUAUGUGGACCAGAGUUUCCGCAGUAUCUUUUGGCGGGAGAAUUGAUGACGCUCAGCUCAAACAGCAUACCCGUCUGAUGUCCUACACAAACCACGGAUUCCUGUGUGGAUCCACCUGAUUUCACUCUCAUGAGGUCAGACAGAGAUACUACAGCUAGUAGCAAGAAGAAAGGAUAGGAUCUGGCUUUAUUCGUCAACCAGAGAUGGUGUAACUCUUGACUGACUCAGUGCUGGUGUAGUCUCUGUUUUUCUGUUUGGGUAAUGCUGCUGUAAGCUCCUCUUUACAAGCUGAGGAGAAAUUCUGCUCAGCUGUUCUUCUUAAUCCCAAAUUUUACUCACCCACACAUGUAAAAGUCACUGUUAUGAAAGGUAGUUUCUUGUGUGGAUAUAUGCACACAUGGGAAGUAUUUCACUUUAAGCAAAAUAGCGCUGAUCUAGCAGAAAACUCUGUCUUCCUCCUCCUCCUCCUCCUCCUCCUCCUCAGUUUAUUCAUUCAAGAGGAAGCAGAGCAGCCAGGAGCAAAUAGACCUCCAAACCUGAUGCUAUUUUUACACCAGCAGGCACAAGGGCAGAGACCUUUAUUGAGAACCCUCUUAAUCCCUGAAAGCAAACACAGCGGCAAAGUGAUGUAAGAGAGAUGAUGAGUCGUAGACUCAUAAAAGAGGGACCUCAGCGUUAUUGCCCUGGUGAGUUCAAUGUGUCCCAACAUGAAAACAAGAUUGGAGAAGUAGAGGUAUUUCAUUUCCAUUUCCACCACCUGCACUCAGCCAUCAUUAUGCACAGACCCCGCUGCAGACAGGAGGAUACUUCUGCUGCUCCUACAGCAAGGGGCUAUUUUCUUUACAUAAAAAUCAAUUCGAUCCAGCAUGAUUUGUAUUCCAGUGAAACGUUAAGCAUGCAGCAUCAGAGGAGGUAUAAUAGUAUCCAAAGAAACUGUAGCACUUUUAUGUUUCAAAUCAAUCAACUCACAAAAAGGCCUCGUCUCCUUGUAGUAUGUUACCUUAAAAAAGGAACAGAGAGGUAUGGAAGAGAAAAAUCUGAUAACAUUAAACAGUUUCGGAAAUUAUAUUCUUUUUAAAGUUCUGUAAUAUAGAGUUACACAGGUAAAUGUGAACAUGAACCUGAUCCUCUUAUUUAAGUGAAGUACCCACCACAGGACAACUGGGCAGUACGAAAGAGGAUUAGGGCCACAUGAAGAGAAAAAAUAUAAUGAUUACAGGAACAAAAUCAAAGUCGAAAUUUCAAGAUAAAAGUUAACAUGAAUAAAGUUGAAAUUUCAAGAUUAAAGUUGAAAUUACGAGACAAAAGUUGACACAAAUAGUGACGGAAUUUCAUGAAUAAAGUCGUAAUGUUGAGAUUAAUGAUAGUGAAUCAACAGCAUUGUCGUUCGUCACUCAACAACAUGUCCUCUGUAGAAUGGUUUCUAAAGCUGUACUUUUUUCUCUUCUUGUGGCCCUGAUCCUCUUUCAUAGGGCAGUCAAGAUGUUUGUUGUCGUAAAGGUUUAUUGUCUGAUUUUCUUGUGAUGUGAGGUAUGCUCAGUCAUUUUUAUUUCCCAGACUUGCUGUAAGCAUGUGACGGUCAAAUCAUAGAUAUCAAAUAGUGUUGUUUAAGUAUACUGGUAUUGAGAAUAUAUAGAAGUAUGAUAUUGUGCUAAAAUUAAUCAUAUGAUAAAACUGCGUGAGUAUUUGGUUUAUUGUAGUUGUGAUUCUGGUUGUGACCAAGUGGCGUCUUGAGAAAAAAAGGUACUGAAGAGCCAAAAACUGGUGACUUGAGUGCCCGCUUGAGGCUAGCUGCAAAAACCCCAGGAACCACAUUCACAGUAAGUAAAAAAAAGCAAUUUUUCAGAGCAAAAUUUGCAUGUUAACAUCCAAGUAAAAAAAAAAAAAAAGGUUUUGGUCUGAAUAUCUUGAGGCUCCCACAGACUCAUUGUAUGAAGGAGUGAAGCCUCCUCUCAAGGACCCACAAUGCACCCCAAAGUGGACCCCUAAGGAACUGCGUUUUGUUUUUUGUUUGUUUUGUUUUUUGCGCUCUUGCACUGACUUUAUUUUCUAAGAGCCAAAAUCACAGCCUCGUCCACACAUCAAUCAGCUCACCCAAUCUUUUCAUGGGUUUUGUUGAAGAAGAAGUUUGCUUAUAGUCAAAGUCAACAGAAUCAGAUAUUUGCUUUCACACAGUGACCCCUCCGUGACAGUUUCAGACGUGCAGUGCUUGUGUUAAAAUGUUGAAAGCGUGCAGUGAGGGCUGAUCCCGGAUCAGAUUAGGGGCCUACUGUUGAACUCAGUGUGGUCAUAGAUCUGUCUGAGCCUUCAUCACCAGUCUGUAAGCAUCUGUGUCUGUUUCCUUCUGCCUGAGCUGACACCUUGAUGUACCACACUUGUGUAUCCUCGUCUUGUUCACCUCUAGACCUCUGACUCACUCAUCCUCUCUUUCUCUCACUAUUCCUUCUUUGUGCUUCUCUUCCUGUCUUCUUGCUCUCCCCGGUGAGAGUUGCGUUUCCUGUUUAGAAACUCUGACAGAAUAUUAAAGUCGGAGUUUGUCCGCAGAGGGCAUAAAUGAAAUCUGCCUCACCACAAGAAACUGAAAAUGGGCAGAGAGACAUUACCGGGCAUUUCACUGACGUUUGCUUUGCAGAGAGAACAUCGAUCUGUUUCUUUUUAUUUUUGUGAGAUGAGGAUUCUGGGAGCUGAGACUGACUCUGCUGAGACUUCAACUAAAGCUGGUGUGUAAAUAAGUGAAGUCAAACUGAAUGGAGAAGUACAGGGGAUGCUGCAGACAAAAACUGAGGCUAGAAAUGACAGAAAUUAGAAAUGAUUGUGUUGUUAAGGAAAGCGGUGGGGUUUAUUGACACAGUUUUGUCUGAAAUGUUUUCUUUGAGAACAAAAAGUCCUUUUUAUUAACAAAGCACUUUUGAAAAAGCAGUCAAUUUUUUUCCUGGGCAAAACUCAUUCAGCAACAGAACAAAGAACUGACUUUUGGAAUAAAAACCUCUACAACUCUUAGUUUUCUAUAGUAGAGUUUGUCUGCCAGUGUCAUUUAUGUGUCAGGAAUCACACUCACAUAGACCCAAAUGCAGACGCCAGAGACGAGUAACAGUUCACAAACUUUUGAUUUGUCCAAGGUCGUUAACAGGAGGUCAAUUAAAAUCAUGCAGAGGUACAAAAACUCAGGAUCGGAUUAACUAAAGGUCAAAGGUCAGGCACACGAGGAUCAAGUGAAAGUAAAUGCGCAAAGACAUAAUGGUAAACAGCUGUGACACAUCAGGGAGAUGGGCUUGUGCUGGGGGCUGGAAGUUAAUCUCAAAGACAUGAGAAGAAUUAGACAUUUUAAAAUAAAGCAGAAAAUGACAAGACCUGAUACAAAAGGGACAUAGUUACAGUUAACUAGUGGAUGUGACAUUGUGUAGUUUUUCUAUUGAGAUAUUGUGUUGAAUAUUGUGAUCUCUUGUUGCAUUUUCAGACAUCAUUUCCCUGUAGGGAAGUAAAAUUCCAGCCAAAAAGUAAUAAAAGUUUAUAUUAAACCACAACAUCUAAUGAAAAAAUAGCAAUAAAUGAUAAAUGCAAGCUUUGAUAUUUUUUUACUUUGUUGUAAACAGAUAAAUCACAAUCCUGUAACAAUUCUUUUUUUUUUUUUACAUGAACAGAAUAUUUCUGCAAGGAACCUUGGUUUGUGUUUAGCCACACAAUGGUGAAAGUCAUAUUUAAGAUGCUGACCCAAACUUUCAGCCAAACCAGAAAGUGAAGCUUCAAAUUUGUUAACCCAUGCAUAAUUCUAAGUCGAGCCUGUCUGUUAACUUAAUGGAUGCAUUUAUGAACAACCAAGACUAAAAAAAUUAGCAAUAUGGAACAAAAAGGUGUUUGGUACCAGACUAUAAACAUGUUAAUUUCAGCUCGACAAAAUGGACAUUUUAACAUGGGACUUUUUUAUCUGUUUUAGUGCCAGCCUUAAAGGGAUAUUCCAGCGUAAAGUCAAUUUAGGGUCAAACACACCGUAACACAGAAUUAGACACCCCGUCGAGAGAUGAAUGUUGCAGACCGCAUGCUUCUCUAGUUCUACCAACUUUAGUAACCAUGCACUCAACCAAAAAGCCACUCGAAAGCCACAAAUAAUGCUCAAAACAGCACCUAACUUCAUCAACAGCACAUAUAGGGUCCCAGCCAUAGUACUAGCCACCAAACAUGCGUCACCCCGCUGCAGUCGAUGGACUCAUCCAGAGGUCUCCGUACAGAUAAGCGGCUGCUGGAAGAGAGUGGGUGAGUUGUGUUUCGUCUCUUUGCUAAAGAAUCAGGCAAAGUUAAAAAGAUGUUUGGUGGCUGGUACUAUGGCUGGGACCCUGUAUGUCCUGUUGAUGAAGUUAGGUGCUGUUUUGAGCAUUAUUUGUGGCUAUAGAGUGGUGUUUUGGUUGAGUGCAUGGCUCUCUGUAUUGCUAUUGUGCAGUCAUUUCUUAAGUUGGUAUAACUAGAGCAGCAAGCGGUCGGCAACAUUCAUCUCUCGACAGGGUGUCUAACUCGGUGUUACGCUGUGUUUGACACUAACUUAAUUUUACGCUGGACUAUCCCUUUAAGUGGAUACCUGCAGUUUGGGUUGUUUUUUUUUUCACUUCCAUAAUGGCUUCAUUUUUCAUCACUUGAAAUCACUGCUUGGUUUACACCUGGUAUAUACACAAGUGUCCUAUGUAAUUCAGUUGCAAGUUAAACAGAUCUGUGUGCAGCCGUCCAGUGAUGCAUAGUAACCUGCCUGCUAUCAAACGCACUUUAAUUGCAUCAAAUAAACAUAACGUAAUUGUUCAGUCUGUGGGGAGACUUUUAUUCAAUGCUCUGCUGACUGCAUCUCACAACAUCACAUGCACUGCCUUGUGGGAUCUGUUGUCAUUGUUUUGAAUGGAGGUUUGUCGGAGCAGGUAUUAAAUGGUUGAGUGGUUGUCAUGUUGUGCUAAUCCUGUUGUGGUUAUCAAGUAUGCAGUGGAAUAUUUCUGCAAUUUUUUCUUCAUUAAUUGUGUCCCCACAGCUUUGAGGACUAGACUGGUGUCUUCUGGUUCCUGUCCUUGAAACACAGAGACAGGGACUUUUUGUAAGACAAACUGCGGGAAGGGUGAAAAGGGGAAUAACAGCUUUUAAUGUAAUAUCAGAUAUUGUACAAUCAGUGUCAUCAAUUGAUGAAUUACAAUGAAUGUCCCCCUCUGCAUGAGCAUGGCUGCAGACUAAGUCAUGGGCAACAUGGUAUAAAAUUGAAUCAGACGAUACAAUCAAUAUUCUUGCAAUAAUAAUGAAUCAGGGACUAUGAGAACCAUGUUGGUGUUGAGAGUAUUUUAGGGCCUCAUCUUGAGUUUUUAGGCUAUUGUUUUACUGCAAAAUCUUUAACUUAUCUGGUUCACUCUGAGGUCUCUCAUAGCAUCACAUCAGGACCAAUCAGGACUUGACUUAAAAUUAUACACAACUUUACAGUAAAGUACACUUACAGGUUGAAUCUGAUGUUGUAUUUUACAUCCUCUCUCUUAGAAAACUGUUUGAUCUAAAUUGAACUGAGGCAACAUUUUAAACCCAGUCUUAAUCAAAUUACAAAUAAUGCAAAAUUAAAAGCAUAUGUGGUUUUCCUAACAUGAAUAAGACUUUAGGUUUGCCUUUGCAAUAUCAGCAGCAAAUGUGUAUCUCUCUCCCUCCCUUCCUCUCUCUCUCUCUGUGAGUGUGUCUGUGUAAUCUGGCUCCAACACACGUUCACUGCAUGAGCAAAUACGGUGUUUUUCACUUAACACUGAGGUCUUUUAAAUAGUAGAGUUGUCUGUUUGCAACCUCUUGCAGAGUCAUCUUCAUACUUAGAUUUGUAAUGCUGUGGAUUCAUUCAGCUAUAGGCAGAUGUGCUGUUUGUUUAACCCCUGUAUCUUUGCCCCUUUUUGGGUGUCUGAACCUGAUCCAGCCCUCGCUGCAUCUAUGUUAUGUUCAUAUCAUGUUUACAGUUGGCAAGAAAUCAAUGCCUCUUUGAAGAGUGACUUUUUUUAUAAGGAUGAGGGCUUAAUGUCAAUCAACUAUGUAUUAUGGAUGAGCCAGACUAAGAACUGUGUCUUUUAAACCAUAUUUGGCUGCGUAAGAUUAAGCUUCUACUGCCCAUGACACUAAACCUAAUGUUUUACCUGUAAGAUGCACAUUAAUAAAAAUUUUUAACAAGUUUGUGUUGACAUAAAUUCCAAUGAAAAAAUUAAAAAAUAAACCAACAAAGUCAAAAUGUAAAAAAAAAAAACACAUUAAAAAACAUUAGCAAUAAUGAUAACGAUGACGUCCUUUCUCUGUAAGCUCAAGCUGUUCAUUUUACUUAGUAAUAAGUCAAACAAUGCUUUGUGUUAUAUCUGGUAGUGUCUAUUUAAUUUUAGCAAUGUCAUUUCUCUAACAUUUUUCAUUAAGGACAAUUUCUGAAAACAACAGAGCUUUGUUAUUUAUCACCAAAUGAACUCAUUUGUUAGAUUGUGUUUUGUGUGCGACCCUGAUCCUGAGAAGUUGGGAGGCUGUAUUAAAUAUUGAUUGAAACACAAAUGCGAUGGUUUUGAGACCGUUUUAAAAAAAACAUCAAAUGAACAGAAACAAAUUAAAAAGAAUAUGCUCAUUUUUUAAUGAACAAACUUUCAUUAUUUUUAUAACAUCACAACAAACAACAAAACUGGCAGAAGACAAUGCAAAGGGAAGAUGAUCAACGAUAAAGAGUCAAAAAAUCUGUCUGAUCGAAACAAACAAACAAAACAUAAUCAAAGUAAAUUGCAGCCAAACAGGAAAUAAAUGAAAACAAGAUGUGGAGCAGAAAGAAAAAAUCACUUUGUAUAUACACUGACAUAAGUAUUCUAGUGUUAAGCUGUCCACUGUUUAUAGACUGCAACGCCAACAUCAAACCACAAGGGGAUGCAAGCCGUCAUCUCCAAACCAAGAUGAGUCAAACUUGUUAGAUAAAAAUUAGAUAAACACACACUACAAAAAUGUUGGAAGCUGGACAAACUUUCAUUAUUUUUAUAACAUCACAACAAACAACAAAACUGGCAGAAGACAAUGCAAAGGGAAGAUGAUCAUCGACCUGUGAGCCCAUAAAAAGUUGGAUGGUUCCUUUCUCCUACUCUUAAACCGUCGAUAUGGCGUCAAUGAUUUCCAGACAGAAUAUCAUAUUUUGAAUAGUCAGAUCAUGAAACUGUUUUCCACUUCACCUCAGUCCAUCUCAGACCCAGAGUAGUGGCUAAUGUUUCUGGCUCAUGUUUUGAUGAAAUCAUGUCCUGUAGAUGAUGAAAUCCACCAACUCUUCAAAAUUUUUGUGGAAAAAACCUUAUUUCAACAUUUGUUGAACUAUUUUCUUCCACAGUCUCUCACAUACUGGUGAACCUCUUUCUAUCUUUCCAUCUGAGAGACUCAGCCUUUCAGAAAUUUUGCAACUUGUCAUUUUACUAACCUGUUUCAAGUUAAUGCAAUUUGUCGAAGAUGAUCUAGCGAGUGUUUAUUUAUUUAUUUUUUUCGCAUUGCACCAUUUUUUUCAGGGUUUUAUUGUCCCUGUCUGGAUCUUUUCUUUAAAAUGGGUAACACUUUACAAUAACCAAUAGACCAUUCAUAAAUGGUAAGCAGAUCGUUUAUUAAUGUUUAAUCGUCAUUUAUAAAUAGCAUAUAGACCAUUGAUAAAUUGGACAUUUUACGAUUUAAAAAACCUAACCCUAACUUUACAAUAACCAUCUAAAUAAUGUUUAUAGGUGGUUUAUAAACCACUUGGUUUAAAAACCAAAUAUUAACCAUUUACAAAGUGCUACUGACACACAUUUUAAUCUAGAUGUUUUACAACCAACAUUUAAACCCUACAUAAACCUUUAAUACAUAGUCCAUUAAUAAUUAAUGAAAAUUAUUAAUCAUAAUUUCAUUGCUUUUUAAUGAUGAAGUAACCAUUAACUUACAUUAAUAAAAUAUCUAUUAGCCAUUUAUAAUUGGUCUAUAUGCUGUUUUUAAAUGAUGAUUAAACAUGAAUAAACUAUCUAUUUACCAUUUUUAAAUGUUUUGUUAUGUGAAGUGUUACCUUUUAAAUGUAUCAUAUGUGGCAUUUUAUCAUAAAACAUUAAAUUUCAUUUUCAUUUUCAACAUUCAAACCUGGCUCUUACUCUACUUUAUUAUUUCCGAAUAUAAAAAUAUUUUAUUUCUUAUGACAUUUUACACUGCGUCCAUUUUUUUCUGGCGUUGGGGAUGUAGAAAACGAUAUCUCUUGCACGCCUCUCUGGAUGUGAUAUUUUGUUUCAAGGUUUAAGAAUAAAGCCGAUAUAAAUAUUUCACUGAAGCAUGCAAAAGCUCUAACUCUGGCCGCUGUUUGGUUUUAUUUUUAAACAAUGACUGUCUCACUCUACUUGUGUGUGGAGAAAUAACAUUAUGUAAUCACAACCAAAUGACUCUGCUCACACAUCAGGCCUCCAACGAGAUCCAAAAACAGCAGCUCUGCCUCAGAUCCCUCCGUGCCGGAUGGAGGAGGAGGAGGAAGUGUUUCAGUGGGAGAAUUCAUCCUUUGUUGUCAGUUUGAUAAGGCCAACACGACGUGACCGCACGUUAAUAGAACAAACCUUUCUGACUGCUCGUCUCCCUCGGCUGCUUUUCCUAGAUCAGAAUUCCACUGCUGCAUGCUGCUGCUCCUGCUGCAAGUGUCCUUGAACGCAGCUCUGUGUUUCUAGGUGCGUAUUGUAGAGAACAGGCAUUAGUGUGUGGGAGAGGCCGAUGGGAAUCAGCUCCCUGAUGUGGAGGAACAGCCUGACUUUUACUGUAGCAACUGUGGAUCAGAGAGCAGAACAGCUGUCACAGUAUGUUUUUUUGUGUGUGAUCUGGUGACAGGCGGUGUGUGGGAAUUUGAUACAGGAGAGUGAUCCUGAAUUAUACUGUUGUAUUAUGUGGAUGAUUAAUUACAGUAUUAAUAUAAAUGGAUUCUUCUUUUUUUCUCGGGUAGGUGGGUGAGGAAGUGGGUUAGCAUUGUUUUUUCAAUUCUUACAAUAAAAUCUUUUAACUUGAUACUGAAUGCACCUUUUCACCUUAUUGACCCAAACAUAAAUGAUCCUGACUAAGAUAGGACAACCCUCUAGAUAGAUAGAUAGAUAGAUAGAUACUUUAUUAAUCCCAGAGGGAAAUUCAAUGAUAACAAAUUUGUAGGAAAAGUCUUUCUGAGGACAAGUCUUACUUUUAUAUGGAGAAAAAUUCUACUAAAUAUAAUGGUGACAUAAAAAACAAACAAACAUUGAUUAGAACAAAGAUGCUUUUUUAACACAUACCUGGAUUUCUUGGCUGUUCAACAGUUGUGUUAGGUCUGUGCUGCAUUUUCUAUUUUCUAAUAGUAAAAAAGGCAUUAUAACAUUACCUUGCCUGGUUGUUUGUUAAUUAUUCCCACCUGUGUGCUGCUUUGCCUUGGUAACAGAGUGUGUUUAUGUUACAUCAUCCUUGCACCACGGCAUGUGAUUGAUGGUUGUUCUGUGUCACAAAUCCAAGCUCCGCCCCCGGAGCCCCGCUCUGCUGGCCAGACUCCGAGAAGUAGAGAGAACGAUUGCAGAACAAGUGUGUGCAGGAGCAGAUUGCAAUGCUCGUAAGAAAGCUAAUUUUGAUUUGAGCUUACAUCUCACCCCCAAAGACAUUGGUGUUUGAGGGCUGAAUAGAGGUGAAGUGCUAAUGAGCUACUGGAGCUCUGCAGAAGAAAAGCCCUUGAAAAUGACACAGGUAACGUGAUUUUGGCUUAAAACUUCGUAAUCACAGUUGAAAGACCACUGAGAACACUUUAAACAGUAAAAUCUGAGUGGGACUUAAAGGAACUCACACUAGUACACACACACUUGAGGGAUGCACAAGUAUAAUACACACUGUAACACACAUCUAUGAUGUUCACGAACACUCUCAGCAGUAUAAAAGUGAGGGAAAGGAGAGCUCGGGGCUCCCAAGACUCUGGUCUAGACUGUGAGUGUCAACUGUAUUGAUUUCUAUAUCUGUACAAUAAAGACGCCCAGGCUGCUCUUCAGAUCUCAUCCUGUCUCCUGAGCACCGAUUUUGCUGCAUACUAUACGUUUUCCGCAACAACUCCAAGAGAAGAAAAGUUAUGUCUGAACAUCUGAAGUCUGCCGGACAUAUUUUUAAAUGAAAGCAAAGAACAUUGGAUCUUAAAAAGAACAGAUAUUACUGAAGCAGACAUUUAAAAACCGAGGCAUUUAAAUUUCAUGCAAAAUUAACUUUUGAUGCUAUGAAAAGCGUGUUAAGUCAUUAUCGACAGCUCUGAUGGCCAACGAGACUUUUGGUGUGCUGUGGGCUCCAGCUUAGCGGAGGAGAGGAGGAAGCAUAUUGAGUGUCUGCUUCAAACCUUCACAAGAAUCUCUUCUGCUGUUGACUGUACCCUCCUGGGGCAUCUUUGAUGCUUUAUCUGUAAGUUAAUGUGUGUUUUGAUAAGCUGAUCUCCAUGGAACAGACUCUGCAUCCAAAUGCACCAGAUAUCAGUACCUGUCUGGGAGGGUAUUUAUCUUGACACCUAAUUUUGCAGAUAAAUCUCGACACUGUAUGUAUUUUAAUGUUUUAGGCGGACGUUUUACUGCUUGUAAUGUCGUAUAGACAUACUCAUUAUGGAGGUCUGAAGGAGCUGAUAAAGUUUAAAAGAAACUUCUAGUUUUGAUCAGAAUGAAAAUUGAAUAUUUCCAGUAGGUCUGAUCUUACAUGAAGGCGGUGCGAGUCAGAGAAACUGGUCUAAAGUGGUCUGUUUUUGUUUUCUGAGUGACUGUGAGGUAAAAAGCAUUAUCGUGACCUGGUAAGACAAGAGUACUCAGGACGAGUUUUUACUAUUUUUAGCCAACCUUUCUCUCUCGGUAGAGCGGAUGAUAAACUGGAUACACAGGAAAGGAUUUCAGAAAAAGCGAUGGUUCGAGGCGGAAGUAACGAUUCAGUCACAGUACAGGGCCCUCAGAGAGGCCCCUGACGACUGAGUGACCAGCAUUGACGUCUGCACUGGACUCUUGUCCUGCGCAUCACCUCUUCUCCUGCUUAAAAUAAACCCAUCCACCAUCUUUAUCAUAGCAACAAUCCUCUUCCCUCCCUCUCUCUGUCCACCCACCCAUCCUGCCCCACGCAAGCCCUGAUGAGAGCUCCUUUUCCUCCCACUCCAUCCCAGCUUGAGCACCGUGGGGGUGCAUAUAUAGCCCAAAUCACACUUGGAUUGUCACUCGUCUCUGCUGGCUACGCUGCUGAUCUUUGCUUCUCUCCAGCUCUAGAUGGUUCUGAGCCUGCAGAAAUGUUGGGCCCAAAAUAGAAAGCAGCCACUUCUGCUUCAGCCUCUAAUUCACUGUUGUGUCAGGACACUGAAUAAAGUGAAUGGACCAGCCUGCGGAGACUUUCUUUGUUAUGCACCAUUUUCUGGCAGUUGUUAGUGAAGCUCCAGUUGCAGACAACUAUUGCUCCUCAUCGUCUAUCUGGGUCGCUCUUUUAGCGGAGUUUUUUAAGCAGCGGGAUUCUUAAAUAUCUGAUCAGGGCUGUAAUUGGGCAGAGGAGACAUUUUAAUGGUAUUUUUCUUUAUCGUGUGCCAUUCAGGGUUACUUAUGGGUAUUUAACUGUCUGACUUUGAUAAAAACAAAGCUUAGAAAUGAGCUGAGGUAAACACUUUGUGUUUCCAGUGAACAGAUAAUGGGCUAUAAUAAUGAUUGAUAAUAGGGGAGAACAUAAUUAGCACUAUUAUGGUCCUCUGUUAAUAGCUGCAUUCGUCACUGCAUCGUAAAGUUGUAUAAGUAGUACUUUAGCAGGUAAGUAAAUGUUACAGGAGAGCCACAACCUCUAAGUCAGUGAAUAUUUUGAGCAAUAAUCCAUGACAUGAUCACAACAGUAAAUCUCCAUUUUGAAACCCUCUGCUGCUUCUCUUACCUACUCAGAGUGAAAUAAGCUGAUUGAGAGGAACGUUAAAUUAGACUUUAGUGUGAUCUAAACUGAAAUCAUCAGCGUUAAUCACAACAAACUCUUGUUUUAUGUGAACCUCUAUUUCUUUCACCACUUUCAAUGUACACAACUAUUACUGCUGUUAUCAGCGGGCAGUCUGGUUGCUGUAAGAUCAGCAAUGAAACAUCUGUUUCUACUUUAGAUAAACAGACCCUAACGUGUUUGAAAGGUCUGUCACUUUAAGGGUAAUGCUCCUAAAUGAAAGUUUUGACAGUAAUCAUUUUGUGGCGCCAUGGGUGGGAAACUUUUGUAACAUUAUGAGGUAUUAUUAAGGUGUUUCAGCUCGUAGGUCAGAGAAACUGCAGUAUCCUGACUAACUGUGGUAAUUGUACUUUGUUGUGCUUCCUAUUUGGUAUUUUCUUUCAAAAAUCAUAGGUACAACAUGGAAAAAGAAACAUUUGACAAGCAAAUUGAUUAUUUUGAAGAUGGCUAAGGUUGGUGUUUAUGUUUUUCAGAAUCUUGGUAUUAUAAUUUACAAUCUAGUUUAUUCUUUUAAGGUAAGGUACUAGGAUACAAGUAAGACUUUUGUAGCUUAUGAUAAGAAUAGGAGUGCAACCUGUUUAUCACGCCUUUCAGCUUAAUGUGGUUGUCAUAGUAACAUGCUGAAUCCAGGGUCACUAAAUUAACAACUAAUAAUGCUCACCCUAAUGUCAACACAUCUUAAGUUUUCAUCUAUGAGAUAAUUUGCUUGUGCAAAUGUUUCUUUUUCCUGUUGUAUCUAUGAUUUUUGAACCUUAAUGAGGCCUCACACCAAGCGCGAGUAAAAUCAUCUACUCGCUUCAUUCCCAAACGCGUGAAUAUAUAUUAUUUACUCGCUUCGUUUGGGCAUCAACAGUAAUUUCAACCAGCGGGAUCAAGUGAGAGACAGAGGUUUUUUACAGUUCACCAGGUUAUCCGACCUCCUCACUCACUUGCCUCCUGGCGAGCUCCUUUUUAUGACGGUUUCGAUAAUUGACAGAAAAGGUAUCAUAUAAUUUAGGGCACCCACACACUGACACGAUCAGCUUGUCCUCCAUUUUAGAUACCAGUGAACAACUGUCCGCUUUCAUACGUCACCUGGCAACCUUUGUGCUGAUUAGUUAUUGUGACGCAAAUAUUUGCUCAGUUUAGACAUUUUUACCUCCCGCCCAAUUUGCGUCAUUCGCGCCGCCAGAGUAGUAGGACCAUCUAACUGAAUCCUUGCAUUGACUUAACAUGUAAUUCAUUCACACAAAUGAUUUUACUCGUGCUUGCAACAUAUGAGCCUCUCUCUUUCCUUAUUGUCUCUAUCUUUGGUCUCUGUGUAUACUCAUUACACAGGAAGCUGUGAAAUGACCACAUUCAGUCAGAAUAUUGAGGUUUGUUUGACCAUAAAAUUGGAAAUUGAGUUCAUCUGUAACUUGAGUUAACAAUGCUAUUGGAAAUGUUGUUGCACAUUGCAUGAGUUUAAAAUGUAUUUAAGAAUAAAAGCUUUAAUCUGCUUUGUAAAUAGCAAUUCACUAGCUAACACAGUCAGAAAAAUAAAUCAUGGCAUAGUUUAUUUUUAUGCAUUUAUAUCUGUUUGAUUUUAUUUAAAUUAUUACAUUUUUUAGAGUUUAUUUAUUCAAAUUUCUUAAAAUCUGCAUUUACAGGUAAUUCUGAAAACAAUUAGAUUUAAUCAGGGAAAAUAAACAAAGUUCAAAUAUGACCAGCUAUGGAUCAACCAAGACUCAAUCAGUUAAAAUUUAUGAGACAGAAAUAAAUUGGAUUCAUCAGUGAUGCAUACAUACAUUUUCAUUAUUUCUUCUAAACACAUUGGGUUUAUUGGUAGUGUUAUGUAAAUCUAAUUAUUUAUUGUUCAGUUUACAUUUGACCUACAAAUAUGCAGCACAUAAAGUUUGUUUGCCUCUUUAAGUAAUUCAGAUGGAUGUAAAUUUUAUAUGCAACAAGGCUUACAUAUUUACUUAUGAGUGCAGGUUCACCUGGCUUUUAAAGGGGAUGAGAGAUGAAACAUUAAAAAGUUAGAUUAGAUUUACACUAAAAACACUCCCAGACUUCGGUGCUUGAACACUGUAAAAGGCCUAAAAUGAUUAUUUUCUCUGUUGCUAUAGCUUUUACAUCUGAAAACAUCACAGUGCCGAACACAUUAAUAUUCCUGACAGCCUUCUGUUGUGCUACUCAGACAGACCUGUGAGAUGUCAGAGGGGUAUAUGUGACUCCUGCAGAUUCUUCUAUAAUUCACACCCUGCCCUGAGACGAUAAAGCCAACAGUUAAACUAUCUAUAAUUACUUCCUCUUAGAGACUGAUCACCUGUCACAGCAGCUUUCCAUCAUCCCUCCUCAUACCUCUGCGAGCAGAACCAACUGAGCUGUCUCGCAAAAUGGAGAACUUUUCAUGUCCCAUCAAAGAGCCGUUGUGGCGCAGUAAUGGUGACAUAUUGAGGAGAGCUGAGGGAUGAGGAUCAUCAAUCUCAUAUAUACUCAGAGGAAAGGGCCAGACCCAGUUUCAAAACAAAACAAAAUGUUAUAAAACAUCCCAUUUUGAACUGCAAAUAUUACACAUGGAUGAGGGAAGACUUAACUGUGCUGCAUGUUUACUGUUCAAAUAGAUGCUGUAAUUAUAAUUGAUUUGCUAUGAUGGUACAAACGGGGUUUGUAAAUGGAUGAAGGCACCGGGUUGAAAUGUUGGGGCAAGCAUUGAACGAUAGGGUACUACUACCACCAGCAACAAAAAUUGAGCAAGACAAUCUGUCUACUUCUCACUAUAUUAAUUCCUUCAGUAAGCAAGUAAUUUUUUCCCGAUGAGUUUAAGGUCCUUAUCUCAAGUUUUAAGCUUCUUCAAAAACAUCAUGGCAUUCAUACAUGUCGAAAUAACCUUAAGUGUAAAUAAUAAUAAUAAUAAUAAUAAUAAUAAUAAUAAUAAUACAUUUUAUUUAUAGGCGCCUUUUAGGACACCUUACAGAACAAAAAAUAGCACAUCAGUAAAAUAGUUAAGUCAAUAAAAUACACAUCAACAUAACAAAAGUUUUAAAUAAAAAAGUUGUAACUUUGGACUCUGCAGAAGAACAUCAAACGUCAGUCUAAGUAGGCCUGUCUAAAACAAUGUGUCUUCAGAUGGGAUUUGAAGAUGGACAGUGAGUCAGCAUGUGAGGUCUUUUUACUCAGAGUGAGGAAAUAGGAAAUUUGAUUGCACACAAUCGAAUACUGUAUUUACCUGCUUUUUCAAAAAAGCUAUAAACUAAUUAUGAACUGUGAAUUUGCAAACUAUGAAUUUUUCACAUUUACGAUAAAUCAACUCCACUCCACAUAAACUGGUGGUACUGUUCCUUUCCAUGGAGUUCAUCAAAUACUGUGUGUGUGGAUAGAAUUUAGAGUAGUCAGGAUGAGAGUGUACAUAGCAGAUCUGGACAGAGAGUAGACGAUAAUGAUGAAAGGAAAAAAACAGAGUAAACUCCACAGGGAUGGCCUAUUGUUCCAAAUCUGAUGUUGUUUUAAUUGUACAGAACAUGUAGCUUGUGCGUGAUCAUUGUGGACUUACCAGUACGCCUUUCUCCAUGACAGAAAUAAUUGAAAGUUGGCCUGUAUUCACCCAAAAGGGCUGCAAUUCCAGUUAUAAUUAGGAGUCUGACUGCAAGUUGAAUAGUUAAGUCAUAACAAAUCUAACAAUUCAACCUCUCAGACCGGAUCCUGCACUCAAGGAUGGGUUGUGUUUCAAUGGGGCUUUUGGAAAUGCUUCUUUUGUGUGUCUGAUUAGGUUCUGUCAAUCUGGGUCCUUCCCUUCACCAGUUUUGCUCCCCAGUCUUAGGGCCAGGGCCAGUUAGAGACCUCAACUCUACCUGAACUUGUUGAAGUGCUAGUUGUAAAAAAGGGUCUAAAAGUCUAGUGUCAUCCUCUUUCCCCUUAAACUAUUAUAGAGCCCUGGAUAAACUUUGUAAAAAGGAAGGUGUCUAUUCUUUUGUCCUUUUGACUCUGUGUGUAAAUGGUGUUUGACUGCAGUGUUUUUAGCCUUGAGGUGCUAAGCAUGCCAACAGUCUACUUAGUGCACUGGAACCAUCUGCUGGGACUGCAUUGUUUCCCCCCGUGGAUGGCAAAAGCUGAGGACUGAGAGCGGGGAUUGCAGUAAGAGGCCUGGCAGAGUUAGUGCCAGCAGCUCUUCAGCUGAGUCAAGUAACUUUUGAGGUCAGACACAGCGAGGUUCAUUCACUUACCAGUCCUCCUGCCACGUUUAAUUUAGAGUAAGUCAUUUCCAAAAAGCUGGAUAAAUAAUUGUCCUUUAAAAGCUGCUGCUUGUAACAUCAGAACUUCUCAUGUACAAAGUUAGACAUAGAGCAGACCUAGAUCUUUACAGGCCACAGAGGUCAUUAUGAAAUCAUGAACAUAUAAUGAAGCCAGCAGGAAAUCUCUUCAUUCAGUUUUGCCGCAGGAUUUAAACUCCUUGGAUUCCAGCCACGACCUGAUGGUUUAGAGGAGUAAAUAAAGCUUUGCAGUAUUUAUGACAAAAGGACAUAAAAGUGAGUAUGAAUCUCUCAGCAUCAAGCAGUGCCGGGAACAAUCUAAUUUUGCAGUGUGUCUUAAUUUAAGAAAAUAUGACCCAAUUUAAAAUUUAUUUUUGCACCCCAUUACUUCUUCCCUGGAAGCUGACCAGCAAAACCACACUUUUAUUAAGUACUGUCAAAUGUUAUGAGAGCAAUGCUGCAACCUCCAGAGCUGGAGAAUGAAGCUUAUAUAGGAGCAACAAAAACUGCAGUUCCUUAGUGCCCAAUGUUUUAAAAUAAGGUGAGGCCAGACACAAGAGUCAUGCCAACUCGAGGAAGCAGAUUUCAUCCGACCCUUAGUCUGAGACUGGAUAUUUAAUUUAAUGUGGUUUCAGCUGUAUUAAUUAAGGCAGGUUGAGUGUCCAAACGCAUGCCAAACGUGCUCAUCAGAUAAGAUAUACAUCAGAAUAUAUCGAUAUAGAUCUAAAUGUAUGUGCUGACUCAGAUAGUUGCACUAAAUGAUGGUUGUUGUUGAUUAUUUAUUGCACUGAAAAGUACCUGACACUGUGGAAAGCUGCCGGUGAGGGAUCAGUGACAUGUGCGCACUACGUCGACGGUCUGCUAAAAUACCACUAGACCAGCUGCACUCCGCCUGUGCUGAUAGCGAGCUUUCAGUGCACUUCCCAGGCCGCCGGCAAACACAAAAAUGUCACUGCGCCAGCUGAUUCUGUCAACACUUCCUCCUACUGCGCCACCACGCCCAGCUUGGUGGACCUUGGUGCACCUCAGUCUACGAAAAUACCAAACUGGCUGUGUUUCAGGCUCCGCCAGACAAAAAUACCACUGUGCUGGUUCGUCACCCUCCGUCGCGCCACUGGCGGACAUGAAAAUAGAGCCCUUGGACUCAAGUUGCACAUAAGUCGCACACUUUUGUGAUUUCAGAAUUGACUUUGACUGGACUCUCAAGGACUUGAGCUUCUAAACUCAUGGACAAUCUUUUACACUAUGCAUUUUUGUCUCAGUAACAUCACUAACUCAGAGUGUUCCCUCGUGUGUGGGCGGCCACAACGCAGCCACAGCACUUUAAUGGCACAAAGCUUCUCACAUGAGGAUCACAAGAAGAAAGCCUGAUUAAACAUAACCACAGACAGUUUUAGUCAUAACUCAUCUAUAUGAGACAGAUUUCCAAAUCACUGCUCGCUCUGUUCCCCUUUGUAUAUUGCAUACAGCGUUUUAUCUGCGGGCAAUAUGAGAGUGAAAGACAGAGAAGUAUUGUAGGUCCCUCUUUUUAAUGUUGGGUAAUGGUUGAGUUCAGCAUCCCAUAUCAAAUACAAACUUCUCAUGUUGUUUUGCGGAGGUGGUUGCUGUUACUCUUAGUUUUGGAUUAUUACAUCAGGUGAUCUUCCUCACAUGGAUCAGCUGUUUUGAUAACAAAGCAUUCAAAAUGUGGGUUGCAUUAUUUGGGGUUGUGUUGAUAAGUUUUUCCAAAGAUCAGACACAGUUAGGCAGAAAUAAACAGUGCAAUGAAUUAAGUUUUUUAAAAUUGUAUCUCAUCCUAUCUUAUCUCAUCUCAUCUCAUCUCACAGGCCCUUUCAGUAGUGUCAUCCAAAUCAAGUCACAUCCAAGGUUAAAAAAAAAAAAAAAACAGAAAAAAUACACCAUCAUAAAUAACACAGCAGUGAAGGCCUUAAAAGGCUGUCAACAAACCAUUGAUGUCAUUCGUACUGGCUAACAGUUAUUUACUCAGUUCACGAUGUAAACAUGAGACAUCAUACUAUAAACAUUUUUCCAUUAUUAGGUCACUGUAGCCAAGGAGGGAUGCUGUAUUUACACAUAGUGUACUGGACAUUUCACAUACCUAGGUAUUUAAAAAAAUCAAAGUUUAUGGAUUACUACAUUUUUAGCUAAUAUAUAAUUGGAAAACUCUCAUGUGAGAUUUAGUCUGUUUAGAAUUUGUCAAAAUUUAUGUUAAGCAGGUGAAAAUGAUGAAUAUCUAAAAUGAAAACGAAUCCCCUCAGUUAAUUAGUCUACAUUUCUUUUGAUAUUGCUUGACUGCAUACUUUAGACAAUUUAAAAUGAAAGCUGUUUUCAGGGAGAGUGUUGAUAUAUGCCGGUGUUAUUGAAAGGGUUGGCAGGGGGAAUUAUUCCCUGACAAAGCUCUCUGAAACUUCAGCCUUGAGCUCAGCCAACAAAGUAAAAGCCAAUUUAUCAUGUGUGCAAGGGGACAGUGUUAUGUGGCAGGUUAUUGUGGCUGGAGCGGGGUUAAUGAAGAGUGCACAGCCUCACAUUUGAUGGGCAAAAAAGUGAUGGAGCCAUUCAAAGAGUACUGUAAAAAAGCUGUGCUGAGCUAUCUGUUGCUCUGUAUUAGCUGCUGAUACCAAUAUUUAAACCCUAUAUAAACCUUUAAUAAAUAGUUCAUUAAUAAUUAAGUUGAAAAUUAUCAAUCAUAAUUUCAUUGCUUGUCAAUGGUAAAGUAACUAUUAACUUACAUUAAUGAACUAUCUAUUUGCCAUUUAUAAUUGGUCUAUAUGCUGUUUUUAAAUGCUGAUUAAACAUUAAUAAACUUUCUAUUUACCAUUUAUAAAUUAUGAUUAUUGUCAAGUGUUACCAAUUCAUGGAUUCACUUUAAAGAAAAAAUGAUGUGUUGACUCAACGUAAAAAAAAAAAUCAAUGAAUAAAUGAAUGUAACAACUUGCAUGGAUAUUUUCAAGUUUUUUUUAACAAACCGAGUAAUGGGUAAAUACCAUAAGACUUCUCUAGUUCGGCCAGUCUAAUCACUUGAGUUCAGGCAAGAUGAUUUGCCUUGUCCUAUAUAAGCUUAUUAAAAAUGAGCAGACUUAAUUGUGUUAAGAUCAAUCCUAUUAGACAUUCUAAUGUAUUUCUUUUCCUUUCAUCCUGCUCAGAUAAAUAAGUUCUUGUUCUAAAAAAAAUUGAUGUAACAAUUUGCAUGGAUAUUUCUAAGUCAGAAUAAAUCACACAUUUAAAUUCCAGUUUUAUGAUCAGUUUAUUUGAACACCAAUCAGCAUCUCACUUUCAGUAACAGUUCAGUCACGUUAUUAACUUGAUUCAGUUACUUAACCUUUAUAAUAGAAGAGUCGGGGUGCUAAACUGGCUCACCUGCAGUCCUGACUCAUUCCUCAGUGAUAACAUGUGAGCAUCAUGACACAAAAAAUAUGAGAAAGUAGACGUCCCUUGAACUGUUGAGCAAAAACAGGACAUUUUAUCUCCCAAACUCCAGAAACUGAUCUCCUCAUAAUAGUUAAAAUGAGAUAUGAUGCAACAGGAUUGAAGACAUGUUCCUUUUCUAGUUUUUGGAAAUGUGUUGAUAACAUCAGAUUUACAAUAAGCUUUUUUAUUUUCAUACAACAACAUAAUUGUUCAGUUUCUACAUCUGAUAAGUUGCAUUUAAAGAAUUUGAAAACCAUGAUAUAAUCUCAUUUUUUUAUUUUAAGCAGCGCCCUGACUUUAUUUGGCAUUGGGGUUGUAUUUCAUUUUCAUGUUUCUUUCCUCAUCUGAUUUGUAGAUACACAACCAGGUCUCCUUUUGAAAGUGGAAUGAGCUGAUUUCGCUAAAUGGCUACAGUACAUGCUUUGCUCACGCUCUAGUGUUAAAACAACAGCCUCUUUGUCUUGUUAUGUUGGUGUUUGUGAGGGGCUACACAGAGUAUUUCAUCUGUCGACCCUGAGCACGCAGUCCUGGGUGUGUGUCUGCUACUUUUGGCGGUGAUGGAGAAGCUCAGUUGGUGCUGAUUUACGACCUUGUCAGAGCUAGAAUGACACGUUCAUUGCUGAGACACAUACUGAUCAUCCAUCAAUGCUGCAGAGACGGCCAUCCAUAAAGCUUACAUCACUCAAUUGUUGGGAUGGAUGUUUGAACAUAAAAACACUCCGCAUCAGCGAUUAGUUAAAUUAGGACGGGGUUGUGUCAUUCAACAUUGAUUCCAAGAGGAUUCUGUGUCAACAAGCAGUAUUCUGCACUUGAAGGUCAAAGGUCGCGGUCAGUAACUGAACAGCAGCACUGGAGCCGAUCAGUGUUUGGGUCAAGGACACUUCAGCAGGUCUUGCAGGACAAGACUGAUGAGAUUAGACGAGUAAAACCAAGGACAUAACUCAAAACUCUUGGAUCUGUUUUACCGUUAUAUUUAGGUUAAAAUAAUCUCUUUAUAUAGAUUCUUCAUAGAAAGUGUAGUGUACAAACUGUAACAAGUUCCAUUUGUAAAAUGUUUAUUGUAAUUUUUAAACACAUAUUUUCCACAUUUAGCUCAUUAGUUUGCAAAUGCAAGUAAUGAAAAAUAAAUCAGUGAUCUUAGUUGGAUUGUUAUCAAUGCUAAAAAUUCCAAUUAAUGACUGAGGUUGCUGCUUAGGAAUAACCUAAUUCAGCUUUUACUACCAAAGUUUGUCCUCUGUUGUGUUUUUCAGGCUGAUUCUGUGAAUGCAGGACAAGUAUUUGACAGCCUCAUACCUGUCAUUUUGAUUUGUCAAAAUCUCUCUUGUUAGGGUUGACAUGUGCUGAAAUUGUCCUCAUCUUCUUGUCUAUAAUUUCUAAAUUAUGCGUGUCUUCAAGGAGGUUUGUGCAGAAUCUUCAGGUUUACUUUCCAUUGAUGGUUGAACUGAGUCAGGUUUUCUGCAGAUGUGCAGCUACUGUGGUCUGAAACCUUGUCUGUGGUUUCAGGAUCACUGAUCAUCCUAACAGAGAGAGAAAGUGAUUAGAGAGACUUCAUAAAUCACUUAAAAUACAAAAUGACAUUUGGACACUCCAGACGCUUUUGAGUCUGGCCUGGACUCUGAUUAUUUUCUUGGUUUCUGGGACAUUGAAACCCCACUGGAAGAUAGUUGCAGAGAAUAAAAAAGAAACUCUAAAAGCGGGGCAAAGCAUCACCCUUGUGUCCAUGGGGAUCAUCAUGCAGCAGAACCACCAGAACCCUGACUGUAGCAGGUCUAGCUAUGUUUUAUGUUGAAGGAUCCCUCAGCGAGUUACUGUGCUCUGAUAUGAUAACUCAGUGUCAAGUCCUGUGCCACUAAGAAAAAACUCUGGAAACAGGUCCAGACAGAAACAAAAGUCCUGGGAAAAGACAAGGACAGAGAGAAGACAAAUAAAAGCAGUUUUUCACUUCUCACAAACUGCCAAAUGUGUUCAUGCAGCUGCAGCAAUUUCUGCCUUUGUUGUCAGAUAAACAUCACGCUGACUAAAAAUAGUGGUGAAUAUGUGUCCUCCACAUCCUUUGUUUGUGAACCGCUGUGUUUGGAUAUGUGUGGGAGACAAAGUAAAUGUGUGAUGUGUCAAUAUUUGAUCAGACAGGUUAAAAAACAAAAUAUAAAAAGCUUCUCCAGUACAAGAUGUAACAUAUACUAUACUUAUCCCCAUCCCAGGAAAUCAAGAACCGGAGUUUUUGUCUUUUUUAUGAAGACAUGUUGUAGCACAGUAGCACACUGUAGGUUUAGAGUGCAGGCAGGCCGGUCUAAUACCUGCACUCUUUUCAAAGCCCCGCUGUUGUAACAAGUGCAGGAUGUGGUUUAACUUCAUCUUGCUGAGAUAAGCAGGGAUGUCCCUGAAAAACACUUGGCUCAGAUGGCAGCAUAUGUUGCUCUGAAACCUGUUUGUACCUUCAGCAUUAAUGAUACUUUCACAGAUGUGACACUUACCCAUGCCAUGGGCACUAAUACACCCCCAUACCAUCACAGACGCUGGCUUUUGAACUUUAGACUGACAACAAUCUGGAUGGUUAUUUUCCUCUUAAGCCUGGAGGACGCAACAUCAAAAUAAAUCCAUCCAUAAAAUCAACAGAAACUGACAGCUCCUCACAGGACUUUUAAGUAGGACUGCAUGAUACUUUUUUUCCCCACAAAUGAUUUAGGGUCCUAACCCUUUAAUGCCUUUUGUAUCAUAUUUGAUACAUACUUUUAUGAUACUUUUAUCAAAUCAAUAUGAUCAACAAAUUACUAAAAAAACAAAACAAAACAUGAAUUCAGUCCGAUAAAUGAUAAAAAUGUCCUUGUGGUUUAUCAGUUUCCAAAAAUAUCUAAUGCAUCAAACAAGAUAAAUAAAUAUUUUUGUUAAAUUUGAAGGACAAUUUGAUUUUCGGGGUUUUCAGCAGUAAGUGAAAUAAACAUUUCUGCUCCAAAAAAUUUGAGUUUUCUGGCCAUAAUUUGUGGUUUCAGGCAUCAAAGGGCUUAUGUACACUGGACAAAAAACUGAUCUUUGUUAUCUGAUAGCUAAAGUGCUGUUUACAUAUUGGAUGAACAUUAAAUUGGAUGGAUUUAAGUUGAAGUUUGGCACAAAUGUGGCAUAUGGCAAUGUUGUGGGAGCAAAAUGUGUCUAGACCUUAAACCAACAAAACGCUGGUCUAAAGUCUGAAGUGAGGGGUGCAUAACUUUAGUGAGAUAGUGAGGGGGCAUAGGGUAGAGGGCUUGGAGACGUCAGUAUUUUUACUUCCUCAUACAUCAUGAUACUGCUUUCAGUUUGGUGAAAAUCAGGGGAUGCCAGAAGAUGAGAACACCCUCACUGCUGCCUCCUCACAUACCUAUACCUAUAACAUUACUUAGUCAUGUCAAACAUAACUCUUGGCACCACAGUUUGAAUAGAAACUGAUCUAUCAAUGAUAUAUGCAGCAACAAAAUAUUACCAUGUGAUCGGACAGUAAAAAUAACAAAAUAAUGAUUUACAGCUCCCUGUCUUUGAAGUGAAGUGCACAGAUUGUUAGUUGACUUUAGUUCUGUUCACAUGUCCUGAGUUUUGAAAAAUUAAAAACAGCCAAGCUGCUAUGCCCUGUGUGUAAAUCUACAAGUAUGUAGAUUUGACAAGUUCCUGAUCAUUUCUGCUGUAAAGAGGAACUUUUUUAGUGGAUAUAACACAUCGAUCCAUGCAUUGAUUUAACUUUCACAGUGACAGGUGUGUGUUUUCUGUGUUUUGGGGGGCGCAAUGGGAAAAAAGUCAAGUAUAAGUCAAAGUCUGUAUGGAAAGGCUGAUAUAUAUAAAAUAUUAGGGGGUUCAUGUUUUCUGUGUUUGACACCUGAUACAGCCUAAAGGCGUAUGAAUAUUGCGUAGCUCACACGGGGGAUACGCUGUUUGAGCCAAGCGUCAUCACAGCGACUCUUGGCGACUCUCCCGCCAAAUGCGUACAACGCUACUUCGCAAGUGGUGGAGUGCGCACAACGCUACUGUGCAAUGUUGGUAUCAGGAAAUGGAGAAAAAUCGCGGAAAUACCAAGAGCUUUCUGGCUUUAAAUCUGUAUACUGGCAGAAGGCAGAACCAAGUUAUCUAUAGUAUAUACAGUCUAUGGUCUCAGGCCAUUGAAGGGGCUUUUCCCCCUCUUAUUUAAGUCUUUAACUUGAAGUAAACAGAGUGGAGGAGUCCUCCCCAUGUGUGUCCUGAUCCUGACCCUCUGCCUCUCCAUCCUUUUGUGUCCCGCUGUCUUGUCUUUGUCUCUGCUGGUGUCUCUGAGUCAGUUAUAGUCAGCAUUGUGGCCUGAAAGCCUUUUUGCAAAUCCUGUUCCUAACUCAUAAAACAAUUAAAUGAUGUGACAGCAGAUGCAAGCAGCAGGGCGCUUCAGAGGUUUAAAUAGAGCUGAAAGGAGGAUGAAAUCACUGGAGGAGAAAUGAUGAAAGGCUGUAGUGAUUCAACGCAAUAUUUCAGCACUAACAGAUAGGAGGGCAGUGUUACUCACAGUCACUGUUUGGUGAAUGACCUCAGGGUCAAAGAAGAAGAAAAUAAAAGUCAGAUCUGGAGAAAAAACAGCUGGUGGCAGUAUAUUGUGGGUACAGAUACAUGUUGAGUUUUUGUGGUCGUCUGGAACAGCCAGUUAUAAAUUUCUAAUAUUGGAUGAUGUUAUGGUUGUGUUUGCUGCUUGUUUUGAGGCAAUGUGUGCAGUCGAUAGCACUGUGCCCCCACACUGAAAACAGUCUUUUGAUGUUGUUUAUUAGUCCAUGAGUCCAACGCAUCAGUGAAUGCAACAUCUCAAGAGGACCAGGAAUGACAUUUCAUGAAGAUUGGACAGACGAUGGCAUUGACCAAAUGAUGUUUUGAUUGGGUUUCAGGUGUUUCAGGUGAAGAAACAGCUAUUUCUUCAAGCAUUGAUGACAUUUCUUCCUUACUGUUGAUUUUUGUGAAAUAAAUACACUGUUCAAUCAACAUUAUCACAUGUGGUUAUAUCCAGAAGUUUCAUGUUUCCCCUAUUCCCCUAUUCUUGCAUUUUUUGUUGUUGUUCUCUUUUAAGGAUAUUUUCUUCUUUUUUGAAAAAACUACAAACCUAACUCUCACAUCCAAGCCGCAGUCACUGUGACUCUGUGAGAUUCUCUGAUGGAUGUAAACUGACAGAGCAAUGGCUGGCUCAUGACCACUAGGCAUUAAUUUUAGUUUGUUUUGUCACACUUCUAAGUUUCCCUGAGUAACCUAGUGAUAAUCGCCAUAAUGCAACCAUCUCUGGUUGAUUCCCCCAGGAGAAAAGGGUAGAGACACAGAAUUACAAAAAGUGAGCAUCAAGAGCUUAUAAAACCUCAGUUAAGGCAAUGAGGAGAGAUUGUUCAUUUACUGUUGGUGGUCCAAUUAGAAUUAAAUAGAAGUGGUUUUUAAUAAUACUGGAGCUGCUGGCCUUGUUGGAUACUAUCUCAAUUCUUUAUUAUAAUAAUAUUUAUUGAUUUCUAAAAAAUGAAAUUAAACAUCAACGUGUGACUCACAAAUACAUUCAAAUCCAAGUUACAGGUAAUAACAUACAUGACAAACAUAGACACAAGACAGACUGCUUGACUCAGAAUGAUUCAGAUAUUGACUUUGAGUGGAAACCCUUUUAAAAGUGUUGUCUAGAUGCCCAUAUUGGAAAAGAAAGUCACUAAAUUUGUGCAGCGCAGUCGCAUGCCCAGACAAUUUGGUACAUUGGUAGAUCGAGGCACACUGAGAUGUGCCAAGAUGGGCAUUAACGCACAGUAGGGGCAGGUGUCAACAGAAAUAGCUUGGCAUUUUGGCAGGCACGUCUUUGUCAAUUUUACUGAUUUUUUUAUUCCAGAACUUUGUUGACACAGAUGGAGAUAAAUGACAUGAUGUGAUGAUUUGCUUAAUGACGCAGCUCGCCUGGGAAUUAAGUACAACUUCUGUGGAGAGCAAAAUUCUCAUUGAGGUUUAAUCCUGAGAGAUUUAUAAUGUUGUUAGGAAAUGAGCUGAAAAAAAAAUCACUUGCCCAAUAAGUUUCACAAAACCUUCAAAAACAGGGUCUUCCUACCGAAGCCCACUGGAGAAUUCUGUACUGUAGCAGCAGCAGGUGGUUUACCAGCCCCCGGUGUCAUGGGUUGUCAAGGGUUAGGCCUCAUGCAAGGCAGUGACAUUUAGCUUGUGUUGCUAAUGCACCAAAAUAUCAAAAAUGGAGUUGUGUAUGAGUCAUAUUUUUUGAUUCCAAAAUAAAUCCCAAGAUUUUGAGGGCAAUGUCCAAGUUAAGUCAUGUUGCAUUUUAUCUAUGACUUCAAUGCAACUGGGGCCCAAGCCUCAAACUCUAGUCCCCAUCUUUGCUGCACAAUCACCUCUAAGUUUUAGUAUUGACUAGAAGACCCCGUCCAAGCUUCUGAGUUGGCCCAGACUAGGUCUAGACUUUCCUUCUUUAAGUUAAUUUUUGGGCUUUGAGCCAUACAUUGAUAGGAUGGUGAACAGUGUGGGAAAUUGUGCUCUGGUGUUGGCAUUUCUACAAUAUAGUAUGAGGCAAGACCCUAACAAGGUUUGAAAGAGAUCUGUUAAAUCUUAAAACAAGUCUAAAAUGGUCAGAGAGCCACUGGGUAAAAGCAAGGAGUGAUAUGAUAUGGGUAAUUUAACCAGUAAGACGCUGGAUUGCUGUUUUCUGGACUGAUCAGAGGUGAAAGUGACUUUCAGGUGAUACCAGACAAAAGGUGGUACAGUUGUUCAGUCAAGAAACAAUCAAUGCAUGAAUCAUUUUGAAUCAGGGCCAGCUUUGGGAGUGAUUGUUCAGUUUUGGGAAGGAUCUGAAUUGAAUAAAACAAGACUGGGUCUUGCAGUGCGUAUGAUAUCUAAAGAUAGUGUAUAGAGGGAAAAAUUUGCUCAAAAUACGCAACAAAGUCUAGAGUUGUUACCAGAGCGCAGUGACGACAAUAUUUUCCUAAUUCAUGCUGCCACAAACACUGUCCCAAAAAUAAACCACAAUUUAAAUAAAUUUUUAAACACAGACUUUCUUGUUGGAUUUCCUUGAUGCCUUCUGAAGAACACUAAUCUGUUUGACAUACUGGCAUAGACGCUUUUUGAUGUUGAACCAAAAAGCCUUUCAAUGUUGUGCCCCUCAUUUCUGUGAUUAAGAAUGGAUCUCUCUGUGUGUUUUGAAUUAUUUGAAUUGCUUUUAUGCCAGUUAUUGUUCACUAGGUCACUGUUGAUCUUUAUUGUAAAAAACACAAAACAACAUAUUUCCCACAUGAAAUAUUCUAGAGAAUUCAAAUGGCAUACACUUGUGAUGCUUUGGUUGAAAUGCCAACAUACAAGAUACACACAGAGAUCCACUCUGAACUGCAGAAGGCCGGGUUAUAAGUCAACUCCAGGUAACUGGUGCCAGAGGGUAUAUAUAUAUAAGCUCCGCACACCUGUUCCCAAUCUAGAGCAAUCGCUCACACACACACACACACACACACACACACACACACACACACACACACACACACACACACACACACACACACACACACACACACACACACCUGAGCCUGCUCUGUGAUUCCCUCACCAAAUAAGUGAGUGUCCCAAAAUGAGUAUUCAUCACACCUUUCCUUUAAGCAUUAACCAGCCCAAACUGUGUUGGGUGCUUACAAAACCAAUUACAAUAGAAUAAAAAAGUAGUGUUUUCUUUGUCAAUCUCAUGCUCAUGCAUAUGACAAGCUUAAAAAUGCAAAAACUCAUUCUAAAACUUAAAACAACUGAGAUUUAACUAAGGGUUUUCAAAAAUUACAUGUAACUAAACUAACAAACCAGGAUUAAAUAGUUACUACAACUAAACCCGUGUAAAAAAUAAUAAAAUGACCCAAAAACGGACAUAGUAGGAUCGAGGGUUAGUUGUUAAUAAAAACUUUCUGGUGUGGGAUCAAGACUUCUGUAGCACCUUCAUCAUCUCCUGUUCCUCUCCUGCUGCAGGUGCUGAAGGGAUGCAAGAAGCUGGCCAUGUCUGUGUGUUCAAUGGGUCGGAUCCCUGGAGGCUACAUCACCAAUCAUGUCUACAGCUGGGUGGACCCUCAGGGCCACAGUGUCUCACCACCGCCAGACAAUCAUGAGGUCAACCAGAGGCAGGGACUGGGCAUGGAGGAGAGGACGGUAAGACCAACGCGACUGCAUGUUAUUGAGUAUUUGUGUUAAGGGUACAAUUAAUUAUGAAUGAUAUUUUGUCAGACAAGACAGUCUCAGACAUCGGCAGACCUAAGAUGUGAGCACUUUCCCCUUCGGAAACCAUCAUUUUUUUAUUUUAUUUAUUUUUUUGUUGAUUUUCCUUCACUCUCUUUUUUUUUUCUUCUUGUUUAUUAACCAGGCAUCCGUGAGGUUUGUUGCUCAUGUCAGAUGUAAGGUCAGGAUUGAAAAAACGGCCAUCUGAGGACAGUCAUCAUGACCUUUUGUGUUCUGACAUUUCAACAGGCAGACUCAUCCUAUAACAAAGCCCCCUCACCCCUCAGGCCAGUGACAAUCUGCACCCCAAGAGAAGGUUUACUCAAACUGAGUCAACCAUGGUGGAAAAUAAACACAUUUGAUGGGGAGUUUGGUAAUAUAAACUUCUAAAAUACAACAAUAUAAAAAAAACAGACUGCAGCUCUGUCCAUGGGGGAGAUGUGUUUAUUUGUCAGUGGAAAUUUGAAGAAGAUCAUCCAUACCAGUUUUGGUGGAUUCAGUUUGAGAUAUAUUCAUGAAUAUUAAACCCCCAGAAAACCAAUGAGUUGUAUAGUAUUCUUUAAGUUAAUCUUUAUACAACAUCCCUAUUUCACACCAAAAAUUUAAGUUUAAAUGUGCAUAUGUAAUGAUGUUUGGAGGAAAGUUUACAGAUCCAAUGGAAGCCUGUAGGCCUAGCUAACAUUUCGUAAAAACAAAUGAAAAAACAAAUAAACACCUCAGACAAUACAUUUUGGCUUUGUAUAAUUAUUAAGUAAUAAUAAGUCUUGAUAUGAUACAAUAGAUUACGAUAAGAUAGAGUGAAACAUGAGAAGACUCAAUACAGUACUGAAGGAUGAGAUACUUUGCAACAAAAAAGUUUACAAUACAAUACAGUACAAAACGAAAACAGGGAAUGAUAGAUACUAUACAAUGAGAUACAAUAUGAUUUGAUAUGAUAUGAUACAAUACCAUACGCUAUAAUACAAAAAGAUACCUAAUGACACAAUACAAUAAGAUAGGUUGCAAUUCAAUACAAUAUGGAAUGUUGUGGUACAACAGUGUUCAUGCAGAACAAUAUGAUACAAUACAAUAUAAAACAAUGCAUUAAAUGACAAUACAAUACAACACAAUACCAUAUGAUAUAAGUCAGUACAACACAUAAAGAUUCCACUUUGUUUGGCACAUUUCAGUUUAAUAAAUAAUCAACCACUAUUCAGUGGAUCUAUAUAUAUUUCGAUCUGUAUCUUAUCUGAUGAUAAAGCACGCGUCUUUGGCAUGCAUAAUGAACUCAACCUGAUGGAAUUAACACCUGAAACUGCAUAAAAUUUUCAUGCUCCAUCGAUGCGGCAGACCUAACUUGCACCGUGCCUGUCCACACCGCCGGUGGGGCACAAAUUAAGAGCAAAAAGUGUUCAAUCUGCAAAUACGAUCUAAGUCUAUACAAAUAAUAUUCAAUUUCUUUUUUCAGACCUUCAAAGAUUAAUUUAAUCUAGUUGACCUGAUCAUCCCAACAAAGAUUAAUUUCACAGGUCCACUUGGCAGACCAGUUGCGCUCCAAGGAGCUGAAAAAAGAGAUAACCCCUUAUUCCAAGAUUGUCUUCUAGAGAAAGAUAUCUCCUCUGCUGCUUCAGGAUACGUUCAAAUCCUCCACAGCAGUUGACCGACUAAAACUGCUGAAUGAGCAGCUCUCUGCAGUUACAUUAAGGCCCCAGCUCUGCAUAGCUCUGCAGAUUUGAACGUGUACAAAUUAGGGGUAAUCACAUGAGGCUGCUGGAUGACCUGGAGGUAAGUUUACGGUGAAGAUGAGAGUUUGUGGAAAGAGUCCUAAGAAGCUGUUAAAAGCACAGAGGUAAAAUGACUCUACAGUUCACCUGCACAUAAAUGUGAAGUGAACAAAGUAAAACACAAUCAUAACAUUCUGAAUAUCCUAUCUCAUCUGCAGGUGAACCUGAAUAUGGAUGACGGUCGUUCUCUCGGCCUGAUGAUCAGGGGAGGUGCUGAGUAUGGACUGGGGAUCUACAUCACGGGAGUGGACCCUGGAUCUGCUGCAGACGCUGGAGCACUGAAGGUAAAGGCUGGAAUGAUGACAGAGUUACAUAAUGGCUCAGUUUAAUACAAACUGAUUUUCAGGUCCACUUGAGUUAUUACUGGUUUUGUCCGUGUAUGUUGACAGAACAUAUUUGGUAAGGAAUUAUGUCUUGUGAACAGUUAGUUGUGCAAAUUUAGAAGAAUAAGCAAGACCCUGAAAUAAAAGGGACGUCUCACUGUGGCAGGACGCUUUUUGCUGUAAACUGCAGGUGACGUAAUUUGUCGCAAACCCAAUGCAGGCAAUUUUCAUAAACCAUAUAUCGACUUUCUUUCUGUUGCGUUUAAAUGUGGCACAUUCCAUUGUAAUUUCUUCUGUAUUAUUACUGUAGAUGAUGGAUGUAUUACAAUGACGACCACCAUGAAUCAGCAGUUAUCUGUAAAUAAUACAGAUUUACUUUAUCUGCAGGAUGCAUGCGUAGAAAAAUAUAUUGAACUACACUGAAGGAGAUCAGUAGAUGGGCAGUUUUGCUCACAGCCUGCUUGCUUUUUGAGCUUUUAAAUAAUCUAUGUGUGUGUCAAACAUAGAAACAGACAGCAGAGUACAGAAGACACGCACUCUAAAACGAGAGCAGCAUUAGAGGAUCUCAGAAUAGUUGUUUUUUAGUAGACUAUAUCAGUACAUUUAUUCCAGUAUGGUGGAUUCUCUCUACUUUCCCAAUCCAAUGAAAAUCGUGUUUUUCUUGUUGUCCAUAUGUUCAUAUGGCAUUUUUCUGAUGCUAGAGGACAUAUCAUGAGAAAACUAAGUGUAAAAUUGCAUUUCUGAGUAUUUCUGCAUCCAAAACACUGUGAAUGUCUGGCAGAGCCAGUCAGCAGAUUCAGACACAGCAGAAUUUUCUACGUCACAUGUCCAUGCUCUGACCCUGGAGCCAUAUUCUGUAGUCCAGACCCCGAGAAGUAGAGAGGAUGAUCGAGGAACAAGUGUGUGUGGUAGCAGAUUGCAAUGCAUGCAGGAAAGCUUAUUAUGAUAUUAGCUUUCAUCUUGCCAACAGAGACAUUAGUUUCUGAGAGCUUAAUAGCUCUUACAUUAUCUGCCACUUCUACAACACUGGCAACGUUAGGCUGCAAGCUAGCGUGAAGAGAAGUUUGUAGAGCAGCGCUGUCUCCGCCCUCGACUCAGAGGCGAAUUGCUCUGCAGAAGAAUAGCACUUGAAAAUGGCACAAGUUAAGUGAUUUUGGCUAAAAAAUUUUGCCGACACAAUUUAAAGACCACUGAAAACAAUUAUAGAAAAAAAAAAACAAUCUGAGUGGGACUUUAAGACUCUUAUAGUGUGGUUUGUACUCAUGGGCAAAAAUUAACAUCAUGUCCAUCACAUUAAAUCAGUCCGCUGUGUUAUCAAGCUGUGCAUGCUGAGUGUAGACUUUUUUUAACUUUUAAGGUUUUUUUGGGAAAUGAUCUGUGUUUAGGUGUCGUGUGGUUCAUGGCAAGCCAACCUAUGUCAUGUCACAAACACAAUGUCGAAGCAAUUUCAGUAUCUUUUUCAGAGUAUAGAUUCUGUUAUAUUCAAAUUUCAGGAUGAGAAAUACAGAAGAAAAAAUGAUCAGGAGGCAAAUGUUACAUUUUCCACCCCUCAGAGGAGGGUGAUCCACCAAUUUGGAAACCAAUGCAGGCAUGGGGACUAUCAAAACUAAAUCCAACAUGCUUUCUAAAGAGUAAGCAGUAAAGAGUAAGAGUAAGUGCCACAAAUCAAAGUUUAUUUGAUUUGUGGCGGUACACCCUGAAACACUGAACUCUGGUGUGGUCCUCAAAGUCCUGUCCAUGUAUUAAAGUAGCUGUUGAUGCAGAGCUCUCUUGGCUCUGUACCCACCGUCAUCGUCAACAUCUGCUGCCUGAUUCUGAUGGACCUGUUAGCAUUCCUGCCACCUGCUCCCUAUUAGACUCUUAAACCUAUUAGCAUCGCUAACAUCUGCUACCUGCCUAACUGCCUCAGUCAGUCAGCUGACUUCACUGCAGUGACAAGCCUGCAAAGAGGCUUUAUUAGCCAUCUAAAUCUGUGCUGUGUGCUUUCAGGUCAGCUUUCUGCCUCAACAAGCAGACCACUCUCACUGCGCUAUUUUUCAUUCUGCCUGAGGCAGGAUGAACAGAAGCCAGUGUUUCCUACCUGUAAACAAUGUGGCUGAAUCCUCAAUCUGGUUUUUAUGAUAAUAUCACACUUUGUCCUACUUGUGGAUAAAAAUAAAACAGCCAUUUUUAUUUAUUUAUUUUGGUAUCAUUUCUAAGUAGUCCAGACCAAUUGGGACUCUUUAGAAAAAUCAAUGUACACCAGGGGGGAGAGAGAUAAAAAAGCAGGAGCUUGAAAGACAUCCUCGAAAUUCAAAUGUUCUCCUUUUAAAGAAAUAGCAAGACACAUUUUGGUUUCUUUGACAGGGAGCUUUAGAGCUUCCUUUUUUAACACAGAGAAUUGGUCAGUCAUGCUGCAGAACCGGAGGGUUUGACACACACUGACAGAAGAUGUUAAAGCAGGGACAGGUAAGAGAGCAGAGUAUGACAAAGAAAGGGAAACGACAAAGAAAGGGAGACGUUGUGGAUGUUUUUCUCUUUGCCUCGCCAAGUCUCACAGAUGUGCUUCCUUUCCUUGCUUGUGGAGAAAAGCUGCAGUCCAUCUUCACAGUGUGUGUGUGAGUAUGUGUGCAUGCGUGUACGUGCUUGAUGUGUGUGUGUGUGUGUGUGUGUGAGAGAGAGCAGCAAGUGGAGCUCUCUCUCUCUCUCUCUCUCUCUCUCUCUCUCUCUCUCUCUCUCUCUCUCUCUCUCUCUCUCUCUCUCUCUCUCUCUCUUUCUCUUUCGCCCUGGAUAACAUGGAGGGCUGGCUACACACUCCAGCACAUAAUCGUUACAAUAUGAAGCCAUUGUCCAGUUUAGUAUCAUUUUUCCCCCCUAAUAGUUUAUUCAUAGCCCAAAACUACUUUAACAUCUUUGUCUUAUGAGCUUAUACUACAAAUGUAAAACUAUACACUUCGUCUUAUCAGUUGUGUCUCUUUUGCCUUCAGUCAAGACUCAAGUAAAACCAUCUGCUGCCAUCUUUAUUUAUUUUGAUGAUAAGAGAGCUUAUUUGGUCUCAUGCAACCAUUUUCGUAUAAAUUCUCCCUCUAAAUACGAAAACACAGAAAGUCUCCCAUUGGAUUGGUUUGUAAUACCCCUAAUGUGGAAUGAAAUCAGGUCUUGCUGGUAUUUGUAAAGAGGUGAAAUACACAAAGCCAAGGUGGCAGUGAGUGGUUGUGUAAUUUUGUCCAUCCACAUCUGAUAAACCAUCUCCUGUUUAUGUCCAGUUUACCACACAGCAGUACUCUAAAACUUUGACAAUCACACACACUUUAUUACAAAUACAUGGACAUGCUUUAAUAUUUGAUCCAACAGUGGUAAUAUUGGGUAACUGAUUCGACUUAAUCUGUAUUAGAGGUCUGCUGACGUCCUUUUUUAUAAGAAUUGAUCCACAUUUGGAGCUUUUCAGUUGAGUGGAAAGCAGCUGGAGUGGGAGUUAGCACCCCUUACUCCAAGGUCAUGGUUUUCUGCCGGAAACUGGUGGAUCACCCACCUCUGAGGGGGCAGUGAGUCUUUGAAUGAAGGACUCUUAGUAUCUUUUACUACUGGAGUGCACAGUCUUCAACCAGCUCUCAGAAUACUCACUGAACAAUAAUCUACUUGAUCUGGAUCAGUCUGGCUUUAGAUGAGGACAUUCUACUGAAACCGCACUUUUUCCUGUAAUAGAAUUGUUGGUAUUGGUAUAAAGUAAUAAUCUAAUUUUCUGAGGUACUAAAUCUUGGGUUUUCAUUUGCUUUAAGUUCAAAUCAUCAUGAAUCUUUGCAUACCUUUAGUAUGAACACCAAACACCUACGAGGACUUUCUUUCAGAGGAGGUCUUUCAACUCAUGAAUUUUUAUGAAAGGUACAAUAUAGGUUUUUUGGGUGUAAAGUUUUUCACUUCGUUCCACAAGGUGCUUGGUAAAGAUUGCUUGUUAGAUUUAUGGUUUAGGUCUUUCUAGCUGAGAGCAACAGAGAAGACUCUUACAUGGUUUGAAACUGUAAUUCUUAAUAUCCCUGAACUCAGCAUUUCUGAGGAAGUAGUAGAUCCAUCAUCUUCUCUAUAUGAAAAAGGCCAGCUGAAAGUCAUAUUACUCAUUUAUAUUUGUUCAACGCAGUGACACUCGCCGCUGCCCAUUCAUUACUUAAAGAGAGAAUGAAAACACUUCGCUAUAUCCAUUAGAAAGUUAUAUAAAUCUGCUCCAAAUCCAUUUAAUUAGGGGCUGCAGUACCGUGGAUACAGGCUCUGGAUUAGAUAUUUCAGUCCAUGCAUCUUUAUCUUUUAAAUGAGAUUUUUCUAUUUGCUAGUUUGCUUUCAAUUAUUUAGCAAUAUGCUGUAAUAUUGUAUUUGGUAACACUUCAUUUGACGCCUAUCUCUAUAACCCAUUGUAAAUAUAUUUAUAAUGCAUUAUUAUCACGUUAUAGCACUGAAUAACUACAGUUAUAAACACUCAUAAAUGAUCAUAAUGCUUUAUAGCAAUAAUUAUAACACAUUAUAAAGCAUUUUAUUACUCACAAGGUCAGGUAUUUUAAUGUGUUAUAACUGUUAACAACAGUUGCAUUGCAUUAUCUAUGUGGGCAUUGUCAGUGAGUUGUUAACGGCUAUAACACAUUAUAAUACAUGACCUUGUUAGUCAUGAUAAAAUGAUUUAUAAUGUGUUAUGAUUAUUGCUAUAAAGCAUUAUGAUCAUUCAUCAGUGAUUAUAACAAUAGUUAUACAGUGCUAUAACGUGAUUAUAAAGCAUUAUACAUAUAUUUAUAAUGCGUUAUAGAGAUAGGCGUCAUAUAAAGUGUUACCUUAUAUUUUUAUAUUGUCUGAAAUCUGCCUCUGAAGAAAGACUUCCAUUUGUCAUUACUUACCUUUAUCUAAUCAGGAUUCGCCCCCUUUUUUCCUGCAGGUGAAAAGACAGUCAUGUCUGUUGUGUCUGAUGGCCUGAGUCUUUCUCAGGCAGCAGGGCAGAGCGUCUCACUCCAAAACCAUCUGAGGAGGAAGAUUGAAAGAAUUUGGAGUGAGAUCAGACAGAAAAGAGUCAAUAUUGAGCCUGUCUGCAGCAGCAGUUAACAGCCUGUCAGUGUGUCUGAAUUUGACUGAGGCUCAUUUAUGAUGAUAGCUGGUGUUUACUUGUCAAUUUUGACCGAGAUCCAAAAUUACAGGCAGCUUACAAUCAGAAGAAUCAUGGAUUGUGAAUCCUUAUGAAUGUACUGCAAGUGCUGAAUACUGAGACUCUUGAACAGGCUCUUGCACUUUGAUAUGAUGUGUGUCUAUAUGUGGGUUUUAGAGAUAAACAGUUCAAAGAAGCUACCUGCUCUUAGAUUGACAGCCAUAUUGGCCGUCUCACUACAUCCAUGUGGCUCUGAGGUUUCUCUGUUGCUCACAGACAUCACACUCACUUAAUCCUCUUAGCUUCAUUGAUGUUCUGUCACCUUUCUGUUUGGGCCUGAUCUGUCUUGUAAUGCUAUUUUUUAUCAAGAUAUGUCAGUCUAGUAUGAUAGUGUAAAUGUUGAGUUAAAAUGACAUUCUAUUAAAGGUGGGGUAGGCAGGAUCUGAGGAAGUGCUAGUUUUUGGGAGAAAUCUUGAAUGUAAACACUACCCCUCUGAACCAGUUUUCUCCUCAGCUCCUCUUCUCUCCUCCCUCUCUGCUCCAGCAAGCCCCGCCCACAAACAGAUGCUCCUGUUCGCUCGAAUUGCUCCAAUUAAAUUCAGAUACAAUGCAGAUAAAUACUUCAGAUGAUUACAAAUGUGGCCUAGUCAAUGUGAAAGUAAACAGCAUUGGUGCUACUGUAGAUGCCAACAGACUACCAGCAAACACAAUGUUUGCAGGACUUCUACAACCAGGAUAAACUGACAUAGUCCAGGACCCGAGGGAAACAGUUUAGAGGCGCUACAACAUGCAGCAGGUCCCGUUUGACAAGAAGCACUUUUGUUACAGACACUUGGCUUACUUUGUUAAGGCGGUUUACCUGUCCAGCCGAAAGGUUACAGGGUCCGUAAGAUCCCGAAGCCUCCCCUGUCAGUUAUGCUUCAUUGAUGUUGACCCGGCUUUUUAGCGCUUGUCUAGUCUACCUCCAUUUUAAGCGCCCAUUGUUCCGCCAGGGUCUCCAGUAUUUACAUUGUUGUCUUGCUUGUGUUGGCAGUCGUGGCCAAAGGAGGAUUCAGACAAUUCUCUGUACUUUCUGGUUGGUUUCUACUGUCCGAUAUUUUAGCACGCUAACUUUGUUUGGGCUCGUGCACGUGAUUUGAGAUCGUAGAGUGUGUCACACAACAUGAGGGAGCAGCGUCUGCCCGAAAACCAAUCAAGUUGGGGAGGAGAAGAACGGCUUUGAUUAUAGUCAGAAAGAGCGGGCUGCUCAAAAAAAUUUAAUAUGUUGACUACACAGACAAAAACAAAACACAGCAAUAUCGUUAUAGUCCCAAAUGUCAUCAAUAACUAAUAGCUAUUGACUGAUAUUAAAAGCUUUUUUUGUAUAUACACCACAAAAAAAGAUGCUUCUUUAACAGAAUCCUUCCUACCCCGCCUUAUAGUAAUGAUUUGCAGUGGCACCAUAAAUGUAGGGUGUCUGAUCAGGGCCCUAUAACAUUUUAUUCUCCAUCUAUUUAACUAAGGAGAUGUAAGUAUAAACCUGUUAAUGCUUUAUGUCAGCAAAAGUAUCUGUAAUUUAGCUUGAUGUUUUUGUUUUAGCCCAUCCUGAGCUUGUGGCUCUAAAAUGCUGCUCACGAUACACCUCCUGUGUAGGUGAUGGAGAGGACAGUCAUGUUUGCACAAUCAGAAGAGGUCUCUUGUCUAAAGUGUUUAAACAAAAACAAAAGCUGAGGUUUUUCCUGCAUCAUAUUCGGAGAUGCUCUAAAGUGCUACCAAAAAAAAUACCUGCUUAAAAUUAGACAAAGCAGGUGAGUUUUGUUCCAUUUGGGGGAUAUUUGAGAUCAGAGCAUGUAAUAUUCCUUUAAUAUCUCAUGUUGGAUGGUCCCUGUAUUAUUAACAACCACUCUCUUCUUUCUGUAACAACCUGCAGGCUGAAAAAAAACAGCUCCUGCUGCUGGAAAUAGCAGUUUUGCCCUCUGUUUGUGAAGAGGAUGGAAGCAGUGCACCUCCAGCUCUCUGCUCACACACACUUUUACCUGACACUUUAUCAUGACUGAUCGAUGAAACUCAAAUUGUAAAUCAUUACAAUCGCGGACAUAAAGAGAGUGGAAGAGCUGCAGAUCUUGGAAGAGAUAUUGACAUGAUCAUGGCUGUCAAAUGUGAGCAGUCAAGAGUGAAACUUCAUGUAUCUUUUUAAAUGGUUCCAGUUAUUAUAGUUGACUUUAGUUGUGUUUUUUCCAGAAGGUUAUCUUGUCCCCAGUGGCUAAAGGGACAACAUGUUAGGCCCUUUUAUGCUGCAUUUUUUUUGCAGAAUAUUUAAAUGAGGUUCCUCUUAUCCUCAGUGGGCUCAUACUGCUGCUGCUUUACAUAAUCAUGGGAGUGUAGGGAUGUGAGGAGAAGAGAAGUCAAUAACUAAUUUCUGCCUUCACUCUGCCUGCUGAGAUAUAGUGGAAGCCAUUUUUUCUGCUGCUCUCAGCACUCCAUUGUGUUUUCCUGCAACCACCUGCAACCUUCUUCAUGUCAGUCUUAACAAACAGGCCCAAUUAGACGUGUAAUAGUAGCAUAAAUUCUGUUGACCACCAGCUGUCUUUUAUUAAAACAGUGGUUCCCAAAGUGUGACAGCACGUGCAUAUAGGGGGGUAGGGGUCUUGUAGAUAUUUAAUCAAAAUCAAUCAUACCAAAGCCAUAAUGUUUACUGAUUCUAGUCUUCAUAAAUUCUCUUCUCAGCUCUUAUAGAUUUUCUGGGUGAAAUAUUGUCAUGUUUGUUACAUUAACUCAUCUAGAGACAGGGACCUUCACAUUUGAACCGCCACAGGUCAGCCGAUGGCACCCACAGCCUCUGAUUGCUUAACAGACCUUAACAAAGAUGGCAGCGUCUCUCCAGCAGUACCGUAGACUUUAUAUAGAAUGGAAAGCGUCUGCCUCCUCGAUGGUUGAAGCCACUCCAAGAUCAGCACCCUCUGGCGACGGGCUGCAGUAUCGGUCAUAAAUCCCGCCUUCGCCAGCCAUCCCUAUGGAUCUGUGUAGAAUAUAAAUUUUUCUCCCCCCUGGUUGCGAUGUUGACAUGUAGUUACUGUAAGACUGGUUUGUGCUCAAGUCCUCUUUUUUUCUGUGCAGCUCCAUAUUUAAAAGUUAGUAGGGGGUUCAUGUUUUCUAUGAUUGACACUUGAUACAGCCUAUGGGCGUAUGAAGAUUGCGUAGCUCACCAGGGGGAAAUGCUGUUGACAAUGGUGGCUGCGGUGUUUAAGAAAUAUCCCAAUCUGGAGGGCAUUUUUUUAAGUUUCCAUUUUAGAGCGGCUAAAACACCAUCUGCGUUAUCACAAGAAAACAAUCUUUGUUAUGUCAAGAUAUCAAAAAAUAAUAAUUAAUUAUCACAAGAUAACAGUGCAUUAAAAAAAAGAAAUCCAUGGCUGUUCUUGUCUUCCGUAGUAUGCACCUUACUUUGUGGUAGUCAAGUCAAGUCAAAGUUUAUCUCUAAAGCAUUUAAAAACAACCUCAGUUGACCAAAGUGUAGUACAGGAGUGCAAUAUAAUCAUGCAUACACUUACUAAAAAAAAAAUUUUUGGAAUAAAAACAAACACAAUUUUAAGAAAUAAAAAAUAUAAUACAAUUAAAUAAAAAAAAAAGAAAAGAAAAGAAAGUCCAGAAAAGGUAGGGAUUGAAAGAUAAAAUGAUAAAAUGAAUUGUGCUUUUAUUUCACAUUAAUUAAAAUGUAUAAAUGUUUAUAAGUUCCUUAUAAGGUCUUAUUGACUAUAAUUAAUGCUUAUUAGAGGACCUUAAUAUAUGGUGUUACCAUGGUAGCUUAACUAGUUGUCUUUUUUUAGUCAGUAAUUCAGAAGCAAAUGAUCUUAAGAUAAAUUAUGUCAUUUGUAGUGAACCAGUCUGGUUACCAAGAGUCACAAUCCAGAGGGUUUAAUAACAUAUAUGGUGUGUUGCAGGUGGGUGACCAGAUCCUGGAGGUUAACGGUCAGAGCUUUGUCACCAUCUCCCAUGAUGAGGCGGUCCACAUCCUGAAAACGGGACACCACCUGCUGAUGAAGGUGAGGGAUGUGGGUCGUCUUCCUCAUGCACGCACCGUGGUGGAUGAGACAAAGUGGGUCUGUAGUCAGGCCAUCGCAGAGACCGGUGCCAUGGUGAACCAGGCUUCUGUCACUAGCCCAAGCAUCAACACUGGAGUCCAGACCAGUGUUAGUGCCUGCAGUUCAAGGUAAGAACACAACAGACCUAUUUGUAGCAGUGCACCAUCAAUAUAACUAUGUUUGAAAGCUGUGAUGUGGUUUUUAUUUUGCCUGUGUCGAAAAUGUUUUUUUUAAUUUUCAUGAACUUAAAUUAAACGAAGACUAUUUAGGAGAAGAGGAAAAAAAGGCAAAAAUGAGGCUAAAACCAAAAAGCAUUUUAAUCUUUAUAGGAAUCUUUCAAAACACCCAAAGACACCAUACAAGACAAUACAAGAUAAAAAAACAGUGAAAAAAAUAAGUUUAAAGUCUUCUAGUCCCAACCGAAAAUAGAUGCCAAAUUAACACAGUAUAGCACAAAUGUCAAAGAUAUAAUAAUAAGAAGAAAGAUACGCCAAAAGCCGCUCGACUAAAAAAAAACAACAACAACAAAAAAACACUCCUUUUUGCAUGAUGGCAGAGCUUGUAAGUGUGGUCAUCUACUAUCAUCACCAUUAGUGAAUUUGCUGUUCUUCUAUGCCUGUCAAUGAGAGGGAACUUUUCCUUUUUCACCACAGUUUCUCUUUUUGUGGUUCAGCCAUUCACCGCUCUUGAGGCUCUUGAAGAUGUUUCACCUCUCUUCCAAAAGGCUUCAAUUCUGAAGAAGCCUUGUGAAAGAGAGGCGAACGUCCUCAAGAACCUCAUACAAGUCUACAAGUCUCUACAUGUCCGAGUAGUUUCUUUUGACAAAAAAGUCUCAUCCUGCCAAUUUCUAACAGUCAAAUGUAUCAGUCAUUGUAAAUAUUUCUGAAGGAAAUAGUAAAAACAGAGCUGUUUCCUUCAGGCAUUGAAAACUACUAAAUAAAAAUCUCUGAUUUGCUGCUUAUGGACUUCUUUGCUUUCAAGUUUCAUCAAAAGGCAUCAAUAUCAUUUUCAGUCUACUUCAUAAACAUCAAUUAUGGAGGCCCUUGUGGCAAAGCAAUCUUGCUUACCUUCUCCGAAUAGUGUCUUCUGACAAAAUUUUCAUCAUUUGGACUUUGGCCAAUCAAACACAUCAUUUAUUGUGAUUAUUUGUAUGGAAUAUGUAAAAACUGGACCGUUUCCUAAACUGUUCUGCUGACACCUACCCUCUCAUUAUAGUUUCAGGUAUUUAGAGAUUUGCAUUUAUAUGCCAUAAAAGGCAACUAUGAAUUUCAGUUUGUUUCAUAAACCUCAAAAAACUCCUCUUUGGUGCUCUAAGAAAGAAGCUUGACAAAUGCAGGGAUUGCACCAAUAGCAUACUCGAAGCAUAGGUGUUUAGGUGUAAGAAGUGUUUAUUCAACAUGUUCUAUAAAAUAUACUGCAAUCAAAUUGACGAGAAGAAAAGCUUUCAACAGGAAUAAGGAACAAUUUAACAGGACUGGCAGCACCUGGCAGAAUUUAGCUGGACAACCAUCAUUUUGUGUUUGUUUACUCUAAAGUCACAUUUGACUGGUGGGAGAAUUUUGUGAGGUUUCCACUUUUGAGGACUCUGGUUGUUGUCGCUUGUUGAUCUCCACACACAAUGGGAUCAAAAGCUGUCAUUAUUUGUUGUCAUGUGUGAGUGCCUCAUGUUUUCAACAUGGCUGUAGCUUGUCAAAAUAUUCAUAGUGUGGGCUGUAGUGUGAGUUCAUGUGAAAGCUGGAUCAUAACGCUAGAAAAGCUGCCAUAUAGUUGUACUGGAAACAAACUCUCCUCUGGUGGACGCCCCAUUACUGAAGGUGGGUCUAUUAGGGGGUCUGUGGCAUGAAGGAUUGUGUCUUCCUCCAUCUGUCUCUUGCUUUGUUAGAACCAGUUUUGAUCCCAAAUUUGAGGAGGUAUGAAUUUUUCCACCUGCUGCUGCUGCUGUGAAAAUCAUAAACAGUAUUUCUCAGCCCCACUCUUCAUUAUAUUUCUGUUUCCUCUGUGCUGCCUCAGGGUGGAUCAGGCUUUAAUGUGGAGUGUUUUUUAUGAUUUAUACACAUCAGAGUUAAGGAUGUUUAAUUGCUUUGACUUUUGUUUGUUCACAUCUUCCUUUAAUAAGCCUUUCCCUUUUUUUUUUCUUUGUUUCAGACCGUCUUCAGCCAGAGCUACACCGGUCCUAGGAAAGGUAAGAAAGAAUGUCAUACAAACCUGCAAAAACAUUGAGAUUCAGUUUAACUUUCACAGCUAAAACUUCUGAUUUGGUUUAAAUGAUGGCUGACCCUCACAAAAUUAGCUACCUGAGCAUUUUUCAAACAGUUUAAAUGUCUGUGAGGACUUCCCAUUUGAAUUCAGUUGCAGAGGAACCUGUGGACAGAAUCUUUAGUUUUUUUUCUGGAAUAAAGACACAUUUCCCGUAAGCCUCAUCCCCCACUGUUGUAAAGACCUGACUCUCGCCAAAGCAUGCAUUUGUUUUGGAAGCAACUGAAUGAAGAACAGAUACUUAUUUAAACACUUCUGUCGCCGCUGAAAACAACUCUGCGGGAUGCAAAGUGACGAGGUAUCACAUUUCAUUUGUUGCUAAGUAGAGCUGCUGAAGGAAAAGUAACAACAACAAAACUUGGAUUUAUUCUGCACAGUAGUAAGGUUUUUAGUAACCAGGUUUGUGCCAACUAGGGGUGUCCAGAUACAACUUUUUAAAAUCCGAUACCGAUAUUGUAGUAGUAGGCAGGCCUGGCACACCCUAGCUUUCCUGUAAUCACUAAGACUGUCUUUCCAGAAUAAGUUAGCAGCAGUUGAUUCAAGUUUUACAGGUUUGUUUCAGCUCACAGGUUACAGUAUUAUACCACUGAGCUAAUAUCUGAUGUCUGAUAGCCAAGUGAGGUGCAUCAGGUGAAAUUAACUCAAGUUUUUGCGCUACACCGCUGACAAUAUUGCAGGCAGAAGUAACAUUUGCCUUUGGGUGGAUAAGCAACAGUGAUGAAAAGUUGAAGAAACUCACAAAGCAGAGAUAAGAGUUCAGCAUCUGGGACACAGAUGUGCUCUCUGACUGUCAAAGACUUACAGUACCGCUCUAUGUACAGAUACCUCCCUUUCCUACGGCCUCAUUUAUCAACCGUGCGUAGAAAAGGAUCUAAAUUCUCGUGUAGGAAUGAAAUUUAGAAUGUGUGUAAGUACAAAAAAAAAUCUGUAUUUAUCAAACAGGCAUACACCGCUCUUACACACACUAGUAAGUAAUCGUUGAUGAUAAAUCCCACCUGUUUUUUCCUACCGUGCUCAUGCAUGGUAAGGGUCAUUUGCAUUCAGAAAUGCCUCCAAUUGACCAUAUAUGGUAUCAACAAUCCCUUUAAAAUGCGUGAAUGAAUUUUUUCCCCCUCGCUGAAAUCAUGGAGGCGCACACUCACAGAGCUGUUCUGCAGAAUUAAUGAGUCGUGCAUUCCUCUAGGCCACCGGGCAACAACAUUUCACAGAUACAUAUGUGCAUCGCAGAUUAUUUGUGCAUUGAUUGAUUGAAAUCCUUUCUUGUUGACGCAACUGAAUUCAUUGUGUGAUGUUCCUUUUUUGCGAUGUGGUUGCAAUCUGUGGCUCCAAUUAUGUUUGGGAAUCCGGCGAUGGCGUGAAAUCCUCGUUUUGUUUCAGCUUGUUGGUGAUGUGUGUAUGAGAACUGAAUGUAAAUUGAGGCCAGAGAAAUUAUUGCAUCCAACUCUGCUGGCAUGAUUCUGCUUAGCGUUGGCUGCGAAAUGCCGCAUAUGUCUCCAAUCUCACAUUGAAAUUUUCAAGUGGCCAAAAAUCCCAGGGUGGACAGGAGCUGGAUUUGCACUGGGGUGGCUUUGGUGCGCUUUGUCUCUUGCUCCAACAGGUUGUAAAUCACACCAUAAAUCCAUUACACUGCACUACGCACCACUUUUGCACCCGUUAUCAACUGUGUACGCAGUGAUAGUAGAUCACUCGCAACACACCUACUAAUAUCACAUGCAAUUUUUUAGUUUGUGUACGCAAUUUAGCGCUCGCUAUUUUGGAUCUUAGUAGAUCAGGUCCUAAGUCUUCAACAUGGAGCAACAAAAAUCAGGGAUAAAAGUGGAUAGACAUGAUGUCUUAGCAUUGACAUCCUCUCUAUGAUUACUAAACACUCUGAUGUAACUGAUAUGGUAAUUUUCCACAUCCUUUUCAUACCCUAUUACUCACUUCCCCAUCCCCUCCUGUUGUCUGUUUUGUUAAAUGAUACUCAUUGACACACUGUAAAGAGCUGAGCUCCAUGCUAAUAUGUUCCCAAAGACAACAAUGUGCAUCAAAGGCUCUGCUAUGAUCAGGCAGCAACUCUUCAGAAACAGCUCUAUGGCCCAAGGCAAUCCAGGCCUAAUGAGUUCUAUAAUUUAACAACGGAUGGGUGGCUAUGUUGAUUUAAUGCAUGUCCAACAAGCGUUUGAGCAGCCGCUGGGUAACCAUUAAUGAAUUAGGAGGACUGUAUAAAAGAUGCUGCUGUGGGAGCUGGGUGGACAGGAUGUGUGGUAUUGAGGGCUUGUUUGGUAGCUUGUUAGCGGAGGCAGUGUGCUGUGUAUUAAUUAAGAGCACAGCCUGAAUGACGUGAUUGGUUAGAACAUGACUGCUGACAGGACAACAUUUGGAAGACGUCUGAGAUUUCCUCCUUUCUGUCUUGCUAUCUCUAUUAUUUAAAAACCAACACCAUCUAUGAAAACAUCCACAUCAUUCAUUUAACCCAAAUAUAAAAUCAUCUGUAAGUUGUUGACUGAAAACAAAGAAAAAAAUCAAGGUGAACAACCACAGUCUGGGUUGAUGUGAGAGUGUCCCAUGGGGAAAAUGAGCAGUUUUAUGAGCUUAUAUCGACCCACCUGCCCUUUGUACAUUGUGUGUUCCCCAUCAACCGCAAACUUCCAUUAAAGCCCUCAGGUCUCCUGUUAAAGGCUCUCAUGGGAAACAUGCAGAAUGUUUCAUCAGGAGGUCAAACUCAUCCCUUUUACUGCACAUUUUAUACUUAGAUUAUUCAGAUUUUUUAACCUUAGACCUAUCUUUACUGACUUUGGCUAAAUAUAUUUUGGCCGAAAGGUACAAAAGUGUUAAAAUUGCUCCAGUUAAUUUAUCCUAUAGCAGUUCUUGUCUGUAAUAGCUGCAAUGCAAUCCCAGAAGGCACAUGUCUUAGUUGAAAUAUGCCCUCUAAAAGUUUUUGUUUCUGUCACAGAGGCUCAGAUAUUUGUUUUUCUGUGUUUAGUAGCAGCAUUGCAAAAAAAGAGAGAUAGACCUAAAGAGGGGUAUGUUUUUUUUUCUGAAACACCUUAAACACGUCUCUUUUUAGCCACUUUGCUACUUUGACAAAAAAGUUAUUUCACAAGCUUUACAUCUUCAGCUCUGUCUCUUCUCUUAUUCCAGAUGGUCUCUUUCUGCAGACAUUCUUUCUUCAUGUUUUUGGAUUCAAUGGGAGCCCACCCAAACAAAACUUCAGAGUGAAAAACAUUGUUUAGUCAUGGGAGGGAUACAUUUCAAGCCGAGGGACAGCAAGUAGCUUUUUCCUUUGUCUUAUUUUUCUCCUGUUAAAAGUUUAAGAGCUCAGGUAAAAUAUUUGUCAUUUGUUUAAGACUUUAUUUUCUGAUAGGUAAGUUUAUUUGGAGAACUUUUGUUCAUUGUUUUGGCCUUUGCUCAUCUCUGAGAAUCAUUAAAUCUGCUGUUUUACUGUAAUUUAAACUGUUUUGCUGGAAGAGUGCGGGAACACGUUGUAUCAUGUCCAGGUAUCCCCUCUGUAGGGACAUAGCAAUUGUAUUUUAUUGUACAAUAUCAUAUCUUUUUGUUCAGAAACAAUUUGCGAAUCACUUUAUAAACUCUCUCACUGACUCUGCCUUCAGGCUGGUUGAACGCAGAUGAAUCCCUUUAUAAUGUUUUGUGUCCUCGUUGCUGCCAGAAGCCUGUGCUACUUGAAUAUAGCCUCAGUUAGGGUAUCUUGAUAUAGCUAUUAAGAUUGCAAACAUAAAGAUCAAAAUGAAUGAAUUAUAUCUGGAAACAUUUGAACCUAAAGUAGCAGAACUGCCUCUGGUUAUUCCCCCCUUGUGUUUAAUGAUUUCACAUCAGUUGUAACGUAUUCAUCAACCUGUAAAAAGACACUGAAUCAGACAGCGUGAUUUCAACAGAUGCUAUUAUAAGUAAUGACAAAAGGGCUCUGGUGAAAAUCAUCUGUCUCCCGCUUUAAGAAAUCACAUUACAUUUGCUAGACUUCAUUAUAUUAAAUUUUGUUCUCAUUACAAGUUUUUCACUUGAACUCGAACCAUUUGGUUUCUCUUUUAUUAUGUCAGAACACAAAGUAUUAAUCCUUUAACCCGACAGUAGGCUCAAGGUCAAAUUCACCGUUUAAUAUUGAUUUUCCAACAAAUUGCAGAGAUAGCUCCUUUGUCAUCCCUGUAUUGUCUUCAUCUUAUUCUGCCAGUAUUCAUUUCUGCAUCUGAAUGCAGAGAACAGCUUUUUCAUUAAUGCCGUUUUGUAUAAUGUGAUGUGUUUGACUUGGGUUUUUAUCAUCUGAAGCCUUUUCAUUUCCAUUCUUUCAUCUUAUGAACAAUUUGUUUGUGGUGCUUUUACACGGGCACAUCGUUGUGGGAGGGGAAUCUUCCCUAGCAGCUUGCGGGGUCCCACUUUCCUGAUUCAAUACAAGGGUUUUCACACAACCACAGGACCUUGCUAAAACUAACUCAGUCUCCAAACAGAUGAAGAAGCUGUUUUCAGAGGCGAGCUGCACAUGGAGAUAACAAUGAUGGAGACUUAAAGGCAAAUAAGUCUUGACUGUGAACCGCCCUGCAGCUUUGACGUGCUGCCUUUUCCCCGAGUGUGAUAAGGCAGACACUGCCGCAUGUGCAUAAUGUGAGGGAUGACGGUUUGAACACAUCUGAAGACUUUCAAUCUGUAUGCUUCUCUGCUGGGACAGUGAGAUAACUCUUAUUAUGCGUCUAUGUUUUCCUCUACAGCCUGCUGGGUACAGAGGUGUGGGCCCUCCAGGUAAGAGAGAUUGAGAUUGUUAGAUCAAUCAAAUAUACAUACAGUACGAUUUUAGACAAGAAACUCCCUAUUUUUUGGAGAUCGAAAAGGAGUAGGUUUAAGCUAUUUAGCUUAUGUGUACCUACUCUCAUUCCUUCCUAUUCGUUUACCAUGUUUAGAUAGAGUUUAUUCUCAUCAAACCAUCAUUUCAGGUGCUCAGGUGUCCCUGGAGCAGCAGGCCUACAUGUUGCUGACAGAGCCGGAGAGGCAGACCAUGGUUUACUACCUGCAGGAGUACCAGGAAGGACACAUCAGUGUAGAACCUCUGGCCAUGGCUCUGUUUGAGCUCUUCAACACUCAUGCAAAGGUAGCGGCUUCAGGGGAAGUUUUUUUUUUUUUUUUAACCAGAACCUUUUAAAUAAUGUAUUUAAAAAAAACUAAGUAAUAUUCAUUGGAUGAACUUUAAUGUUAGGUCAAGAAACAGAGACUCAGAUGUGUGGAGCAAACACAAAAGCGAAUUUGUACAUAAAGCUCCUCAUCCAUUUUUUAAUAUGGCUCUUUUUGUGAAAAGGUCAGGGUUGAGGAUUAAAGAUGAAAUACUUAAAAAACUGAACUUAUUAACAGUCAGGUUAGGUAUAAUUAUCAGAUGAUACUGUAUAAAACCAAGGACAAAAGAACAGCUCUCCUGAGCGAAGCCAGAACUUUCAGUGCAUCUGGGAUGAUGCUGUUUUUUUACACUUUUAAAAAAGUCCAUUGGUCCAUCCAUUCAUUUCUUUUGAGCAGAGGAUACAGCAUCCAGAAUUUCCCAGGAAAAUGAUACAUUUUGAUCCAUCAGACCACAGGACAAUUUUACCCGGAUGAAAUACAAUAAUUUGAAAUUGUUGAACAAUUUCCUCUCGCAGUUUCUUACAAAGUAGUGAACCUCUUUUGUUUGAUGGACUCAACCUCUCUGAGUACCCAUUUAAUACCAAGUUUGUUACUAACCUGUGGUAAUUGAUCUUAAUUUGUUAGCAAAGUUUUUCAAGGUGUAUUUUAGCAUUACACAACUUUUUUUUUUGUCUUCCACAACAUUUUUAAAACAUGUCACUGGCAUUAAAUUUCAAAUGAUCAUAUAUUUUCUUGCACACAAUGAAACCUUUUCAGUUUCAGCUUUUGAUAUGUUAUAUUUGCGCUAUUUUAAAUCAAAUAUAAGCUUUUGAUGACAAGAAAACAAUGAAAACCAGACUUUGGUUUUACUUCAUAUUACUCCAACUAUUUUGAAACUGGGAUUGUAUUUUAAACACAUGGUUGUCAAACAACAAAAAACACAUCAAAUAACUUUCUCUCAGUUCUUUUCAUGCUGAUUUAUGCCUAAAUAUUCAUUUUCUCUGAUGUUCAGUGUUUCAUUUGACCUGUUUCCUCUUCUCUCUGUGUCCAGCUGUCCAUGUUGUCUGAGGUGAGGAGUCUCGUGGCCCCACAGGAUCUGGAGCUGUAUGACAGGUUGGUGCUGCACCGGGAGAAGGAGGCCCACCAGGCUUGGCAUGGAGGGAUUGGAGUCAUACAUCCAGAAGCCCUCUGCACCCAUGCUGCCCCUGUGGUCCAUGAUCCAGGACACGGUGACCCCUCUGUGGUAGAUGUUUUUUCUACUACUCUUUUAAAUGUGAUGGUCAAUGUUAGAGUGUGUGGUAAUUUUCCUGAACAUGUCCCGCUCUGCCACUUCAGUGUGGCCUUGUUCAGAUAUUUGUAAUGAUAGAGCAAGAUCAGCACUGACAGGGACUCACUCGAGAAUUUUUAAAGGUUGUUUAAGGUUUUUUUUUUUUUUUUUUUUUGAAAAACAGGAAUCAAUCCUGUUCCUACAUCUUGUGACAUGGCUGCUCACCAAAUCACCUGAUGACAAAUGUUGGUAUAAAAUGUACCAAUUAAACUCUGCAAGCUAGCUGCACAAAGAGCUGCCUUUUAAUUUACUCAGUGCUAAACGAAAAAGCCUGAACCCAUAAACUGUAUAUAGAAUGGAAAGCGUCUGCCUCCUUGAUGGUUGAAGCCAUCAGGCUGCAGUGUAGGUCAUAAUCCCGCCUCCGCCAGCCAUCCUUAUGGGGCUGUGGACAACAUUUAGAAAUUUAUUACACAGAAUAUAACUUUUUCUCCCCCUUGCUUUUGAUGUUGACAUGUAGAUACUGUAAGACUGGUUUGUGCUCAAGUGAUUUUUUGUGUGCAGCUCUAUUUUUAAAAGUUAUUAGGGGGUUCAUGUUUUCUAUGAUUGACACUUGAUACAGCCUAUGGGCAUACGAAGACUGCGUAGCUCACCCGGGAAUACGCUGUUUGAGCCGAGCGUCAUCACAGCGACUCUUGGCAACCCUCCCGCCGAAUGCACACAAUGCUACUACACAAGUGGUGGAGUGUGUACAAUGCUACUGCGCAAUGUCCGUUUCUAGAAGUGGAGAAAAAACGUGGAAUUACUGAGAGCUUUUUCGGCUUCAAAUCCGUACACUGGCAGAAGGCAGAAUUAAGUUGUCCAUAGUAUAUACAGUCUGUCCCUGAAUCUUGUCAGUGGACUGACAUAAUUGGAUAACAGGUGAAAAUGUUAUGUCUGGAGGACUUCUCAGUGUCCUAACCCUAGCUGACUGAUGACUUUGGGGCAUCGACUGCAUACAAUCAGUGACUAAGUACACUGCAUGACUGUAUACUUGAUGUAAAAAAAAAACUGAAUGUCUGAAAGUUUCCUUCUGUUAAAUUCCAGUAAAAAUGAAAUUCUUGUUAUCGGGUCCCAGCAGGUGGCUAAAAAAAAUCCUGCCUUCUGCUGGGUCCCCUAGGGGAUCACAUUAAGUCUGUUGCAAGGAACAUCGGCAUCUGGUUUGACAGUAAUUUGAAUUUUGAACAACACUCCACUAAACUUGUACAGUCAUGUUUUUGUCAUCUUAGAGAUACUUGACAAAUACAAGACCUUUCAUGUUAUAAAGACAGAGAGGAUUUUACUUGCUUCUAGUUCUUCAUGUCUGGAUUACUUGAUGACAGUCUUUUUACACGUUUUAAUCAAACUUCCUUGGGCAGUCCACAGUUGGUGCAGAAAUCAGCUGCUAGGCUUUUAUGAAGAGCUGACAAAUUGAACACAUUACACCUAUUUUAGUAUUUUCACACUGGCUGCCAGGACAUUUUAGGAUUGAUUUUAAGAUUUUAGUAAUUACUUCUGAAGCUCUUAAUGGUCUCGGACCUUUAAAUCCUUCACACUCUUUACGAUCCUCAGGCGAAGGCUUUCUCACCAUUCAGACACUUGGCUGGAAAAAAAGUGGACAGAGUGUUUUUAUUCUGGGCUUCUAAGCUCUGGAAAAACCUGCCCAAGGAAAUAAAGUCGACUGAUUAAAUGGCUCAUUUAAGUUUCUUAGAACUUACUUUCUAACUUCACUUAACCUGAAAUGUAUUUGAGAGUGACCUGAUUUUAUCUCUCAAAUACGUUACUGUAUAUGUUAAUAUCUGUUAAUAUGUCAAAUAUGUUAAUAUGUUGGUCUUAUGAUAGUUGGUCCCUUUAAAAAAAAUGCAUUUUUCUAUUUCCUGCCUUUUUGAAGCACUUUGGAGUGAAGAAAGUACUCUUGAAAUAAAGAUUUAUUAUUAUUAUUAUUAUUAUUAUUAUUAUGAUAUGAUACAAUUAAAUGAAAUUUGAUAUUAUACAAUACGAUAUGGUAUGAUAGAGUCAUAUCCAAUAUGAUUCAAAACAAUAUAAUACUAUCUGAAUAUAUUAUUGAGUAAAAGUCCACCGUUCUAAACAUUUUGUCCAGCCGUCACUGACAUUCACACUAACAUGGAUGAUCCGAGACUUUCCACUUUGGUAGUCUGCGCAUGUACACGAAACACAGCAACGUGACUUAACUACAUAUUUUAGAUCUCUGCACACUGACAUUAUCCAACAGAAUCUGAUAAUGGUUAAUGUCUGGUGUACUUCACAUUGAUAACAGGCUGAAGUGAAGUAAGCGUGUCGGUGUCUUGCCAAUCUGCCGCACACAGAGAUUAGUCUCUUGAUACAGGAGGACAAGGGGAAAAUACGAGCUAUCUCCAGGCACCCAGUCACAUGAUAGAAAAAUCUUAUUUUCAAUGCAUAAGCAAAAACAUGACCAUAACACACGCACUUUUCGAGUAGGAGUGCCUCUAUGUGUGUAACCAAGGGAGGAAUGUGCAAUGUAAUCUCUAAUGGCCACCUUUUUGUCUUCUUAAUGCUUCCUGUAAGUAUAAGAUGAGUACUGCGCCACUUGGGGCUCUAGAGCAGGUUUAAGUCGGUCAAAGCUGGGUGUCAGGUUUUGUUGGAUUUACGCAACAUGGGCAUUUGUGAUAGGUGGAAAUUGAUGACUUGUGCUGUACCCAAAAAGACUUUGCUCAAGGUGGAUUCAUAGAGACUACUAUAUUUUGAGAUACUGAUACUUGAUACUUAAAAACUCAAAUGCAUGAGGUGUUAAAAAAGUCCUUCAUACGCAGCCAGGGUGACUCCCAGUUCUGACUCUUAUGAAUAAUAUCUCUAAUAAUUUUAGAGGAUCCACAUAGAUCACUGCAAGAGUGUGUGUGGAAGAGUCCCUCCAUCAGUCCAAGCCCCCUGGCAUCAGUCUUUGACACAGAGCAGCUUGUCUUUAUGUCAGGUCAGAGACUCUGUGAGAAACUAUAUUUCACUGAAGUCCACAUCUAUCCAAAGAGACCCCAUUCUGCCACGUCACAGUCUGUCUCUGUUUCACUCCCCUCUGCAGUCUAGCCUUUUAGAGGACCCAGCAAAGUUACUUAAUCCUAAAAAACUUUUUGACUUUAUCCGGAGCGCUGUGUGGAUUAUUUCCCUCUGCAGGAUUCUGGCUCUGUGCCUGACUUGAGGUGUUUUUGGUGCAUCUGUCUCAUUGUAGUCAGUUGUUUGUUGUUGCCAUCAAAGCUCGCCGGUGACAGUGUUUGCAGCAGCGCACCAUGUGUCUGUGUAAUUGCCUAAGCUGACACAGUCAUUACUGUGGUGGUGAAAUUACAACUCCUCAAUAAAAAAAGCUAAUUGUGUUUCAUUUACCGGCAGUUAGUAACUCUGCAGGAAACACUGAGAUUUAUUGUUGCAAAUCCAUGUUAUGACACAUCGUUGUCUCUUUAGAUGGAUUUUCUACGCAGGUUGGCUGCAAGAUAGUCAUUUAGAAGAACCAAUAGCUGUAAUUAACAAGGCAUUAAAUGUAGGAGCUUGCCAAGAGAGGAGGGUGGAUGUGUUUAGAGAUCAGCGUUAAAGGUUUUUGCAUGCUCAUUUUGAUAGAGCAUACAUAAAAAACCUGGAGAAAAAUUAUUGUCUAUUGUUGCAAAUAUGAAAGUAUUUGGCUACUAAAAUUUGGACAGUAAUUUGUUAAAAUCUUUAUUGCUUUUAUCAGAGUUACAAGGCGGCCCAUGCCCCCGAACAAAUUUUCAUUUUCACAAUCUGAUGAUCAGAUUAAAUACUGGUGAACAAUCACGAAUGUUACAUGAUAUCUUAUUAAAUCAAUGGUUACAAACAAACACAGAAUCAUCUCAAUGUGAAGGUACAGUUGUUCUCAGCUGUCCUUAGCCUAAUCUUUGAAUUAGGGCAAAUAAAGGGUUAGUCAGCAGCUUUGAAGUUCGAUUUUUGCCAAUCUAUUAAAGACCCACUCCGAUGAAAAUCAUGUUUGUGAAUUUCCCAGUUUGGGAUCAAUAAAAUCUAUCUAUCUAUCUAUCUAUCUAUCUAUCUAUCUAUCUAUCUAUCUAUCUAUCUAUCUAUCUAUCUAUCAUGAGAAAACUAAAAGCAAAAUUGCAUUUAGGAGGAUUUCUCCUUUCAAAUCGCUAUGAGCUUCUCACAGACCCAAACAGCAGGUUCAAACACAGUGACAUUUUCUACAUCACAAAUCCAAGCUCCGCCCCCUGAGCCCCACUGUGCAGGCCAGACUCUGAGAAGUAGAGAGGACGAUCGUGGAACAAGUGUGUGUGUUAGCAGAUUGCAGUGGCUACCUGCCACUGCUGCUGCACCGGCAAUGUUAGGUUUCAAGCUAGCAUGAGGAGGAGUGUGCAAGGCAGCGCUGUCUACGCUCACGAAUCAGAGGCCAAUUGCUAAUGAGCGACUGGAGCUCUGCAGAAGAAAAGCCCUUGAAAAUGUGAUCAUGAUUUUGGCUAAAAACUACAUAAUUACAAUUAAAAGACCACUGAGAACACUUCAAAUAGUAAAAAAAAUAUGAUCGGAGUGGGACUUGAAGAGCAAAGAGCCAACUUAGUGUGAGAUAACUAAUUCACAUUAAACACAUCACACAGGAUGUAAAGCAAGAGAUUUCCACCUGCAUGUGAAACACCUUCAUUUUAGGGCAUCUGCAGAAAUUCUGGAUAAUGCUUUGGCUGAUUUUGUUUUUCAUUGUGCAGUCAGCCACCUUGGGAAUGGUCUUUUCCACAUGUAAGAACUGUAACUGAGUAAAUAUACUGUGAAUGAAUGAAAGGGAGGUAAUCCCCCUCUAGUUGUAUAAUGUUCUGAAUGUCCGUCAGGUCUCUUGGGGCUCCCUGAAGUCCACUCUGAACAUUAUGCAGAGAUAAUAUAAUAGAGCCUGGAGCCCGAAACGGUAGAAUAAAAAGCUGUUUUUCAAAGACUUUGUUCUUACUGUACAAACUUUUCUGCCCUCAUUAUGCUGUCCUGUGGGACAAAUCUCAUCCAUCUGGUAUCUGUUAUAAGUAGGCUGGAGUGAACUAUACUCAAUUUUCAUUACAGAUUAAGCCCUGCGGUACUGAAACGCCUUAUACUGUCCCUUUCAGACUAACGCGUCUGCUGGUGGCUGGACCGAAAAAGGCGAGGAGGAGAACACUAAUGCCUUACAAAACAUUGCACUGGUAAGUGUUAGUCUUUGUUUGGAUAUAUGAGGAAGAAAAGUGUAUUUUUAUUUUAAUUCCUAGCAUCUCGACCAAACUAUUGAAGAUUUUUAACUACUUGUAAAAAAGAAACUUAGUAACAUCUGUUUUACUGCUGUAGUAAUCUGACAGCUAGAAAGGGAAAAUGAUGUAAUUAUUGGAGAAGCAUAUCUCCUUUCACACUGAAGUCAUCAAAGCAAGACAUUUGAAGGAAAAGUAAUGGUAGAUAAAAAGUUUAAAAUUUAUGGGCUGUCAAGGCUUGAUUUUUUAAGGGUUUGUGCUUGUCGUGAUCACAAGGAGGACGGCCCAAGCCACUUUUGACACUGGUCUUUUGUCACACAUAUUAAGAGUUACCUUCUUCUCCCUGACAGGAGGACAGACAGGCGUCAUGUGAGUCUCCGCCACCCUUCAGAGCUGCUCCCCACCAGGCUCAGAGCAGACAGUCUAGAGACAGAGAUCUCAGAGGGAAGCCUUCUGCCCGGCUGGUGCAGCCCGGCUCCAACCUGAUUUUCAGCGGCUCCAGUCGGCUCCUCCAAGAGUGUCUCCACAAGUCGCUUAAAUCCCUCCCCAUCGCUAACCAGCUCUCCCCAAGCUCUCCACACCAUGCCUGCGCUGGAUCCUGCCACCACACCUCUCUGCCCAACCAGCUCCACCACACCUAUCAGAGCUCCCUCCAGAUUUCUGACUCUGAACACCUCAACCACUCCCACUUCUCCCACCACUUCCACCACCACGCUGCUCCUCACAGCCGGCCCAGCUCAGGACACCACACCUGUCCGGGUUUUCUGCACCUCCGAGACUCUGCUAAACCAGAGGGUUCUGUCAGGCUAGCUUCCAGAUCCAGCUCCUAUGAGAAGGCCACUGUCUUGUCAAAGUCCGCGUCCUCCUCCAAAGCAACCUCUCCCAUGGUGUCCCCUCAUCCGUCCCCCCAUCCUUCACCAUGCCCCUCCCCCUGCCCAUCGGUCAUCACAUCUGCCGCUCCUCCCUGCAGUCCAGAUCGGCCCUGCUCACCCACCUUGACCCAGAAAAUCAUCGUAACAGACAUGAACCGGCUGUCUGCAGACUCCAGACCACAGCAGAGAGGUACACAAUGCUUUGUAUGUAUACGUUUGUGUACAUGACUGUGUUUGUGUAUGUGUGUGUCUAUGUAUAUUGUUUCCGUGUGUAGAAAUGCAUCUCAUGUUAGAUUCAUAUACAGUUCAAAAUGACAUUACGAAAGGUUAAAGGGGUAUUCCGGCAUAAAUUUAAGUUAUUGUCAAACACACUGUGACUCUGGGUUAGACACCUCCUCGCAAAGAGACCAAACACAGCUCACCCACUCUCUUCCAGCUGCCGCUUGUUUGUAGGGAGACCUCAGGCAAGUCCAUUACGAACUGCUGCGGGGUGACGCAGCUCAAGGAAGAACAUUUAUGAUCAUUUCUUUAUCAUUUCCUUGAAGUAAUAAUCACCAUAUUAAUCAUUUUGCACUGCAGAUGCGGUAGUUACCAUGUAACAGUAGUAGUACCAUGCAUUACCAUGAGGAAAUGAUUGAUUAAUUUUACUGCAAUUUUAAUUUUAUGCCAGAAUAUCCCUUUAAGCUUACUGACUGUUCAAAUUUUACAAAGUUGACUCAUUGAUAUGUUAUAGUUAGCCAUUUUGUAAACGAAAUCAGCUCAUUAGCUUAUCACAAUGCAUCCACCAUUAAAAAGGUGAUGGUCCUCAUGGGAAAUACAGUCUUUAUCCCAGAAAGAACUACCAAUCUUCAUCCAAAAUGUAAUCAGAAUAAACACGAUAUGACAAUUUAUCCUGUUUUAUUUGAAAUAAAAAAAAAUUAAGUGAAAAAAUAAAUCAAACAGCUCAUUGAGAAGAAAAUACAGUACAGAACAAAAUUAGAUAUUUAUGUAGAAUUGAUUAGAUACUACAUAUAAUGGACUGAUUCAAGGCAAGAGCUUCUAGAUGGUGUGCUAUUAGAUGAGAUGUGAAAAAAGUCAGAGAUGAAGCCCUGGCCCCUCUGAGCAGCUCUGCACCCCAAGGCGAUGAUUUGCUCGGGCAGUCACUACCACAGUCUGACCUUUGUGCAGAACAUGUGUAAAAGGUCAGUGCCCAGUACUCACACAGCGUCAGUGUCAACACAAAUAAAACUCACAGUUCUCUGCGCUGGAAGAAUCACCUUUGGUUGUGCUCUUUGUGCAAAAAUAUCAGUUUGUUGGUCUUUUUUUUUGUUUUGUUUUGAUGUCUUACUUUCAUGACAGAGUUCACGUACCAAGAGAUUCAACUUUGACUUUAUUGGCACAUGCAUUGAGAUGAUUUGAGUUUAAAUACAGAAGAGAGCAAAUCUAUUUUCUGUCACAUCCCAAGGAAAUGAGAUGCAAUCAAGAAUAUCCUAAUUGGCUGGGUAUGGGUUAAGCAUGAAAAGAGUUACCAUCUUUAUUUUCCAGUUUAGUCACACUCCGUACAGAUCUUUUAAAUAUUGGUGGGUUAAUUUUUGCAGCAAUAAAAUACAUUUUUUGGUAACAAAUACGUACAACAAUAGUUCUGAGUGAAAAGACUGUUUCCUCAAUGCUUUUAUCCAAAGCAACGUACAUUCAAGAGCAAGAAGAUACAAGCAAAGACAAGAAGAGCAAGAUUAGUAAGUGCCACAAAGUGGACAUGCAGUGUUAAAAGCAUCCCCAUCAAUUAUAUUGUCUUCACAACAACAAUUAUCAAAGGUACCAAGUGCUUGGUCUGCGACUUAAAUGCAACUGGAGUCCAAGUCUACAACUUGAGUCCCUUUCUCUGACUGGAUUAUAUUGUAAAAACACAGUAAAACUCCACUGCCAAUAUUAAAUGAUUUACUGCUAACAGUAGCGUUAGUGUUAAAAUCAAAUACAGAAGAUAGACUGUGAAAUAAAGGGAAACAGUUGUUCUUUGCAUUCAAAGUAGGGCUGGGCGAUUAACCGAAAAUCUACCGAUACCGAAAUUUACGACAAUAACCAACAUCAUUUUGCCCAUGUCGGAAUAUUCUGUGUCAAAAAAUUAAAAUAAAUAAAAGUUGGUUUUGGAUGUCUGUAGGUAGGCUAUGAUCUCAUGUCUUUAAGAUGCUGUCCUACGUCAGAGAUGUGACUCCACCCCAUUCAGUCUGUAACAAAGAGGGAAAAACAGGUGAGGAGAUGGAGGACAGUUCAAAAGUUGGAGCGACUGAAGUAGACAAAGUUAAUGUGGAAGGGGGUGAGCAGCUUGUGGAGUAGUUAUCGUCUAUUUACCGUUAUCGAGGUGAACUGCUCAAUAUGAUAUUGAUAUGAGGCCAUAUCGCCCAGUCCUAAUUCAAAGCAUCCAUUUGCACAUCUGCACACCAUCAUUUAUACUUGUUAAGGUUGGAGCUAGGGUUAGGGUUAGGUGUGGGGUUGGAGCUAGGGUUAGGGUUAGGGUUAGGGUUGGAGUUAGGGUUAGUGUUGGAGCUAGGGUUAGGGUUGGGCUUGGAGCUAGGAUUUUUCUGAGUGCAAUGAACCAACUCCCGAGUCUCUAGGACGUUCCUAAAAAAAUUUGAUUUUUUCCCAUAGGAAUGCAUGGGUUAGGGUUAGGGUUAGGGUUAGGGUUAGGGUUGGAGUUAGGGUUAGUGUUGGAGCUAGGGUUAGGGUUGGGCUUGGAGCUAGGAUUUUUCUGAGUGCAAUGAACCAACUCCCGAGUCUCUAGGACGUUCCUAAAAAAAUUUGAUUUUUUCCCAUAGGAAUGCAUGGGUUAGGGUUAGGGUUAGGGUUAGGGUUGGAGUUAGGGUUAGUGUUGGAGCUAGGGUUAGGGUUGGGCUUGGAGCUAGGAUUUUUCUGAGUGCAAUGAACCAACUCCCGAGUCUCUAGGACGUUCCUAAAAAAAUGUGAUUUUUUCCCAUAGGAAUGCAUGGGUUAGGGUUAGGGUUAGGGUUAGGGUUGGAGCUAGGGUUAGGGUUAGGGUUAGGGUUGGAGUUAGGGUUAGUGUUGGAGCUAGGGAUAGGGUUGGGCUUGGAGCUAGGAUUUUUCUGAGUGCAAUGAACCAACUCCCGAGUCUCUAGGACGUUCCUAAAAAAAUUGAUUUUUUCCCAUAGGAAUGCAUGGGUUAGGGUUAGGGUUAGGGUUGGAGCUAGGGUUAGGGUUAGGGUUAGGGUUGGAGUUAGGGUUAGUGUUGGUGCUAGGGUUAGGGUUGGGCUUGGAGCUAGGAUUUUUCUGAGUGCAAUGAACCAACUCCCUGAGUCUCUAGGACGUUCCUAAAAAAUUUGAUUUUUUCCCAUAGGAAUGCAUGGGUUAGGGUUAGGGUUAGGGUUAGGGUUGGAGUUAGGGUUAGGGUUAGGGUUAGGGUUAAGGUUGGAGCUAGGGUUAGGGUUAGGAUUAGGGUGGAGCUAGGGUUAGGGUUAGGGUUAGAGCUAGGGUUAGGGUUGGGGCUAGGGUUAGGGUUAGGGUUAGGUUUAAGGUUGGAGCUAGGGUUAGGGUUAGGGUUAGGGUUGGAGCUAGGGUUAGGGUUAGGGUUAGGGUUGGAGUUAGGGUUAGGGUUAGGGUUAAGGUUGGAGCUAGGGUUACGGUUAGGAUUAGGGUGGAGCUAGGUUUAGGGUUAGGGUUAAGGUUGGAGCUAGGGUUAGGGUUAGGGUUAGGGUUAGGAUUAGGGUGGAGCUAGGGUUAGGGUUAGAGCUAGGGUUAGGGUUGGGGCUAGGGUUAGGGUUAGGGUUAAGGUUGGAGCUAGGGUUUGGGAUAGGGUUAGGGUUGGAGCUAGGGUUAGGGUUAGGGUUAGGGUUGGAGCUAGGGUUAGGGUUAGGGUUAGGGUUGGCGUUAGGGUUAGUGUUGGAGCUAGGGUUAGGGUUGGGCUUGGAGCUAGGAUUUUUCUGAGUGCAAUGAACCAACUCCCGAGUCUCUAGGACGUUACUAAAAAAAAUGAUUUUUUCCCAUAGGAAUGCAUGGGUUAGGGUUAGGGUUAGGGUUGGAGCUAGGGUUAGGGUUAGGGUUAGGGUUGGAGUUAGGGUUAGUGUUGGAGCUAGGGUUAGGGUUGGGCUUGGAGCUAGGAUUUUUCUGAGUGCAAUGAACCAACUCCCGAGUCUCUAGGACGUUCCUAAAAAAAUUUGAUUUUUUCCCAUAGGAAUGCAUGGGUUAGGGUUAGGGUUAGGGUUAGGGUUGGAGUUAGGGUUAGUGUUGGAGCUAGGGUUAGGGUUGGGCUUGGAGCUAGGAUUUUUCUGAGUGCAAUGAACCAACUCCCGAGUCUCUAGGACGUUCCUAAAAAAAUUUGAUUUUUUCCCAUAGGAAUGCAUGGGUUAGGGUUAGGGUUAGGGUUGGAGCUAGGGUUAGGGUUAGGGUUAGGGUUGGAGUUAGGGUUAGUGUUGGAGCUAGGGUUAGGGUUGGGCUUGGAGCUAGGAUUUUUCUGAGUGCAAUGAACCAACUCCCGAGUCUCUAGGACGUUCCUGAAAAAAAUAGAUUUUUUCCCAUAGGAAUGCAUGGGUUAGGGUUAGGGUUAGGGUUGGAGCUAGGGUUAGGGUUAGGGUUAGGGUUGGAGUUAGGGUUAGGGUUAGGGUUAAGGUUGGAGCUAGGGUUACGGUUAGGAUUAGGGUGGAGCUAGGGUUAGGGUUAGGGUUAAGGUUGGAGCUAGGGUUAGGGUUAGGGUUAGGAUUAGGGUGGAGCUAGGGUUAGGGUUGGGGCUAGGGUUAGGGUUAGGGUUAAGGUUGGAGCUAGGGUUUGGGUUAGGGUUAGGGUUGGAGCUAGGGUUAGGGUUAGGGUUAGGGUUGGAGUUAGGGUUAGUGUUGGAGCUAGGGUUAGGGUUGGGCUUGGAGCUAGGAUUUUUCUGAGUGCAAUGAACCAACUCCCGAGUCUCUAGGACGUUCCUAAAAAAAAUGAUUUUUUCCCAUAGGAAUGCAUGGGUUAGGGUUAGGGUUAGGGUUGGAGCUAGGGUUAGGGUUAGGGUUAGGGUUGGAGUUAGGGUUAGUGUUGGAGCUAGGGUUAGGGUUGGGCUUGGAGCUAGGAUUUUUCUGAGUGCAAUGAACCAACUCCCGAGUCUCUAGGACGUUCCUAAAAAAAUUUGAUUUUUACCCAUAGGAAUGCAUGGGUUAGGGUUAGGGUUAGGGUUAGGGUUAGGUUUAGGGUUGGAGUUAGGGUUAGGGUUAGGGUUAAGGUUGGAGCUAGGGUUAGGGUUAGGGUUAGGAUUAGGGUGGAGCUAGGGUUAGGGUUAGGGUUAGAGCUAGGGUUAGGGUUGGGGCUAGGGUUAGGGUUAGGGUUAGGUUUAAGGUUGGAGCUAGGGUUAGGGUUAGGGUUAGGGUUGGAGCUAGGGUUAGGGUUAGGGUUAAGGUUGGAGCUAGGGUUACGGUUAGGGUUAGGGUUAGUAUUAGGGUGGAGCUAGGAUUAGGGUUAGGGUUAAGGUUGGAGCUAGGGUUAGGGUUAGGGUUAGGAUUAGGGUGGAGCUAGGGUUAGGGUUAGGGUUAGAGCUAGGGUUAGGGUUGGGGCUAGGGUAAGGGUUAGGGUUAAGGUUGGAGCAAGGGUUUGGGUUAGGGUUAGGGUUGGAGCUAGAGUUAGGGUUAGGGUUAGGGUUGGCGUUAGGGUUAGUGUUGGAGCUAGGGUUAGGGUUGGGCUUGGAGCUAGGAUUUUUCUGAGUGCAAUGAACCAACUCCCGAGUCUCUAGGACCUUCCUAAAAAAAUUUGAUUUUUUCCCAUAGGAAUGCAUGGGUUAGGGUUAGGGUUAGGGUUGGAGCUAGGGUUAGGGUUAGGGUUAGGGUUGGAGUUAGGGUUAGUGUUGGAGCUAGGGUUAGGGUUGGGCUUGGAGCUAGGAUUUUUCUGAGUGCAAUGAACCAACUCCUGAUUCUCUAGGACGUUCCUAAAAAAAUUUGAUUUUUUCCCAUAGGAAUGCAUGGGUUAGGGUUAGGGUUAGGGUUGGAGCUAGGGUUAGGGUUAGGGUUGGAGUUAGGGUUAGUGUUGGAGCUAGGGUUAGGGUUGGGCUUGGAGCUAGGAUUUUUCUGAGUGCAAUGAACCAACUCCCGAGUCUCUAGGACGUUCCUAAAAAAAUUAGAUUUUUUCCCAUAGGAAUGCAUGGGUUAGGGUUAGGGUUAGGGUUAGGGUUGGAGUUAGGGUUAGUGUUGGAGCUAGGGUUAGGGUUGGGCUUGGAGCUAGGAUUUUUCUGAGUGCAAUGAACCAACUCCCGAGUCUCUAGGACGUUCCUAAAAAAAUUUGAUUUUUUCCCAUAGGAAUGCAUGGGUUAGGGUUAGGGUUAGGGUUAGGGUUGGAGUUAGGGUUAGUGUUGGAGCUAGGGUUAGGGUUGGGCUUGGAGCUAGGAUUUUUCUGAGUGCAAUGAACCAACUCCCGAGUCUCUAGGACGUUCCUAAAAAAAUUUGAUUUUUUCCCAUAGGAAUGCAUGGGUUAGGGUUAGGGUUAGGGUUAGGGUUGGAGCUAGGGUUAGGGUUAGGGUUAGGGUUAAGGUUUGAGCUAGGGUUAGGGUUAGGGUUAGGAUUAGGGUGGAGCUAGGGUUAGGGUAAGGGUUAGAGCUAGGGUUAGGGUUGGGGCUAGGGUUAGGGUUAGGGUUAGGUUUAAGGUUGGAGCUAGGGUUAGGGUUAGGGUUAGGGUUGGAGCUAGGGUUAGGGUUAGGGUUAGGGUUGGAGUUAGGGUUAGGGUUAGGGUUAAGGUUGGAGCUAGGGUUACGGUUAGGAUUAGGGUGGAGCUAGGGUUAGGGUUAGGGUUAAGGUUGGAGCUAGGGUUAGGGUUAGGGUUAGGAUUAGGGUGGAGCUAGGGUUAGGGUUAGAGCUAGGGUUAGGGUUGGGGCUAGGGUAAGGGUUAGGGUUAAGGUUGGAGCUAGGGUUUGGGUUAGGGUUAGGGUUGGAGCUAGGGUUAGGGUUAGGGUUAGGGUUGGAGUUAGGGUUAGUGUUGGAGCUAGGGUUAGGGUUGGGCUUGGAGCUAGGAUUUUUCUGAGUGCAAUGAACCAACUCCCCAGUCUCUAGGACGUUCCUAAAAAAAUUGAUUUUUUCCCAUAGGAAUGCAUGGGUUAGGGUUAGGGUUAGGGUUGGAGCUAGGGUUAGGGUUAGGGUUAGGGUUGGAGUUAGGGUUAGUGUUGGAGCUAGGGUUAGGGUUGGGCUUGGAGCUAGGAUUUUUCUGAGUGCAAUGAACCAACUCCCGAGUCUCUAGGACGUUCCUAAAAAAAUUUGAUUUUUACCCAUAGGAAUGCAUGGGUUAGGGUUAGGGUUAGGGUUGGAGCUAGGGUUAGGGUUAGGGUUAGGGUUGGAGUUAGGGUUAGUGUUGGAGCUAGGGUUAGGGUUGGGCUUGGAGCUAGGAUUUUUCUGAGUGCAAUGAACCAACUCCCGAGUCUCUAGGACGUUCCUGAAAAAAAUAGAUUUUUUCCCAUAGGAAUGCAUGGGUUAGGGUUAGGGUUAGGGUUGGAGCUAGGGUUAGGGUUAGGGUUAGGGUUGGAGUUAGGGUUAGGGUUAGGGUUAAGGUUGGAGCUAGGGUUACGGUUAGGAUUAGGGUGGAGCUAGGGUUAGGGUUAGGGUUAAGGUUGGAGCUAGGGUUAGGGUUAGGGUUAGGAUUAGGGUGGAGCUAGGGUUAGGGUUAGAGCUAGGGUUAGGGUUGGGGCUAGGGUUAGGGUUAGGGUUAAGGUUGGAGCUAGGGUUUGGGUUAGGGUUAGGGUUGGAGCUAGGGUUAGGGUUAGGGUUAGGGUUGGAGUUAGGGUUAGUGUUGGAGCUAGGGUUAGGGUUGGGCUUGGAGCUAGGAUUUUUCUGAGUGCAAUGAACCAACUCCCGAGUCUCUAGGACGUUCCUAAAAAAAAUGAUUUUUUCCCAUAGGAAUGCAUGGGUUAGGGUUAGGGUUAGGGUUGGAGCUAGGGUUAGGGUUAGGGUUAGGGUUGGUGUUAGGGUUAGUGUUGGAGCUAGGGUUAGGGUUGGGCUUGGAGCUAGGAUUUUUCUGAGUGCAAUGAACCAACUCCCGAGUCUCUAGGACGUUCCUAAAAAAAUUUGAUUUUUACCCAUAGGAAUGCAUGGGUUAGGGUUAGGGUUAGGGUUAGGGUUAGGUUUAGGGUUGGAGUUAGGGUUAGGGUUAGGGUUAAGGUUGGAGCUAGGGUUAGGGUUAGGGUUAGGAUUAGGGUGGAGCUAGGGUUAGGGUUAGGGUUAGAGCUAGGGUUAGGGUCUGGGCUAGGGUUAGGGUUAGGGUUAGGUUUAAGGUUGGAGCUAGGGUUAGGGUUAGGGUUAGGGUUGGAGCUAGGGUUAGGGUUAGGGUUAAGGUUGGAGCUAGGGUUACGGUUAGGGUUAGGGUUAGUAUUAGGGUGGAGCUAGGAUUAGGGUUAGGGUUAAGGUUGGAGCUAGGGUUAGGGUUAGGGUUAGGAUUAGGGUGGAGCUAGGGUUAGGGUUAGGGUUAGAGCUAGGGUUAGGGUUGGGGCUAGGGUAAGGGUUAGGGUUAAGGUUGGAGCAAGGGUUUGGGUUAGGGUUAGGGUUGGAGCUAGAGUUAGGGUUAGGGUUAGGGUUGGAGUUAGGGUUAGUGUUGGAGCUAGGGUUAGGGUUGGGCUUGGAGCUAGGAUUUUUCUGAGUGCAAUGAACCAACUCCCGAGUCUCUAGGACAUUCCUAAAAAAAAUUGAUUUUUUCCCAUAGGAAUGCAUGGGUUAGGGUUAUGGUUAGGGUUAGGGUUGGAGCUAGGGUUAGGGUUAGGGUUAGGGUUGGAGUUAGGGUUAGUGUUGGAGCUAGGGUUAGGGUUGGGCUUGGAGCUAGGAUUUUUCUGAGUGCAAUGAACCAACUCCCGAGUCUCUAGGACGUUCCUAAAAAAUUUUGAUUUUUUCCCAUAGGAAUGCAUGGGUUAGGGUUAGGGUUAGGGUUGGAGCUAGGGUUAGGGUUAGGGUUAGGGUUAGGGUUGGAGUUAGGGUAAGUGUUGGAGCUAGGGUUAGGGUUGGGCUUGGAGCUAGGAUUUUUCUGAGUGCACUGAACCAACUCCCGAGUCUCUAGGACAUUCCUAAAAAAAUUUGAUUUUUUCCCAUAGGAAUGCAUGGGUUAGGGUUAGGGUUAGGGUUGGAGCUAGGGUUAGGGUUAGGGUUAGGGUUGGAGUUAGGGUUAGUGUUGGAGCUAGGGUUAGGGUUGGGCUUGGAGCUAGGAUUUUUCUGAGUGCAAUGAACCAACUCCCGAGUCUCUAGGACAUUCCUAAAAAAAUUUGAUUUUUUCCCAUAGGAAUGCAUGGGUUAGGGUUAUGGUUAGGGUUAGGGUUGGAGGUAGGGUUAGGGUUAGGGUUAGGGUUGGAGUUAGGGUUAGUGUUGGAGCUAGGGUUAGGGUUGGGCUUGGAGCUAGGAUUUUUCUGAGUGCAAUGAACCAACUCCCGAGUCUCUAGGACGUUCCUAAAAAAAUUUGAUUUUUUCCCAUAGGAAUGCAUGGGUUAGGGUUAGGGUUAGGGUUGGAGCUAGGGUUAGGGUUAGGGUUAGGGUCGGAGUUAGGGUUAGUGUUGGAGCUAGGGUUAGGGUUGGGCUUGGAGCUAGGAUUUUUCUGAGUGCAAUGAACCAACUCCUGAGUCUCUAGGACAUUCCUAAAAAAAUUUGAUUUUUUCCCAUAGGAAUGCAUGGGUUAGGGUUAGGGUUAGGGUUGGAGCUAGGGUUAGGGUUAGGGUUAGGGUUGGAGUUAGGGUUAGGGUUGGGCUUGGAGCUAGGAUUUUUCUGAGUGCACUGAACCAACUCCCGAGUCUCUAGGACAUUCCUAAAAAAAUUUGAUUUUUUCCCAUAGGAAUGCAUGGGUUAGGGUUAUGGUUAGGGUUAGGGUUGGAGCUAGGGUUAGGGUUAGGGUUAGGGUUGGAGUCAGGGUUAGUGUUGGAGCUAGGGUUAGGGUUGGGCUUGGAGCUAGGAUUUUUCUGAGUGCAAUGAACCAACUCCCGAGUCUCUAGGACGUUCCUAAAAAAAUUUGAUUUUUUCCCAUAGGAAUGCAUGGGUUAGGGUUAGGGUUAGGGUUGGAGCUAGGGUUAGGGUUAGGGUUAGGGUUGGAGUUAGGGUUAGUGUUGGAGCUAGGGUUAGGGUUGGGCUUGGAGCUAGGAUUUUUCUGAGUGCAAUGAACCAACUCCCGAUCCUCUAGGACGUUCCUAAAAAAUUUUGAUUUUUUCCCAUAGGAAUGCAUGGGUUAGGGUUAGGGUUAGGGUUGGAGCUAGGGUUAGGGUUAGGGUUAGGGUUAGGGUUGGAGUUAGGGUAAGUGUUGGAGCUAGGGUUAGGGUUGGGCUUGGAGCUAGGAUUUUUCUGAGUGCACUAAACCAACUCCCGAGUCUCUAGGACAUUCCUAAAAAAAAUUGAUUUUUUCCCAUAGGAAUGCAUGGGUUAGGGUUAGGGUUAGGGUUGGAGCUAGGGUUAGGGUUAGGGUUAGGGUUGGAGUUAGGGUUAGUGUUGGAGCUAGGGUUAGGGUUGGGCUUGGAGCUAGGAUUUUUCUGAGUGCACUGAACCAACUCCCGAGUCUCUAGGACAUUCCUAAAAAAAUUUGAUUUUUUCCCAUAGGAAUGCAUGGGUUAGGGUUAUGGUUAGGGUUAGGGUUGGAGCUAGGGUUAGGGUUAGGGUUAGGGUUGGAGUUAGGGUUAGUGUUGGAGCUAGAGUUAGGGUUGGGCUUGGAGCUAGGAUUUUUCUGAGUGCAAUGAACCAACUCCCGAGUCUCUAGGACGUUCCUAAAAAAAUUUGAUUUUUUUCCCAUAGGAAUGCAUGGGUUAGGGUUAGGGUUAGGGUUGGAGCUAGGGUUAGGGUUAGGGUUAGGGUUGGAGUUAGGGUUAGUGUUGGAGCUAGGGUUAGGGUUGGGCUUGGAGCUAGGAUUUUUCUGAGUGCAAUGAACCAACUCCUGAGUCUCUAGCACAUUCCUAAAAAAAUUUGAUUUUUUCCCAUAGGAAUGCAUGGGUUAGGGUUAGGGUUAGGGUUGGAGCUAGGGUUAGGGUUAGGGUUAGGGUUGGAGUUAGGGUUAGUGUUGGAGCUAGGGUUAGGGUUGGGCUUGGAGCUAGGAUUUUUCUGAGUGCAAUGAACCAACCCCCGAGUCUCUAGGACGUUCCUAAAAAAAAUUGAUUUUUUCCCAUAGGAAUGCAUGGGUUAGGGUUAGGGUUAGGGUUAGGGUUGGAGCUAGGGUUAGGGUAAGGGUUAGGGUUGGAGUUAGGGUUAGUGUUGGAGCUAGGGUUAGGGUUGGGCUUGGAGCUAGGAUUUUUCUGAGUGCAAUGAACCAACUCCCGAGUCUCUAGGACGUUCCUAAAAAAAUUUGAUUUUUUCCCAUAGGAAUGCAUGGGUUAGGGUUAGGGUUAGGGUUGGAGCUAGGGUUAGGGUUAGGGUUAGGGUUGGAGUUAGGGUUAGUGUUGGAGCUAGGGUUAGGGUUGGGCUUGGAGCUAGGAUUUUUCUGAGUGCAAUGAACCAACUCCCGAGUCUCUAGGACGUUCGUAAAAAAAAUUGAUUUUUUCCCAUAGGAAUGCAUGGGUUAGGGUUAGGGUUAGGGUUGGAGCUAGGGUUAGGGUUAGGGUUAGGGUUGGAGUUAGGGUUAGUGUUGGAGCUAGGGUUAGGGUUGGGCUUGGAGCUAGGAUUUUUCUGAGUGCACUGAACCAACUCCCGAGUCUCUAGGACAUUCCUAAAAAAAUUUGAUUUUUUCCCAUAGGAAUGCAUGGGUUAGGGUUAGGGUUAGGGUUGGAGCUAGGGUUAGGGUUAGGGUUAGGGUUGGAGUUAGGGUUAGUGUUGGAGCUAGGGUUAGGGUUGGGCUUGGAGCUAGGACUUUUCUGAGUGCAAUGAACCAACUCCCGAGUCUCUAGGAUGUUCCCUAAAAAAAUUUGAUUUUUUCCCAUAGGAAUGCAUGGGUUAGGGUUAGGGUUGGAGCUAGGGUUAGGGUUAGGGUUAGGGUUGGAGUUAGGGUUAGUGUUGGAGCUAGGGUUAGGGUUGGGCUUGGAGCUAGGAUUUUUCUGAGUGCACUGAACCAACUCCCGAGUCUCUAGGACAUUCCUAAAAAAAUUUGAUUUUUUCCCAUAGGAAUGCAUGGGUUAGGGUUAGGGUUAGGGUUGGAGCUAGGGAUAGGGUUGGGGUUAGGGUUGGAGUUAGGGUUAGUAUUGGAGCUAGGGUUAGGGUUGGGCUUGGAGCUAGGAUUUUUCUGAGUGCAAUGAACCAACUCCCGAGUCUCUAGGACGUUCCUAAAAAAAUUUGAUUUUUUCCCAUAGGAAUGCAUGGGUUAGGGUUAUGGUUAGGGUUAGGGUUGGAGCUAGGGUUAGGGUUAGGGUUAGGGUUGGAGUUAGGGUUAGUGUUGGAGCUAGGGUUAGGGUUGGGCUUGAAGCUAGGAUUUUUCUGAGUGCAAUGAACCAACCCCCGAGUCUCUAGGACGUUCCUAAAAAAAUUUGAUUUUUUCCCAUAGGAAUGCAUGGGUUAGGUUUAUGGUUAGGGUUAGGGUUGGAGCUAGGGUUAGGGUUAGGGUUAGGGUUGGAGUUAGGGUUAGUGUUGGAGCUAGGGUUAGGGUUGGGCUUGGAGCUAGGAUUUUUCUGAGUGCAAUGAACCAACUCCCGAGUCUCUAGGACGUUCCUAAAAAAAUUUGAUUUUUUCCCAUAGGAAUGCAUGGGUUAGGGUUAGGGUUAGGGUUGGAGCUAGGGUUAGGGUUAGGGUUAGGGUUGGAGUUAGGGUUAGUGUUGGAGCUAGGGUUAGGGUUGGGCUUGGAGCUAGGAUUUUUCUGAGUGCAAUGAACCAACUCCCGAGUCUCUAGGACGUUCGUAAAAAAAUUUGAUUUUUUCCCAUAGGAAUGCAUGGGUUAGGGUUAGGGUUAGGGUUGGAGCUAGGGUUAGGGUUAGGGUUAGGGUUGGAGUUAGGGUUAGUUUUGGAGCUAAGGUUAGGGUUGGGCUUAGAGCUAGGAUUUUUCUGAGUGCACUGAACCAACUCCCGAGUCUCUAGGACGUUCCUAAAAAAAAUUUGAUUUUUUUCCCAUAGGAAUGCAUGGGUUAGGGUUAGGGUUAGGGUUGGAGCUAGGGUUAGGGUUAGGGUUAGGGUUGGAGUUAGGGUUAGUGUUGGAGCUAGGGUUAGGGUUGGGCUUGGAGCUAGGACUUUUCUGAGUGCAAUGAACCAACUCCCGAGUCUCUAGGAUGUUCCCUUAAAAAAUUUGAUUUUUUCCCAUAGGAAUGCAUGGGUUAGGGUUAGGGUUAGGGUUGGAGCUAGGGUUAGGGUUAGGGUUAGGGUUGGAGUUAGGGUUAGUGUUGGAGCUAGGGUUAGGGUUGGGCUUGGAGCUAGGAUUUUUCUGAGUGCACUGAACCAACUCCCGAGUCUCUAGGACAUUCCUAAAAAAUUUGAUUUUUUUCCCAUAGGAAUGCAUGGGUUAAAGUUAUGGUUAGGGUUAGGGUUGGAGCUAGGGUUAGGGUUAGGGUUAGGGUUGGAGUUAGGGUUAGUGUUGGAGCUAGGGUUAGGGUUGGGCUUGGAGCUAGGAUUUUUCUGAGUGCACUGAACCAACUCCCGAGUCUCUAGGACAUUCCUAAAAAAAUUUGAUUUUUUUCCCAUAGGAAUGCAUGGGUUAGGGUUAUGGUUAGGGUUAGGGUUGGAGCUAGGGUUAGGGUUAGGGUUAGGGUUGGAGUUAGGGUUAGUGUUGGAGCUAGGGUUAGGGUUGGGCUUGGAGCUAGGAUUUUUCUGAGUGCAAUGAACCAACUCCCGAGUCUCUAGGACGUUCCUAAAAAAUUUUGAUUUUUUCCCAUAGGAAUGCAUGGGUUAGGGUUAGGGUUAGGGUUGGAGCUAGGGUUAGGGUUAGGGUUAGGGUUAGGGUUGGAGUUAGGGUAAGUGUUGGAGCUAGGGUUAGGGUUGGGCUUGGAGCUAGGAUUUUUCUGAGUGCACUGAACCAACUCCCGAGUCUCUAGGACAUUCCUAAAAAAAUUUGAUUUUUUCCCAUAGGAAUGCAUGGGUUAGGGUUAGGGUUAGGGUUGGAGCUAGGGUUAGGGUUAGGGUUAGGGUUGGAGUUAGGGUUAGUGUUGGAGCUAGGGUUAGGGUUGGGCUUGGAGCUAGGAUUUUUCUGAGUGCACUGAACCAACUCCCGAGUCUCUAGGACAUUCCUAAAAAAAUUUGAUUUUUUCCCAUAGGAAUGCAUGGGUUAGGGUUAUGGUUAGGGUUAGGGUUGGAGCUAGGGUUAGGGUUAGGGUUAGGGUUAGGGUUGGAGUUAGGGUUAGUGUUGGAGCUAGGGUUAGGGUUGGGCUUGGAGCUAGGAUUUUUCUGAGUGCAAUGAACCAACUCCCGAGUCUCUAGGACGUUCCUAAAAAAAUUUGAUUUUUUCCCAUAGGAAUGCAUGGGUUAGGGUUAGGGUUAGGGUUGGAGCUAGGGUUAGGGUUAGGGUUAGGGUUAGGGUUGGAGUUAGGGUAAGUGUUUGAGCUAGGGUUAGGGUUGGGCUUGGAGCUAGGAUUUUUCUGAGUGCACUGAACCAACUCCCGAGUCUCUAGGACAUUCCUAAAAAAAUUUGAUUUUUUCCCAUAGGAAUGCAUGGGUUAGGGUUAUGGUUAGGGUUAGGGUUGGAGCUAGGGUUAGGGUUAGGGUUAGGGUUGGAGUUAGGGUUAGUGUUGGAGCUAGGGUUAGGGUUGGGCUUGGAGCUAGGAUUUUUCUGAGUGCACUGAACCAACUCCCGAGUCUCUAGGACAUUCCUAAAAAAAUUUGAUUUUUUCCCAUAGGAAUGCAUGGGUUAGGGUUAGGGUUAGGGUUGGAGCUAGGGUUAGGGUUAGGGUUAGGGUUGGAGUUAGGGUUAGUGUUGGAGCUAGGGUUAGGGUUGGGCUUGGAGCUAGGAUUUUUCUGAGUGCACUGAACCAACUCCCGAGUCUCUAGGACAUUCCUAAAAAAAUUUGAUUUUUUCCCAUAGGAAUGCAUGGGUUAGGGUUAUGGUUAGGGUUAGGGUUGGAGCUAGGGUUAGGGUUAGGGUUAGGGUUGGAGUUAGGGUUAGUGUUGGAGCUAGGGUUAGGGUUGGGCUUGGAGCUAGGAUUUUUCUGAGUGCAAUGAGUCAACUCCCGAGUCUCUAGGACGUUCCUAAAAAAUUUUGAUUUUUUCCCAUAGGAAUGCAUGGGUUAGGGUUAGGGUUAGGGUUGGAACUAGGGUUAGGGUUAGGGUUAGGGUUAGGGUUAGGGUUGGAGUUAGGGUAAGUGUUUGAGCUAGGGUUAGGGUUGGGCUUGGAGCUAGGAUUUUUCUGAGUGCACUGAACCAACUCCCGAGUCUCUAGGACAUUCCUAAAAAAAUUUGAUUUUUUCCCAUAGGAAUGCAUGGGUUAGGGUUAUGGUUAGGGUUAGGGUUGGAGCUAGGGUUAGGGUUAGGGUUAGGGUUGGAGUUAGGGUUAGUGUUGGAGCUAGGGUUAGGGUUGGGCUUGGAGCUAGGAUUUUUCUGAGUGCACUGAACCAACUCCCGAGUCUCUAGGACAUUCCUAAAAAAAUUUGAUUUUUUCCCAUAGGAAUGCAUGGGUUAGGGUUAGGGUUAGGGUUGGAGCUAGGGUUAGGGUUAGGGUUAGGGUUGGAGUUAGGGUUAGUGUUGGAGCUAGGGUUAGGGUUGGGCUUGGAGCUAGGAUUUUUCUGAGUGCACUGAACCAACUCCCGAGUCUCUAGGACAUUCCUAAAAAAAUUUGAUUUUUUUCCCAUAGGAAUGCAUGGGUUAGGGUUAUGGUUAGGGUUAGGGUUGGAGCUAGGGAUAGGGUUAGGGUUAGGGUUGGAGUUAGGGUUAGUGUUGGAGCUAGGGUUAGGGUUGGGCUUGGAGCUAGGAUUUUUCUGAGUGCAAUGAACCAACUCCCGAGUCUCUAGGACGUUCCUAAAAAAAUUUGAUUUUUUCCCAUAGGAAUGCAUGGGUUAGGGUUAGGGUUAGGGUUGGAGCUAGGGAUAGGGUUAGGGUUAGGGUUGGAGUUAGGGUUAGUGUUGGAGCUAGGGUUAGGGUUGGGCUUGGAGCUAGGAUUUUUCUGAGUGCAAUGAACCAACUCCCGAGUCUCUAGGACGUUCCUAAAAAAAUUUGAUUUUUUCCCAUAGGAAUGCAUGGGUUAGGGUUAUGGUUAGGGUUAGGGUUGGAGCUAGGGUUAGGGUUAGGGUUAGGGUUGGAGUUAGGGUUAGUGUUGGAGCUAGGGUUAGGGUUGGGCUUGGAGCUAGGAUUUUUCUGAGUGCAAUGAACCAACCCCGAGUCUCUAGGACGUUCCUAAAAAAAUUUGAUUUUUUCCCAUAGGAAUGCAUGGGUUAGGGUUAUGGUUAGGGUUAGGGUUGGAGCUAGGGUUAGGGUUAGGGUUAGGGUUGGAGUUAGGGUUAGUGUUGGAGCUAGGGUUAGGGUUGGGCUUGGAGCUAGGAUUUUUCUGAGUGCAAUUAACCAACUCCCGAGUCUCUAGGACGUUCGUAAAAAAAUUUAAUUUUUUCCCAUAGGAAUGCAUGGGUUAGGGUUAGGGUUAGGGUUGGAGCUAGGGUUAGGGUUAGGGUUAGGGUUGGAGUUAGGGUUAGUUUUGGAGCUAAGGUUAGGGUUGGGCUUGGAGCUAGGAUUUUUCUGAGUGCACUGAACCAACUCCCGAGUCUCUAGGACAUUCCUAAAAAAUUUGAUUUUUUCCCAUAGGAAUGCAUGGGUUAAAGUUAUGGUUAGGGUUAGGGUUGGAGCUAGGGUUAGGGUUAGGGUUAGGGUUGGAGUUAGGGUUAGUGUUGGAGCUAGGGUUAGGGUUGGGCUUGGAGCUAGGAUUUUUCUGAGUGCAAUGAACCAACUCCCGAGUCUCUAGGACAUUCCUAAAAAAAAUUUGAUUUUUUCCCAUAGGAAUGCAUGGGUUAGGGUUAUGGUUAGGGUUAGGGUUGGAGCUAGGGUUAGGGUUAGGGUUAGGGUUGGAGUUAGGGUUAGUGUUGGAGCUAGGGUUAGGGUUGGGCUUGGAGCUAGGAUUUUUCUGAGUGCACUGAACCAACUCCCGAGUCUCUAGGACAUUCCUAAAAAAAAUUGAUUUUUUCCCAUAGGAAUGCAUGGGUUAGGGUUAGGGUUAGGGUUGGAGCUAGGGUUAGGGUUAGGGUUAGGGUUGGAGUUAGGGUUAGUGUUGGAGCUAGGGUUAGGGUUGGGCUUGGAGCUAGGAUUUUUCUGAGUGCAAUGAACCAACUCCCGAGUCUCUAGGACAUUCCUAAAAAAAUUUGAUUUUUUCCCAUAGGAAUGCAUGGGUUAGGGUUAGGGUUAGGGUUGCAGCUAGGGUUAGGGUUAGGGUUAGGGUUGGAGUUAGGGUUAGUGUUGGAGCUAGGGUUAGGGUUGGGCUUGGAGCUAGGAUUUUUCUGAGUGCACUGAACCAACUCCCGAGUCUCUAGGACAUUCCUAAAAAAAUUUGAUUUUUUCCCAUAGGAAUGCAUGGGGAAAAAAAAUUGAAAAAAAGUGCCAACCCAAUUUUUCACCUUCCAGAAUUGUGUUAGGAGCACGUUUCAGGGCACGGCGAGUCUAUAGAACCUAAUUCUGGGGGAAGUUUUUUGAAAAGUUUACUUUGGGUUUGGGUUAGGGUUAGGGUUAAAUGAACAAAUUGUCUCUGAAUCCUUGUGUUUUCAUGAGUACACCCCAUGGAGGUUGAAUGACCAAGCCACUGUGUUUUACAAAGUAAUUGAUUUAGUGAUCCUUUUUUCAGUGAUUUCCUUUCAUUUAUACACACCCUAAUGGACAUUGUUCACGAGGUAAAGCUUGUCUCUAAUAACAAUUUUCCCUGCAAAGGUAGAAAAGAGCCACUCCCAGAUUAUAUUCCACACUCCUCUUCACAUGUGUGUUGCCUCUUUCCUCUCUUCACUAACAUUUUGUUGACUCAUCCAGGAGCCACGCUGUCCCAGCUGUCAGACAGCGGCCAGACUCUGAGUGAAGACAGCGGGGUGGAUAUAGCCGAGGCAGGGGGCCUCAGUAAGGACGGCAGCCCCCGACCCAGCAAGAACCAGCAGGGCCACCAAGAACAGCCAGGGGCCCAGGCACCUCCAGCAAGAGCCACCAGACAGGUGAGUAGUUCACUCUGUCAUAAGUAACCACCUGAACUUUGCAGGUCUUGUCUAGAUCAGGAAAAACAUGUUGUAGAGCUGAAAAAAAAACUUAAAUCUUGUUGGUUGUUGCCAACAGCAGACUGCCUCACCAGUCCCAGCAGCAACAGCUACCAGAGUGCGGGUAAUGAAGAACGCCAGUACCUUAGGAAUUGCUAUAGAGGGUGGAGCCAACACACGACAACCUCUACCACGUAUCGUCACUAUCCAGGUAAAACAGAAGUGCUCUUGUGCUAAGAUAACUGAUGGGCAGGGAACAGUUUUUCAAAACAGUUAAGCUAAUCGGGUCAAACUCUUUUAGGAAAGUUUGUCCGCAGCCCCAUAAGCUUUGCUGGCGGAGGCGGGAUUUAUGACCUAUACUGCAGCCUGUCACCAGAGGGUGCUGUUCUUGGAGUGGCUUCACCCAGCGAGGAGAUAGACGGCGUCCAUUUUAUAUACAGACUAUGGUCAUACCUCCCGUUUGUGUGGUAUCAAACUUUUAUGCAGGAUACGAUCUAAAAAUUUCAAGCGUCUCAAAAUCAUGGCCCUUGCAGUAAGAAAAAUGUCCAUAAUAAGGUGUUGGCAGGGUGGAGUCCAGCACGCACAGCUUAGUAAAUGAACUAAUUCCAAUUUAUAGUACUGCUGUAGUUAUGUAGAGGGGGUGUUAUGCAAUGUUUUAAAACUCUACAGCUCCUUUGAUACCUCUUUAAUGCUUUACAUGAUUUCCAGAUUUUAAAAAAAAGCCUCUUGUUCAGCCUCAAUCUGAAAUGGUCUGUUUUUGCUGCUUUCUAUUUACACCCAAGUCUUGCGGGUGAUUUGUCUUUCUGACUUCUACAAAUUGGAAAUUAAACAGAGCACUACAUUUCUCCAAGUAUUUUCAACAAGCUGGGGGUCAAAAGUUGAUAUUAUCAGUUAAUUACUGAAGGAGGUACAGGCUCAGUUACCCCGGCAGUCACACACACACACAGACACACACAUAAUUUGGUGUUGUGCACAGGACGUCCUUGAUGGAUUUUUGUGAAUGUGCAGUGAUUUCCAUAACAAUGGCGAGUCUCUCUGUUCUCUGUGGGUCUCAGGAUUUCAGCAUGACAGUGAUUGUUAGUCUGAAUGUUGAUGACCCUCACAGUCAUUACACAGCUCAUCGAACACAACGUCCCCUACAAUCAGUGUGACAUUGUGACAUGAAAACAUGCAUCUGUCCAAUUAUAUUCCCAUCGUUUUAUGAGGUUUAAAUCAAAUGAGUCUCAGGUUUCUGUGUUCCCGAUGACUGCACAUGGACAGUGGCAUCACUGUGAGUGCUAAAGAGACAGAACUGUUAGAUCUGAUUGAAGAUUUAGCCUCUCUAAAAAUGGCUGGGUUGACAGAGAUGACAAAAGAGGUGGUGAAGAAGACAUUUUAGUUGCUGUGCUUGAAGAUCAUCCAACUCUUGCUCACUCUUGGGGCAUUAUCCAAACCAACUUGUCAAGGUCUGACAAAGUUUGCUGCAGUUUGCUUUGUCUUGCAGUUUUUGAGAGGUUUGAUUCUAAUAUCACAGAUUUGCUGUGAUGGAUUAACAAAAGCUAAUAUGCUAGAAACGUCAGAAAAUCUUCCAAAUGUGUUGAUUUCAUCCAACGCUAAUACAGAUAAAACUGAGAUGGUUCGCAGAAUGGUUUAAUUCAUGCUAGUCUACAACUCUCAUGGAACUACAGAUGAGAAGGCACCGCACUGAGGAUAGUUUGAGACCUGAUCACCAAGUCCACAUACAGAGGUGUUCUGGGACCCAUUUGUCAAGAUCUCUCUGGCAGUAUUAUAGUAAUAUAUUUAGGCAACGAUCAUGUAGAGCAAUAGGCCACACAGCUCUCCAACACAACUUGUUUGAUUUUGAAUAUUUAAUAUUUUUUCCAUAUUUAGAGUCAAAGAUGUAAUCGAAAUUGCUGUAUCAGUGAUGAUACAGAUGAUCUAUGGACAUGAUCAGAUAUAAUGUAGAUCUGUCUAUGUUCGUUAUGCCCUGUUAUGCAAUAAGUCUCACAAUCAGUCUCAAGUAAAAACUUGACAAAUGGAGUGAAGCCUCUUUAUUCUCAAAGGCUACCAUUGCUCCACUAAUGGGAGAGGAAAGCAUGGGCGCAUUUAAGGUGAGAGUUUGGUGUCACUUUGUUGACCUUUUCUUCACAUUGCUGCCAAUGAUUUUGUUGUAAGUUGUGAGUUUACAAUUAUGCAGAAAUGAAAUAAUAAAGACAGAAAUAUCUGGAAUCUGUUCCCUUUGGCAAGAUCAGGCUACAAAGUUAUUUAGUCAUUUUUGUGACUCAUAAUGACCACGUCAGCACCUCCUGCACUUAGGGGACACAAACUAUUUCUUAUUUUCUUCAAAACAUAAGGAGCUGGUUCUGUUUACAGUUUGGAUUUGAGAAGCAUCUUUUACAUCAACAGGUUGUUGGGCGCUGACCAAAUAAUUGCCAGUAUGUCGCUGCCAACAGGAAACAAUGGCUGUGUGUGUAAGACUGAAUUAUGUUUGGCAUCAAGUCUUGUUUCCAUUUUCUGCAAUGACAGCCUUGCAGAUUCUUCUGACAUCAAAUCACAGAUAUUAAAUUCAGUUUCACUGCUGACAUGAUUAUUUUCUGUAGGAAAACAUCAGCCCCGCCCAUGAAGUUAUCAUUGAGACUAAGAAAAUGUACUUUCUAUCGUUAUCUUCAGUGUCCAGUUGCAGUGUUUUGAAAAAAAAGUUUCCAUUUCUAGCAUUGACAAUCUGACAGAUUCUUCUGACACAUAUCACGUCUUAGUCAUCAAAUCACAGAUAUUUGAUUCUGUGUCACAGCUGACAAAUUGUCUUUUCAUUUUAUCCUCUUAAAUGUGUCAAAAACCUUCACUCUUUUGCAUAAAUGAUCAGAAAAUAGCAGUGCUACCUGCUUGAAACUCUCUUAUGUAGUUCAGAUGUAAGAGAAGUGGGCUGAUAACAAUCACUGGAACCUUGCAGGGCACUGAAGGCCCCAAGCAGUGUCACACCACCACAUCUGUGCACCACCUUCCCAGGACAGUGCCACCCUGUUGCACCCCCCCACCGCCUUCCAGUGUAUUGCACUCCACAUUAAGCAGUGACCUUUCUGAUGGCUGGUACUUGUGACUGCCUUUGAAUGUUGUGGGUCACUUAUGGCCAUAGAACCAUUUCGGCAAACUGCAGUGGACUUUGUGUGCAUAAAAACAAUAUUUGUGUUGAUAAAUGUACAGAUGGGUAUAGAAAGUUAUGUCCGAAUAGUUUAAGAUGUGUGUCAUUGGCAGAUGUGAGUGUGUUGGAAGCGUGUGAAAAAACUGAAUGCUCUUAGCUGGUCUAAAAGUAGAAAUAACUUUGUGUGGUUAUUGUAUUUAGAGGGGUGUUGGAAGGAGGCCAGGGGAAUCCAACCAGUGGGGGCGCUGUUGCCAAACUCAGCCUCCACGAACAAAGUUUUAAAUUACAUUUAGAGUAAACUAUUGGUACUAGUUGCUGCAGUUUCAGCUUCCUAGCAUGAAAUCUUUAGGAGUUUAUUUUUGAAGAAAAAAACAAAACUUAAAAAGUGGGAGAAAAUGUCAAUGGACGAUUUCUAGUUGGGCGUGGCCAGUGGGUCCAACAGGCUUUUUUGUUCAUCUUCGGGUCCUACAUUAGCUUACCAAGUUUCUAACUGUAGGUAACAAACAGGGGCGUGGCUUAAUUUUAUGAAAUGUUAUAGGACAACCCUUGUGAUCUGUGUACCAAAUUUUAAGUGGCUGUACAUUUCUAAAGCAAUAUCACAGAAUGCUAUUUUUGAGACAUUUUAUAGCGCCACCUAGGCGCAGUCAAACAAAACAUGGUGCUGAUUUUUUGCUGCUACGGCGCUGUGUCAGGUGUGUCCUGAAGCAAUCUCAGCUGUAUCACAUUAAUAAAGAAGGAGUUACAAGCAAUGAACUAAGAAAAACAUGUUCCCUUUUCCCCUUUACCACUAGGUGGCACUACGACAAAUGGAUGCAAGUUUGGUGUCAAACUGUCCGGGGCUGAAGUGAUAUUAAACAACUAAAAUCUGGUGGAGCUGGGACCAUGUACACCAGAGACAUGGCCAUAUAUACACUUGCGGAGACACACCCUACUUUGCAGUGUCACUAUGGCGCCUAGCGUUUCAGCAGGGCUGUUGUCCGCUGCCCAGUGUCGGCUCAGGCCCCAAUGAUGACCUCAGCCCCCUCCUGCAGCAACUGCAGUGUAGCAGACUAAGUUAAUACCUUGCUCAUAGGCGCAUUAGAGCUGGCAGUAGAAGCAACAGAGAGUAUAUCUGAUUAAUUACCCUCCUCACAGUUUCUUGGUCAGUCUGAAAAACAAGAAUUCAUUUAGCACUGCCAGUACAAUCCACAGCGAUGUUUUCAGCUGCUGCUCUGUAAUUGAAUGUCACAGCUAAUAAACAUGUUUAGCUCUGAGGGUUAAAUUGAAUCAGGUAAUUUAUUUCGUUUGUCCUGAGUGAUGGCGGGAUCAAUGGAUGGUGGAUGAAUUAACCUUGAGGGUUCUGUGAGACCGCCCAGUGGAAGAUGAGGAAAGGUCAUGUUACACAGCACACAAAUUAACUCGGAAACUCAGACACACACACUCAUAGACCAACUCUAAUGACAAAUGACUCAUCUUAUUGCUCGACUCAAGUCCCCACUGAUGAAUUUUUUGCUCUCACUAUAUUUACACCAAGUGUCAUCGCUGCUAUGAUCCCUGCUUGUGGAGCUUUUCAGGAAUGCUGCUGAAUCUGUCUCAGUUCAAAAUCCAAAAUACCCUUCAGAUCGUUUGGGCAGAAAAAGAUACUUUACGUAUGUUUAUCAUAUUUUGCCUCCUAAUCAGACCUUCUCAGCCCCGUCAGGCUUUAAUAAAAAUAAUAAUAAUAAUGCAUCAGAUUUUUUGGCGCCUUUUGUCAGUGACCUCAAAGCGCUUCACACCGGACACAUCAUUCAUUCGCUCACACGGUCACACCCUUUAAACCUGAUAUUAUAACAAUAAGUCCAUUGUGGCUCUUUCUAUAAGAAAUUAUUGAUUCAUGGAGGUUUAUUUUGAUAAAACUGAUAUUAAAAAUGGGAAUUCAUGAUGAUGCCAGAAGUGUAAGAAAUGCUUAUCUGGUAGAACCAAACUGCUGGUGAACAUUUGGCACUUCAGGUCAUUAUUACAUUUGGUGCAUAAGAGACACUUUUAGUUACAUCCUGUGCACCAGUGAAAAAUGAGGUCUUUCACCUAUAAGAUGGCCCCAUAACCUAGGCAAAGUUUUGUCAAGGAAUAGUGUCAUGACUUCUUGUGAAGCAACCCUCAUAAUCCAUUACAUAUAAUAUCACACAAUUGGAAAUGAGCUCCUGUAAUUGUGUGGUUACACACAGUUACAUAGCAACUCAGACCAAGCUGGUGAAACCACUUUACAACACAUUUUCUCUCACACUAGGUCGUAAUCAUGCGGUCAAAGAAACAUCAGUAUACUGUUGAGUAAAUAAGCCUUGUGAGGCACUUUUUGUUCCCAGUUUUAGACUACAAGUAAUCAGAGGAGAACGGGUGGUGUGGCUCGGGACGAAAACAUGAGACACAUGAAUUUCAUAAUCACACACUCUGAAGCCUCUGGGUUUCUCUGUGACACUCCAGAGCUAUUUCUGCUUCUUAUGUUGUUGGUUUGUCUUCAUUCUCUGCUUGUUAGCACACAGAAAGCCAUGGCGACUGAAGCUGAGUGUAUUAUAUAGGAGUUGGAGCUGACAAAUGUCGAGCAGUAGUUGGAGUUAUUGCAGAGAAGGGAAGAGAGGAGACCUUGAAGGAGAUGUAGUGUAUGGCUGCUGAAUGAGUUUAAUCAGAAGACAGGGGAAUACUACGGCAUUACUCAAAAACGUGCAGGAGAUUACAGUGCUAACCAGCAGAGAUAUCACAGGUGUUGUGGUUCCAACAUUUGAUGAGUGGUAGCAUUAUUGAGGAGAUGCAUGUCAGGCUAUAUGCGUUAAUUUCUGCAUAGGUACAGGGUUAUGUAAAUGUGCCACAUAUGCAACAGCAUAGAUAGUGCUGCCAUAAGGAAAGAUUUGUUAAUAUUAAGUCUUCAUCAUGAUUAGAAAAUUUAUAUUUGAGCAGGAAUGUGUCCAGAAGGAAGGCCUGGGGUAGCAUGGGCCGACCAUACCAAAAUACUCAACAAUGACUUACUGUGUCAGCUUUUGGCUGCCAGCAGCUUUUUACCUGUUAAAUUAGGCUCAUUUACUUUUGUUGGUACGCUGACUUUAGACUGUUGUCUGUGUACUGCAGACAUCAGUGUCAAGGUUAAUUGUGGAGACUUCCAUCUCUUAAUAAAACCUGCAGGGCAGCAUUCAAUGAGUAGACACAGGCAUAGAACCAGGAUUAGAGAAGAACUGAAUGAGACAAUAUCCACCAACAAAAACUCACAUGUUAUAAAACUGUCUAUAUAACCUUCAUUUCAUUCAUUGACAACACUCAGUCUACCGAAAUUCUUCAACUACUAAAGUGACCAUAGCAGUCAUUUUGACUGCUCAGUUUUUAUUUGCAUAUAGUUUAGACAAUCAACAAAAAAACUGAAAAUAAAUCAAUGGAAUAGACAAAAACACAUCAGUACACAAAAUAAAAAUUAUAAUGAAUGAGAUUUUUUAAGAACCUUCCUCAAAAUACCAAGACACAUCAUUCCCUGAACUUGCUCAUCCAUCCUUCUUCCCCAUCAAGGCUCUGAAGCAAGGCUAAGGCCCCCAUACUUGUCGUCUUUCGUCAAGUUCUCAAUUUUGAGUCUCUUGACUUUUGAGUAAAGUUAUAGUUAGAUUUUAGCUUCACAAAGCUUAAAGUACAAAACAAACAAUAGGACAGGAGAAAGAGCGGGAAAAUAUAGCAAAUAGCAAAAUGUAACACCCUUCUUAAAAAGCAUGCAGUCAAUUUGACUGCUCUGGUAGUUCGAGGUAGUAAUACUCAGAUCUCUUUUGUGUCUUGAAAGUUUAAUGAUAAAACAAUGUUAGAAAAAAAUAUACACACAUUUAGGAAAAGUCAAGGUGAGACUGGUAUAUAGGUUUCAUUUCAAAAAAGUCAUGACAUAAAUUUUGAAAGCAGUCAAAAUGACUGCCAUGGUAGUUCGAGUGUUAAAUUAUUAGAGUAUUGGCAAUAAAAACUGCAAAAUAUAAACUUGUUUUUAGGUUUUAAGCCCCACAUUUCCCUUGAAAAUACAGAGGAUGACUUCUUCUCCCUAUAUAUAUUAUGUUAUUUUUAAAUGAUUGUCUCUUUCUGUGUGUUUCUGUCAACAGAAAGGGGGUUCUGCUCAUAACUGUGGCCAGAUCAAAGUGGGUCAGGUGAUCCUGGAGGUAAACGGCAUUUCUCUGCGAGGUCGUGAGCAUAAAGAAGCUGCCCGGAUCAUCGCUGAGGCCUUCAAGACCAAAGAGAAGGAUCACAUUGACUUCCUGGUGGUUGAACCUGGAUUCUAGGAGGAGGACUUUGCACUUUAAGCAGCCGGGUUCAAAGAGACUCAGAAGAGAACUGUAUGAACUUCACAAGGUGUUGUGUUAUUAUGAUGGCCCUCGCUCUGACUGCAGGCAGAGAGUUUGUGGAAAAUGUUAUGGGUAAUUGUUGAUUGCACUCAACAGAGAUUUGCACAAUUUAAAUCUAGAGAACAAUAUUAUAUUAAUAUCUGUCAUGAAUCAAACCUGGGUUUAACAUUAUUUUUAUUUCUUUCACAGAUCAGUUAAUUUGCAUCAGCUUCCAAACCCAGAAUGUUAAUGCAUGUUUCACCAGGUACUGAUUUCCACACAAAAAUAGACUCUUUCAAUAACAAUCAAUGAAGUCUGACUUUAAAUCACUUGUAGUUUUGUAUCACAUAAAAGCCCUUAAAGGACCAUCUAUGUUAAUUAUGUCUAAUUAUUCAUGCUUUUAUUUGUAUUUUUUCCCAUGAGGAUAAAUAACAUUGCACCAUCAGUGUUAAUUUUUUAAAUGCGAUUGUGAGCACAAUUGUCAUUAACCAACCUUUUAUCAAAUGGUAACAAUGAGAAAGAGAUGAAAUUCAUCAUGGAUUUAAGACUCUGAUAAAGGCAUGUAACUGGUUUAGCAAACAAGUUGAGAUGAGACAAAACUUUUAGUGGUGAACAGUCACAUGUUUAAAAUUCAGUUUUGGGUCCCCUGCUGUGUUCCUAAACUUUCAUUACGUAUAUGUUCAUGAUUGAAUUAGGGAAGGAGUGCAGUGUCUUCAUUUUGGCAUUUAUCAGCAAAUAGAGUGCCAUCGGUACAAAUCCCCACCACCUCUAUACAUCACUUUCAUUUACAUUUAGGAUUUUUCCCACUAUAAAUCAGAGACAAAGGCCGACUUUCAUGAGUUAAAAUCAUCGAAGAAUUAAAACGCAACUGAGAGCUCCGUUGGGCAGUGUUUGGGAUUGUUGUAAUAGUGCAAAACAGCUCUCUAUGUUAUCAACAUACAUGUGUCUCUGUUCAUAAUCUCUACCCUGUUACUUUUCUGAUGAAAAACAAAUUCGGUUAGUUAUACAAUAAAACUACUGAUUACAUCUCCUCUGUAUAAAGUCUUUGGUUAAAACAUUAGAGCCUAAAUACGACAGAGUAUUAGGGCCACAUUAAAAAAAAAAUUAAGACUUUGAGAUUCAUUUAUGGGAAUAAAGUUGUUGUAAAGUAAUACAUACGAAAAUAAAGUUGUAAUAGAGUAAUCACUUACGAGAGUAAAGUCAGAAUAAAGUCCUUAAAUUCUAACCUGUUGUUUAAGAUGACAGUUGUUGAAAUGAGAGCCAUGGAGCAUUUUGUGAAAAUGUACUUUAAUAUAGGUUUCUCAAACAAGAUACUUUUGGCACAUCAGCUCCACAUUAUCAUAAUUAUCAUAUUGAUUUUGUUAUGACUUUAUUCUCGUAAAUUAAUGACUUUAAUCUUAAAGUCUUCUUUCUUCUUCUUUCUUUUUUUCUGAACAUGGCCCUAAUACUCCAUCAUAACUUAAUCCCAAUACUCAAUGGACCUCUUGAAAUAAUUAACUUUUAAAAAUAAAUAAUUUGGAGAUAUCAUUUGACUAACGUUAUGAGUUUACUGAGUAUGAGGUGAAUGAAGCAUAUUGUGAUAAAAAUCACAAUAUGUCCAGUCUGCCUCAAAAGAAUAACAUAUUGAGAGGUCCUGUUCCAUUUAAAGCUCCUAUAAGCAGUUUUUAGCUGGUCUUGAAUGCUGGUGCCCCUAAAUAAUCCAGGAAACCAUUAGUGAGUAAAAUGGAUCAUUUCUGUUGAGGUUUUUAUGCCUGUAAGAGCUGACACAGGAUAGAUGUCAGAUAAGACAUGACCCAAAACAGCUUUUAUUUACUUUUUACAAGACUUACAAUGACUAAUUCAUCUGACUGUUAAAGCACAUGAGCAAAGAGAUCGGAUGAACCACCUCAUCAGGGGGCCAGUUUUGCAUGUCUCACUUUAAUCAGUCAUUUUUUCAACAUCUAUAUUUUUCAAAUCAAGAAGCCUAGAUGUACUUAAAAAAGCUAUCACAAACACUAACAGUACGGUAGUUUGUAUAUAUUGUAGAUUGCUUAUUGUCCCUAUAUGAGAUGAUUCUCUAUAAAUUUUUAUAUCACAUAGUUUGAAGUAGACAAAUAUGUAAUAGUUUCAGAUUAUAACACAGCUCACAUCAGUCAUAUUUCAAUUCACAUCUUCUCCCAAUAGCUUACAGUGCAGCAUGUGCCCAGGAUAAACAAAGACUGACAAUAAAUGAGCAUUUCUAUGUUCUGCAAAGACAAUUGAUUAUAAUAAAGCAAUGGAUCAGGGAGUUUCUAAUGAACUGUCUGGGAAACACUGGUCAGACCAGGUCUCCUUUAGUUAACAUAGUGCGCAAACGCCAUCAAAGAAAUGAAUAGAAACUGAGACCAUUGUUUGGGAUGAAAUACAAAAGAAAAGAAAAGCCAAACUAAUAACUGAGUGUAGAGCCUCAAACAGUGUCCACGGUGCAUCAUUUGGACAAGUAGAUUUUCAAAAUAUUAGAUCACAAAUAAAAAACAUGUUUCAGAGUUAUGAUCUGCGAUAGCAAGCGAGUAGUUGUAUUAAAUCCCUCAAAAGGCCAACUCUCCAAAGCCCUCAGGAUCAUUGGGGGUGGGAAACUUUGGUGGGAGGUUUUUGAUGGUAAUAAAAUGGACUGAAAUUUAUAUUGAUGAGAAUCAGGAUCUGGGAACCCCAGCGGGUGGGUUCCACAUGUUGGACAAGGAGCAGGGGGCGAUCAAUGUCCGGCUCCAUGGACUAGAGGCAAGACUCCAGUCCCAAGGACAGGUGAUAGAGGUUUAUCACUAAGUUCCCCACAGUAGCUUUAAUAUGGCGUAAAAUUAUCAGGUGUUUGGCUAGGCUAAGACUCAGUAUGUUUACAUCAACAGUUCAGCCAAGUUGCAGUUGUCCAUCAGCCAGUCUGAAUUGGACUAAGAUUUUCAGAUAAAAAGCAUGUCCUCCACCACUACAAUGGGGGGAAACUCACUCCUCCUGAGCUCUGUGCUAUUGGGCCAUCUGACCUAUUACAUCACGUACCAAAACAAUCAACAAAGAAGUGGGCAGAAGGCUAAUGUUGUGUGUUGAACAGAAGAGAUAUGAUGAUAUAUGUACCUCUCCAUAGGUAUAACAGAAAACUUCAUAUUUGUCCUUUCUUUUUUUGAAGUUUUUGCUUACUUCCUGGCUUCCUGAUGCAUUUUCGAUGUUCCACUACGCUGUUUGUUGGUUGGACUUGAACCAACUCAACUAAAUGCAAUUUCAGUUAGGACUCUAUAUUCACUUCUAUUUUAGAGGUCCGGUUUCAGUUUAUUUAUUUUACAUCAUGUAUGUUUUCAAUGACUGACAGACUGAGCCUCUUUCCCAAGGUCUGACUCUAAUUAUUGCACUCAUAAUAUUCAAGGCCAUGCAACUUCAUGAUGUAAGAACAAAGUGAGCAAAAUGAACACCAAAAAAAUUUUCAAAUUAUCAUCAUGUGAAGAUUAAAUUGGCUUUCUGCAAAUACCCUCUCAAAGAUGAGGCCCCACUCCCCAGUUUGCGAAGAUUGAUAUGAUGCUAAUGUUCGACACAGAAAACUCAGACUCCGGACUCAAUCGACCUCGUUUGGUGUCUGAUCUCCCUCCCUCCUUCAUCGAAACAAAAGUAAUAUUCUGCAAAUCCAGUCGUCCCAACAGAAGGGAUCAAGGCCUGCGGGGAUGUGGAGUGGUUAUCAUAGGCUGGGCCACUGUGCGGCCUUAAUUAUCUGCAGUGUUUUUCCAUGAUUCCUCAUGAUUUUAACUUUCACAAUGUGUUUCUAAUGUUACAUCAUUUCUGAAUUGGACUUUAUUUAUUUAUUUAGUCUUACAUGUGUCAUAUAACACAUUUUAUAUUUGUAACCAUGGUCCUGAGUAAGACAGCAGAGAUUAAUCAUUUAAAUUAAGAAAGAAAAAACUAUCAGAAAUGUAUUUUGAGCUGAUUCUUUUGAAAUGGUUAUAUUAUAUUUUUUUAACACAGUGACAUAAUCAUAGUACAGUGAGGUAACAAGAGAGGUGUAGGAGUAUGAUGAAAAGAUGUGUGAGUAAUGCAACACUAAAGUGUCUGGAUUUAAGGGUUGAGAAUACUGUGCUGUUUAAAAUUAUGUAAACAUGAGACAAUGUUUUUUUGUUCCUAUGAAGACAAACUGUGCAAAUAUUAUAUAUCUGUACAGAAAAGGCACUUAGAUUUAUAGAGAUGUGUAUAUAAAUUAAACAGUCAGAUAAUAGAGAAUUUUGUUAAACACAAUCAUGUAACCCCUCUGUGGCUGAUAUAACUGCUAACAUCUCCUGUGUGUGUUUACCCUCUUGUGUCCUAUCACAGCCAACUCACCACAGAAAACCCUGCAGAUCCACCAACUUCUUCUUGUAUUGGUUAAAGCCAACUUUUUUUUUUCUCCAACUGGCAAAAUGAGAGAAAUACUUCCACAUAUUCCCAAAGCAAAAUUCCUAAAGACACAAUAAAAGUCUGAUACAAUCAAAGCUAACAUUUCAUGUUGCAUUUUUCAAGUAAAGAGAUAGUUUUAGUACGAAGGAGUAUCAGGACCAUAUUAAGAAAAGAAAAAAAAACAGGAUUUUAAGAUUGAAGUCGUUAACUUACGAGAAUAAAGUCAUAACUAACCAGAAUAAAGUCAUAAUAAAGUAAUUACUUUCGAGAAUAAAGUCAUGGCAAUGUAAUCAUUUACGGGAAUAAAGUCGUAAUACAGUAAUUAUUUACAAGAAUGAAGUCAGAAUCAAGUCCUUAUAUUCUAACCCAUUGUUAGGAUGACAGUUGUUGAAAUGAGAGCCAUGCAAACAAGGAGAUAAUCUUUUGGCACAUCAGCACCACAUUAUCAUCAGUAUCAGAAUGAUUUUAUAAUGAGUUUAAUCUCGUAAGUAAUUACUUCACUACAACUUUAUUCUCAUAGUUAAGUAUUGAUUUUAUUAAGACUUUAUUCUCGUAAGUAAUUACUUCAUUAUGACUUUACUUUUGUUCGUUAUGACUUUAUUCUUCUAAAUUAGCGACUUCAAUCUCAAAG